AUGAGCUUCUUCACGUCACUUCAUCAGAUCGUCACUAGCAGUGUGGCGAACUUGAACUUAAGCCCGAAACGGUUUUCGUUGUCCAAGGAAGCGGGAGCCGACGGCGACGAUCCGACGCCGGUCCCGGGCGUGGUCCCGGGCCCGUCCAGCCGUUCGGCCAGCACGGGCAGCGUUAGUGGCAUACCCCGGAUCGUGACGCCCCAGGGCAGUGGAGGCGGUCCCAGGUCUACCGGACCCAGACGAACGGGAUCAUUCAGACAGAUCUCGCAGCCGAGAAACCCGAUGGCAUUCUGCAGGCGCAGACCUUCGUGGCCCGAAAUUGACCAGACCGCAUCGUCCGGGUAAGACGUCACCGUGUAAACGUAAAAACCGCACGUGUUCGAUAGUAUUGGGUUAGGUACUGUAAAUAUGAAUUAUACAUUUUUUCGUACCCACACGCUCGGUUUGUUUACACGCCGAGUUUGUUUACCGAGUGUAUAAUUUACAAAAAUUACUCACCGCGCUGAUACAAAGUUAAAAUAAUUAUUACUAUUUGAAUCGAGCAUUAUACAAAAAACUGAAAAUUAUAAUUAAAUAUUUGAAAAAAAAUAAAUGUGAUCUGUGUACUUUUAUAAAUAAAUAAGCAAUACGAUUUUCUCCGCUUUGAAAUCGUCGAUUACAAAGUAAUUGCAAGGCUGAUUUUUUACAGUUUUUACAUUAAUAUUAAAAUAUUAAUUACCAAUUAGAUCCGGGUUAUUCUAUUUUGUAUAUAGAGUGAUUCGUAAUGCGUGCUCACUCAAUUUGUAUAGUUAAAUUUUACUGUUAUCUUAAAAGGACUGUUAUCCUAUAUGUGACUUAAAGUAGAAUAACUCAACACAUUUUCGUUCAAAUGUUGAUUUUAAUACAUGACCUUUUUAAAGAAAAUUGUCUGAUUUACAAUUUGUUUUACUACGCUUCAAAAUUCUAAAAAUCAGAAUUUGAAUUAACAUAAAAUUUCUCGAAACAAAUAGGGUGAGCAUGCUAAAUGAAUCACUCUGUAUGUAUAUAAAUGUAUUAUGUUGCGGUUAACGUUUGUAAAAUCGGUUAAUUUCGCCAUGUCUUUUUACGAAACGUAUAUUGAUAAUACAUCGAUUAUAAAUAAAACAAUUUCAAAUAAAUAACCCUCCCUGAAAGCUAAUAUUGUGAUGUGAGAGUUAAGUUCAUUAUUUAUUAAUAAUACAAUUAGUUAAACAAAUAUGUUUUAUGCUAUUAAAAUAUAUCAAAAUUAAUGAAUAAAAUAAUGUAAAUACAUUUAAAUAUUUGAAUCAAACAUUGCCAAAAUCUGUUUUAUAUAAAAACAAAAUAUUGAAAGUUUUUAAUUUUUUUAAAUUGUAUUUAAAUUAAUGUAGAAUCAUUUGCAUUUAAAUUUAUAUAUUGUCAUUAUAAAUUAAUGUCAUUAUUUAAACAUUAACCGAAUUUGCGCUGUUAGUUUUAAUAUAAGAGUAUCUUAGUCUAUUAUAAAAUUUAGAAAUAAGAUAAGAUCGUUAUCUGUUUUUUUACGGAUUGUUUUUUGAUAUUUUCAUUUUUAAGUCAGGUUUGAUGAUUUUAUUUUAACUGUAAUAUUUUCCAUAUUCGUGAUUCACUCGAAAAUUAAAUCAUCGAAAAAAAAAUACAAAAACAAGUAAUGAUCUUAUUUUUAAGUUUUAUAAUAGAUACACUCUUAUAUUGAACCUAAGAGCACAAAUUCGGUUAAUGUUUAAAUAUAUGAACAUUGACCAAUUUUACAAUAUUAUCCAUAACACAAACCGUAUGUCCCAGAAGUCCCGUGCCUUCAUGAUUAUCUUCAUUGAAAAUCAGUUCAUCUAAAUGCGGAUUUUUCAGCAGUAGUCUGUGAAUAAAUUUCAAUUUAAUGGCAUUCAUUCACUCAAAAAAAAAAAAAAAUUCAAAAAUAAAUUUUGUAUGCAAUGCAAUUUAAUUUUGAAAGUUUUCAACUGAUUAUUAUUAUUAUUAUACGUAGAUACACAUAAAAAAUAACUGCAUAACAGUAUUGUACAAUUGAACAACUAUGUUUGGUAGGAAAAGUGGUAUUAUAAAGUUAGUUAAAUUUGUUUUAAGUUAAUACAUAUUUUAAAUAAUGAAAAUAUAUGGUUUCGAAAAAUGUAUUUAUAAACAUAAAAAAAGAAACCAUCAUCAUAGUAAAACCUUUAGAUUUCUCUCGCUACGCUCUAAACGGACAUGCUUAGCACGAUCGGGAAAUCAGUGUUGUUGGUGAAAGUUUUGGGAAACCGAAUGUAUAACUUAUAUACAUUAUUUAUUUAAUACUUAAUGAUUAAUCAUUGCUAACGAAAAACAAUUCUGAGCGGAGUUUGGUUGCACUUGUUUUGAAAGAACGUAAUAUUUACGAUUUGAAAACAAUACAGUUUUGUAAAUGUUCAUGUUUUUCCUAUGUUUUUAUCGAUUUUUCCCAUUUAUUAUAGAAAAAACCAAAAAAAAACCUUUUCAAAGCACUACCCCAGUAAAAUUAUCUUUCAGAAAAAGUUUUACACCCGAGGGUCAGGGCAAAAUUUCUGGUGGAAAAAUUGUUCAGAGAAAAAAAAUAAACAUCAUUGUAAAACCAAUACAUUUUUUGCUCCGUGAGGAAUCUAAAAGUUUACAGAGUUAAAAAAUAAAUUUUAGAGCAAAACUAUGUUAUAUAGUCGGUUGUUGCAUUUUAAGUUAAAUAUAAUUAUUAUAUCACGAUGAGAGUCUAAAAUUUCAAUGAUUAUUAUUAUACGUAAUAUAAAUUAAUUUUUCUGCAAAAUUUUGUUAAUUAUAUUACGAUAUAAUUAUAUUUUUAACGUUGAUACAUUAUUAAAAUUAUUAAAAAUAUUAUUAUAUUAAAUAAUUAAACUAUUAUAUUACGAGUGUGAGUAAUUUCUAAUGAUCUUAAAUUUUCAUGUAAGAUUAAUUUAAAUGGGUUUUAUGUAGUUUCUAAGUGGAUCGAAGAAACUCGUGGUUUUACAGAGAUGUUUAUUUUUCUUGUCUGUGGACAACAUUUCUGCCAUAGAUUUAGCUCCGAUUUGUAUGUGUAGCGCCAUUUCCGAAGGGUUAUUUUUCUAAUUUGUCUAGAGUUGUCUCAUCAAAUGUGAAAAACCUAUAAAAACAGAGGGAAAACAGGAAAAUGUACAAAAAGCGGGAAAAUUGGUAAUUUAAACAAAUAUUAAUCAAAGAAAAUAUAUAACGCCUAUACAAUUAUUUUACCAUAUGACAUACAUAUUGUUGAAUCGGAACCACUAUCAACUGAACUCCGCUCUGAAUCGUUUUUUUUUUUUUUUUAGCAAUUUUCGUUAGCAAUGGUUUAUCGCUGCUUACUGGUGUACAUUGAAUUAACAGUGGCUGUACCUGUUUCCAUUAUCCUAGAACGUCCUUUUUAAUCCCUGUAUCGUUUUAAAAUUAUACAACUACACUGUUAUAGACUGCAAUAUAAUCCUGUCCAAUUCGAAGUCGAACGCGUAUUCUGUCAUUUAAAAUAAACACGCGAUAAAAUAAUAUUUUCAUAUAGGUACCCACACAUAUAUGUAUUUAAGUGCCCCACUAAAAACGAAUAACAAUAUUCCAAUUGUUUUUCCUAUACUUUAAACAGAUAUUGUUUUUUGAUGUUUAUUUUCAUUACCAAUAAAUUAUUCCCCCGUGUAUAAUAUACAAUAUGUGUUUUCAAAAAAAAUAAAAAAUAAUAAUAAUAAUAAUAAUAUUAACAUAUUUAUGUAUGUGAAAUAUAAAUCAAACGUCGGUUUGUUUUUUAAUUUUAUCAUAUCGAUACAUAAACUUAUAUUUUUUUUUUCCGUGGCAAAUAAUAUGCCGUGACCGCAAAACUGUACGUGCCAUCCACUUAUCUAAAGCUGUCUUUUCUUUCGACUGAAAAAUAAAAAGGCAAAAGUAAAAAUGUCAAAACUGAACGGUUUCACAGUGUUACAAUAAGAAUGGGUACAUCAUAUGUUAUCGACAUAAUAGUAUUUUAUUCACAGCUGUAGGUUAUAAAUCCGAAUAUUCAAAAAGUCAGACGAUCUUCGCACAAUGGGUCAGUCAUGGUCUUAAAUGAAAGUCAAGAACUUAAGAUACAGUAAAUAACGAUAAUUUAUUAUAUCUAAGCAAAAAAAUAACAAUAAUAUCUAUUAUAAUAACUCAAAUAAUUCCAUUGAGUUUUAAAAAUAUUGCGCAACGUCUAUAUAAGCGCUAAUAAUAUAUUACGUGUUGCACGAAAGUUUCAAGCCUUUGCGAUUAGUUUUCACCGAGCUUAAAAUGAGGUAGGUAUCUAGAAUCUCAAAAGUUAAAUUAUAACUUCUAGAAGACAAAAAUAUUAUACAUAUUUAGAUAAAACACUUCACGGUUCAUUGAAUGAAUUCAGUAAGUCUUACAAUACGCUAUAACUUAAAAGUCAAUCGGUAUUAUUUCAAAAUGCAUACACAUCCGCGUAACUAUGUAAUAAGGUUCCAAUGAAGUUUAUCACAAUAAACCUCUUCAAAUGGGUAUUGAAUAGAUCAAAUUUCCAAUAGAAUAUUUGGAAAGAAUGGCACCUGAUUCGAGUUGCUCGGGAUUAUAUUUUCAAUUGCGAGAGAGCGGCGGGUAUACUGAAAACGAGUGGGUAGAACAAUUGUAUUUAUUUAUUUUGUUUAAAGUAUUAUUAAAUAAUAAAUCAUCUUGUCCUCGAAUUCGUAAAGACAUUUUGUACAAUCAUUGUUGCGCGGCCCUCUCAUCCGUCUAAAAACUAGAUUUAUUAGCUUAGUCUACAAUUCGUUAUUAUUAAAGAAUUCCUCUUGGAGGUAUAAUGAAAUAACAAACUUUUACCUAAUUAUACGGCAUUUCUCUUUAUAUACGUACUUCACGUUCAUAGUUUUUUUUUUUUUUCAUUUUAUAGCGUUUAUAGUUUACCUACGCGAGUAAUCGUGUUUUUUUUUUUCAUUUACAUAUUUUAAUAUGAAUAUAUUUCUACAGUUAUCAAAAUUAUUAUAGCCGACAGUAUCUAUAUUCUAAAAAUGUAGCCAGUUUUAUUAAUAUUUUCCGGAAUGUUUGAUAUAAAUUUACUUGUUAUAAUCGAUUUCGAUGAUUUGAUUAGAAUAGUUUUUGAUUCUGAGUGGAGCGAAGAAGCUUAUAGUUUUACAAAGAUGUUUUUGAAGAUUUUUGUUUCUUUAGACGAAUUUUUUACUAAAGGACUUACACCGAUUUUUACGCGUAGCAAACUUUCUGAAAGAAAAUCGAUGUGAAAAGGUACCUUAAAGAGGUCAUUUUUUAAUUAUUCCAAGAAUUUUCUCAGCAAAUUUGAAGAAUUAAGAAAACCGGGAAAAUCGGUAAAACAUUAAACUAAUAUUAUUAAAGAAAAUGUAUGGGGCCCAUUUAAUUAUUUCACUAUAACGUGGCAUAUAUAUGGUUGACGAAGCAUCGCUAUCAACUGAACUCCGCUCAGAAUCGUUUUUUCGAAAACAACGGUUUAUAUCGUUGCUUACAGGUAUACAUUUAAUUACCUAUUACAGUAGCUGCACACGUCCCCAUGAUCCCAGGACGUAUUUUUUUUUUAUUCCAUUUACUAUGAUUUAUCGGUGCAUACAGUAAAAUGUAAACAAUAAAUUAUCCUAUUAAUUUCAUACUCUGCCUUCCCGACUACCUAUUAACAAAAAUGGCUUAUCCACGAAUAUAUUAACUUUUUCCGAAUAAAAUUAAUGUUCGACGAUGAAAAUGUUUUAUUAUAAAGUACUAUACACAGUUUACGAUAUUAAAAAAUUUGUAAUACGUUAAAGUGAAUUAUUAUUAUCUAUUUGGUUUCGUGCUGUACGCGUUUAAUGCGUAUAAACAUAAAAUUAAAUUAAAUUAAAUUAAAAAAAUGUUAAAGACACACGAUAUCGUUAAGAUGAAAAAUCGCAAACGGUCGAAAAUCUCCAUUGUAUCGCAUUAUACCUGUGUACACAUACGACCUGAGACUCCGGGGUAAUCGUCGACAUAACUCGGGUUUUCCGCGUUCCGGUUUACCGUUACUUAAUCUUCAUUAUAACAUUGUUGGACGUCUCUCGGACGGUUCCGGUCUUCUCCGGUGUAACUUUUGAUAAAUUUGUAACGCAAAAGAUAAAUAUCCGUACACAGUAUAUAUGUAUAUAAAUGUAUAUGUAUAUAUAUAUAAAUGUAUAUAUAUAUAUAUAUAGGUGGGAACUAAACACCGAGUCGAUUACGGGCCGGAAUUGUUGGAAAACUUGUUAAAAUACAAGGAGAUUAAUAAUCGAUCGCGGCGCCGGUUCAAAUAUCAUUCUUCAGUAUAUCAGUUAAUAUUCGUAUAGCUGAUAAUUUCGACGCGGAUAAACUAAUAACGAUUCCUCCAUACUAUGUGUUUGGGCGCGUCGAUUUCGCCGAGAGGUUGAACGUGGUUAAAAACACGAGAUAGGCUCGUUGAAAACCGAUGUGUCCCGAGAUGAUGUUUCGCGAUUUCCAAACAUGAACUAGUAUGUAACGAUUGAAAAAACGAAACACAAUAACAGUGUUGUGUAAACGUAAAUAUACAUUGCGAAACAGUUGAAUGAAGAUAAAUAAAUGAGAAAUUUUACUUACCGUAAGAAAAAAAAAAAAAAAAGAAGUUUUUUUUCCGCAACAAAACGUAGUGUUGAAAGUGUUAAAAGCGUACCGGACGAGGUACAAUUACACGUUAAGUGAUUCGACUUAAUAAUGUAUUUAUUAAAGCAUAAUAUUAAGUAAUAUAAAUGAAAUAUUUUUACGAAUUUUUUAAGAUUCUGAGUGUAGCGAAUGUUUUACAAAGAUGUUUGUUUUCAAUUAGUAUUAAUAUUAUUAUUUUUUUUACACUUUCUAUCUUAAAAGCUUACUUCGAUUUUUAUAUAUUUGAUUUAGACAAUUUUCCGAAAAAAAAUGUUCUUUGAGUGGUAUUUUAGGGAAGUGAUUUUUUGGUUUUACCGGGGGUUUCUCAACAAAUUGGGAAAAACCGAUAAAAAAUGGAGAAAGACCGGGAAAUUGUACGAAAUGUAUAUAUUAGUUGAAAAAUAUUUAGGCUUUUUUUCUGUUUAUAACUUUUCUACCAGCAAUUUUAUUCCAAUUUACAAUGAUGAUACAUUUUCUGAAAAGAAAUCUGAUUGGGUAGUUACUUUAAAUAAGUAAUUUUUUGAUUUUUCCGUGGACUCCAAAGGUUUAUCGUUGCUUACAGAUAAUAAAUUAAUUCCCCUCUAUAUCGUAACUUUCCAACUUCUCAUCAACAUUGGCUGCACUCAUCGUAUAAAGUAUAUCCGUUUUUUUUUAGUAAAAAUAAAAACAUAAAUUACGAUUUAAAGUACCUUCCCGUCACACAUCCUUUCAGAAAAGGUGCUAUUUUAUUUCAUGCUAUCAUUGUAAAUCGGAGCAAAACGACUGGAAAAAAAGUAAAGUCGUCCACAGAAGAAAAUAAUCGUAAUAUUUUACUAAUACAUCCAGAUAAAACACAACCAAGGCCUCUUCAGGGUCAGCUUUGCUGGGCCCCUGGUGAACUAAAUCUUCUGGGAUCCUUUAUUUUUUUAGGGUUAGGUGUAAUUUCCAAUGGACAUUUUAUUUAUGUAGACCCAGUCCCUUAAAAAUAGCCUUAGAGUCGGUCACCGGCCAAAUUACCCGUGAAAACCGGCCUGUAUACCGCCCUGAAAACAAUUCUGUGUCUAUUUAAAACAAAAUCAUCAUUAAUAUUUCUUUCGAUUUAUCGUCGUCAAAAAUGUUUUCAAAAUAAAUUUAUGCCUAUGAUUGUUGUAUAAAAAAUUGUAAUUUUUGUUUAAAAAAUAAAAUAGUACGCAAUAUCGUAGCUCAAGACUCAAUAGUUAUUAUUAAAAAGAAUGAAACCAAAAAUAUCGAACAUAAGUUAUUGCAUUUGUUAGAUCUCCAUUGGAAAUUAUGAAAUCCCGUAAAAUAUUUUCUCAUUUUUAAAGAGGCAUAAAACAUUUUAUGUUUGGUAACUUCAAUGUAAUGAAAUUAAUAUAACAUUGUAUGUAUUUGAUUUGGGUUGAAAAUUUCAAGAUUAGUUGAAUACCUAUUAUUUUUUACUAUAAUUGGACUUUUUUUUUUUUUGAGCUAGUCACCUACUUUAUGAAAUAUAAAAAAAUGUCAAUAUUUUCAGAGCGUUAAACCGGCUAAAUGUUGUUAAAAAAUAAAAAGCUCAAAUAUAGGUUAGUAGGUAGGUACUGACUGCUCGGUUAGUUGGAUUUUAUAAAAAUGAAAAAUACGUGAACUACCUAACUGAUAAUAUUAUAUAUUUUAUUCAUGACGAUAACCCACUAGACAUUUUUUUUUCCUGAGGAUCCCCGAAUUUAACGGUGGAAAUCCCUAGGUUAUGACUUGACGAACAAAAGGUCGAACGUCAUGUCAAUUUUCUUCCCUCUCUCUUCCUCCCAUCAAAUAUUUUAUUUCCGUCAUCUAUAACUCGGCGAACACCAACUACUAUAACGGCUGCCGUCCGACCUUUUGCAAUAUUAUAGGAGGCAAUCAAAAUACUAAUAAAGACGUGCUUUGGAUUUUUAAUAUAAAAUUAUAGAACGAGAAAGGUAACAUUGGUAGGUAUGUGAAAAUAAUAAUACGGUCAAACAAAAUAACAUUCGACAACAUAUGAACAUUAUGUAAGUAUGAGUUUAAAACCGUUUUAACUAUUUCCUUUUGCUAUUAAAGACAAUUUUCUAGAACCCUAAAUAAUAUGGAAAUUAAAAAAAAAAAAAAUUACAAUCGUUCGUGACUUUUCGCUUCGAAGUAAUGAUCAUUUUUAUGGAACCAGAAAAAUUAUAUCCCCGAAAAUUAGUAAAUAGUACGAUAAAAAAUACUAUAAUUUUUUGAUUUCUGUCAAAAUUGCAGGUUUCAAAGGAAAAAAAAAUGUAACUUAUACGGAUUUUCGAUAUUUGUGUAAUGUGAAAACAAUUAAAUAAACCUUUAGAAAUUAAAACGGCCAUAAAUAGCUCGAAAUCACCAAAAUGUUUUUAAAAUUGUACGACGUGUAGACCAGUCCAUUAUUUGAUAUUCUGUGACAUUUUCAGAUGUCUACGAUUAGUUUUCAAUGAGUAGCAACACAAACAACAAAUAGAAAACAACAGAAGCUGUUAACGUGUAAAUAUUUACUAUUUUUUGCGUUUUCUGUAAUUGUAAAGAAAACUACAAGAAAAAAAAAAAAUUUUAAAAGACACCCGAAUUGUACUUUUCUAGGCUAAAUGAGCGAACAAAAUUUGCUACAACAAACAAUUCUCAACGUUUAUGAUUUGAAAUUCCCGGCUGGUAAAAAAGUGAAAACACAUAAUAGUUAAAACUGUAAAACCAAAACGCUAGGGGCUCACCCGAAUAAAAAAUUUGAAGAAUAUUUUACCACGUUUAUAAUAAUUAUUUUCGAGAAAAAAAAAUAGAUAAAUUAUUGACGAGAAAAUGGGUUAUGGUCAGGCUAAUAAUAAUUUAAUUACCUACCUUUUUUUUUUUUUUAAUAUUUUCAUAUUUUCUUACCGCGAUUACAUUUUGAAUACAAUUUUUUUUUUUAAUAUUCUAUGAAAUCCAACUAAAAUAUUAUGUAAGUAAUAUUAGUAUUACUUACGUAUACUUAGAUACAUUAUAUAUAUAUAUAUAUACAUUUUUUUACGAUUAUCUUGUAAAAACCGGUGGAUACGGGAAAAUUAAUUUUGUGGAUUUCAAUAGGCAGAUAAACUUUUUCAAUAAUAUUCUUGUAGAUGGUAUUUUUUUUUUUUUUUUUUUUUUUUUUUUUUUUUUUUUUUGUUGCAAUAGAAAAUAUCAUAUUAUUCUGUAUAGGUAGACAGGUCAAUUUAGGUAAUUAUUUUCUACAAAAAAAAAAAAGAAAAAAAAAUACAUAUUUUCGUACUUUCUUAUCGGUCAUAACAUUAUUUUCAUAACAACCUAUCUAACGUUCAAACAUAAUUUGACGUAUUGAAACUACAUUUAAUAUAAUUAUAAUUCAUAAAAAAAAAGUUCCCGGUUCAAUGGACACGAUUUUUUUUUCAAAGUCGAGUUCUUAGGAAAUGGCGAAUGUACAUUUAAAAAUAAGCGUAUAAAAUGUACAUUUGUAAAUAAGCGAGUUCUUUGGGCAAUAACUGACUGAUAACUUUACCGUUGAUAUUAUAGGAAUGACAUUGUUUUUCAACAAUUGCUAUUUUAUCGUAAAUAAUUUUAAUACACGGGAUUGUUGGUAUUCCGUAGAAACAUAUAUUUCCGAAAAAAUUUCGCGAAAAAAUUACGAAAUUUACGAAUUUGUUGGUCUGUUUUUAUGAAGCAGUGAUAACGCUUAUUAGGUGGAUUUUGAAUUUGCUAAAUAUGUACUAAAUUAGGUGUCACGUUUUGUAUUCGAGAGCCGUAUGAAAUACAUACAGUGGGGUUUGGAAUUGUAGCUUAGUGAAAUAUUUAAAAAGCCACUUAGAGUAAAGCAAUAAAACAGUAAAAAUCCUAAAAAGCAUCAAAAUCCUAAAAUCAAAUAAAAUAAUUAUAAUUUACAACUCCGAAAAAGUAAUUAAAAAGUAAAUAUAAGCCAACAAAUUAUUAAACAACCAAAAUAUAAUUUAUUUCGCAUACUAAUAAUUAUUUUUCUGUACGCGAAGACAAAUGCAGUUUGAAUUUACAGAAUAGGUAGUUUUGUUGUAAUAGAAGGUAGGUCGGAUGGUCAGAAUCGUUUAUCAGUUAUCUAUAAUUGUUAUCCAGUUCGAUCAAACGGACCGUAACAUAAUCACGGUACGUCCGAAUAACGAUUCGCACUUUGUUUUUUUAAGUGAUUCUCGUAGUUUAUACAACCUGUACUUAGCGUUCAGGCCUCAUAUUGGACAAAUAGCAAAAAAAAAAAAAAAGAAAGAAAUGCCCACAAUUUCCGAGCUCUACAUCAUACUAAUUAAUAAUAUUAAUCUGUUUGGGGUUAUUGAACGUAAGGGUUUAUCGCUGCUCACAGUAGAUAAACUUAAUUAUGUUCUAUCGCAUUACUUCUAAACUUCCCACCGACAAAAAUUUCCUACCACGACGCGCAGUGUGCCCAUUUUUUUUUUUAGGACGCUCUUGCUCGUAAACAUUAGUAAAUUUCUCGGAUAUUUUCUCGGUAAAUAAUACUCGAGUGUUAUUAUACUCACUUCGAAAUUUCCGCUCGGUUGACUAGGUAGAAAGUUUGCCUGCAGGAAAGAGUAACUGGUACAAAUACCUACGUAAUAUACAAUAUGCCAGGCAGGAAGUUGUUCGUGAACCGUUAAAAAAAAAAAAUGAAUAUUAAAAGUACAUUUCCGGGUAUCUACAUACGAAUAAUGCGUAUUGUUGAAAAAAACCGUUUUUUUUCCCCGUUGGUUCUGUUCAUAUUAAAAAAUUAAUUUACAAAAUGCACGAUAAAAAAAUACUAUAUAUAUUUAUACAGUUUGCAUCUGAAUUUUGCACACCCUGUGUACGCACAUAUAUUAUGACAUGUACGACGAGCGAGUUAAAUAAACAAAAACAAAAUAAAAAAACUGACAUUGCUGAUAAAUGUGCCAGUGUACAACUGUUGUAGGAAGGAUAUUGAGAAUGUUUGACACUUAUUGUCUUGGGAAAUAUUUGAACCUCAUUAAAUAUCUCCAAAUUAAAAACAAAAUUGAAAUUAUAAAUUAUUGAAUUUUUAAUAAUUUCAUUUACACUAGCUCUACAAUAGUGCAUGAUUUUUGUUUUUUUUUUUUAUAUUGUCCCUAUAAUAAUUAAAGAAAAGUACUCAAAACUAAAUUUUAAGAUCUUUUUUUGUUUUUAGCGUUCUUUAACGUCCAAAUGACUAAUAUAAAAUGUUUAGUUGGUCCGACUUGAUAAAUGUAGUGGAUAAUAAAUAAAUAAAAACUCGUUUACUAAUAUAAUUUUUUUUUAUUUAAAUAAAUUUAGUAUGCCAGAUUGCUUUUUUUUUAAAAAUACUAAUUCAGGAUAAUGAUGGAAGUUCUAAAUCUGAGCUUACUUAUCAGCAUCCUAUAAAAUACGUUUUUUUCAAUUAAUAUAAAUUUGUGUAUGUAAAUGUGGAAUUUACGUAUAAAUAGUUUAUAAUUCGUCAAAUUAUGUUUUAACACUCAUAAUAAAAUCUACAUAAAAAAAAAAUGUGUAAACAAUUUCCAUAAAAUAGUUAAAUUAUCUAUAUUUUAAAAAAAAAUAUUCUUUUUUAUUCGAGAAAAUCAUUUUUUGAAACACUGUAAGACGCACGGAGUUUGUGAAUUGCUUUCCAAAAGUGGAUAAUGGUUUUAUUUCCAAAAAUAAGGGAAGCAAAAAAUAAUGGUAAUGCGUAACACUUUAGAGUUUCUGGUUUCUUAAAUUUUAUAUAAAACAAAUUUAGAAAAAAGCUAAUACUUUUCUAUGUAUUGGUGUUUUAAGUUUUGUCGAUCACUCUGUAUAAUUUUAUUAAAUUUAUAAUUGUACUAAUUGUUAAAUCAGUGAUUUCAGAAAACGAUUCUGAGAGACGUUAUAAAGGUUUUAAAAUACCGUGUGCUUUUCAUAAACAUUUUAAAUUUAAAGGCUUUCUUAAAGAAAAAAAUGAAUAUAUAUUAUGACAUUAGACUCUCUUUUUUUAUUUUAUUUUUUCAACACUAAUAAAAAUAAUUAAUCUUGCGUUCAAUUUUUGAGAAUUUCGGAAGGUCAAAACCUUUACCCGUAGAAAAAUAAAUAAAAACAAUAAAACCUGGACAAUUUCAUUAUUAAAUGCUUUUUCAAUUUGAUCAGUUUUUAUGAUAAUAAUGUUAUAACAACAUGCUGAUAGUACGAGUAUUAUUGUUCUUUUUGUUCAUGAAUUAUUAAUAACAUUAUUUCCUAAAACAAAUAUUGUUGUUAACAUUCAUCGGUUUAUGGAUUUAGUAAAGUUGCGUGUGUUUUAUUGAUUGGGUAACAUUUAUUAUAAUGGAUAUUAUACAUUAUAAAAAUUAUCGUACUGCGAUUUUCGUUUCACUAGAAUAAUAUAGAGAUCUCGCGUUUUUAUGGUUUUAAGAAACAUCAUUAAUCUUUAUGCAAUGUAAAAAAAAAAAAAAAAAACACUAAAAACAAAUUAACACAAAAGUAUAGACAAUUUAUAAUUUUUGGAAACUUAUAAAAUUGUUGUAGUAUAUAAUUACAAUUUAUCAGAUUAAUUAAAUAAAGAUUGUAAUUUUUUUUUUUUUUAUUUUUUUUUCGCGCUAAAAGAAAAUGUUCGUUCGAAAAAGACGUUGGUAUUAUUAAUAAGAAUAUUCAGAAUACAAUGUUGAUUAAGUAGUUCUAUAAAUUUCGUUAUGACGAUUUAACAAUUCAAAAUCUUCUCGUAAUUAAAAUUUACCAUACAAAUUAUAGUUUAAACAUAAUGAAACGAUAAUUUACCGGCAUUUCGUCGGAAUACUUUAUGACUGUGGCGUGUAGUUCACGUGUGCGCAAUUUAUUUUUAGAACGCUUUCGAAAAAAAGACGGACAUAUUUUGUACGACGGGUGGGCCGCUGUGGCAGAUGAGAAGUCGGGAAGGUAGAGGCGAAAUUCAAUCUAUAUCUGUACGCAACGAUUAACCAUUGCUAUCGAAAAACGAAUCUGCGCGGAGUUCGGCACACAUGUUUUGAAAGGCAUUAAUAUUUACGGUUUUAAAAUGGUACAUCGUUUUCCCGUUUUUCCGGUUACCGCCAUUUAUUUCGAAGACAGCCGGGGACAUCCAGAAAUGGCCUGCUCAAAGUACCACACCGGUCGGAUUUCGUUUCAGAAGAUGCGAUACAAUUGAAAAUCGGAGCAAACUUGCCGGACGGCUUUUUAGCUGUUUCUACAAGAAAUAAUAAAAAAAAAAAACAAACGAAUAUCACCGUAAAACCAGUAUACCCUUCGCUUCGCUCGAAAUCUAAAAAAAAAACCGUAUUGAAACGCGGAGGCACGUCACGGCCGUUCGAGUGCGAGUUGCGGGGAUCGCGCGCCGAGGAUUCCGCGUGUACCUAUCGUGCGAUACGCAAUAUCGAACGCGGGACAUUUCAAUCGGCUUAGUGUUGACGUUACGCGUACAAUUAUAGCGUUACGGCCAAUCAAUCGCCACGGCGUUACCGACCUCGCGAAACGCUCCGUCCCCGCGCAUCCGUUCGUUUGCGCGUUCGCGAAUGUAUUUGGGAGGUGAUUAUUACGAUUUUGUUCCCGUUACGCGCUAAACUGGCGUUGACGUUCCAUGCCGGUCAACACGGACGGUACGAACGUACAGGAACUACAGCAUUAUGGCGUAUCGUGUCUCUGACGGCCGGACGUUGUCGUCGCGGCGAGGGUUGCGACGCGGAAUCCAAAAAGAAAAAAAACCGAUACGACAUUCCUUGCCGUUUCGGCCGGUGGGUUUACGCGGAUCACGAUGCCGUUCGAUCGCGGUUUUCGCUUAAUGUAUUCCGGUUUCGGUGCUGACGAUUCGGCCGUGUUCUAAGUCCGGCCCCUCGCGGUGUAUAAAUAUUCAAUCCGGAUUCUCGUAAAUUACUACAACAAUAUUGUUCGGCAAUACCCAUUCAACGGCGGCGUUUCGUCGCCAUCCGUUUAAUAUUCUCGUGUUCGUAAGUGGGCACGACAACAGCGAUAGUCGGAUUCGUAAUAAAUAUUACACGUUUUCGGUGUACAGAGCGUUUCGCGGCGUUGUCCGAACGUUAAUAACGAUGUUUAUUGUUUAAAUUUUUUUUUUUGUUUUUUUUUUUUUUUCAAUCGGAUUUACGUGCGACGGCCAAACGCGUGCAGAGAAAAAUGUAAUUUUUAGUUUCACCGGUUAAUCGCCGGAAAAAUUUCUCAAUAAUAGCCGUCAUAAUUUAUAGACAAUUGGCGUGAAAACAAUCAAUACUCAAUGGGACAACACGUUACGCGAUAAGGAAUCACAAUCAGCACGGUAACUCGUUAUUUUACCAUUGAAUAUUAAUUUUUUUAGAAAUUAAAACAGCUAUUGUCAAGGAAUUAUCGAUUGCAUAUAUUAUAAACAUGGUAUAUUAAAAUGUUUAAAACAAUAUGAUUUACAAAUCGAUUAUUUCAAAAAUAAUGCUAUUUUCUUUCCGAUGAUUGAGGGGCGAAAUUAAAAAUUUAAUUUUUCUCUACACAUGUGUCCCCGCUCCCUUGCACGAAUUUCGAUUGAGAAAUAAAAAAAAAAUUAUAAAAUGAACAUUGAAAGAGUUAUUAGCAUUCCGAUAACUCUGUAGGACUCUUCAUAUAGUAUACACGCAUUAUCAUAUGUCAUGUAUAUAUGUAUAUUGUAUUAGGAUACUUACCUGCCUCUCUAGAUUGUAUAGAUGAGUCGAAACGGCAUGACUACAUAACCCAGCAAUAAUCUUCGGUUUUUUUUUUUUUUUUUUUUUUUUUAUCACUUGAAAAUUAGUAUCUAUUAUUUUUCGAAUCUCGUGGUUUGUUGUCUCGCAUUAAUAUGCACGAGUAUAUUAUUAUUACAGUUGUUUUAAGAAUAAGUUCAAGGUAACCGAUGAUUAAGGACAAACAUUUCCUUAAUUCGGUUUUUUUUUUUUUUUUAUGCUAUUAUGAUUUUUUAACGAGUACUGUGUGUUAUUGAUUAUUUUAUGUAUUUAUAAUUAUUUCCAUUGCGGACUUUUAAACAGGCCGAUUCUGAAAACCCAAAAUAUAACAAAGGUCUUUACAAAGUGAUAAUAUAGUUACUGAACGUCUCGAUUUAUUGCGUGCGGACUUUUGUGAAAAAACUCUUUUGAACAAUUUGUACAAAUGACUUUAGAAUAAUUUUCGAUUAUAUAUAUUAUCAAAUCCGGAUUAUUUGUACAAUAAUAAUUGAUUACAAAGGUAAAAUUAUGAGUUCGUUUAGCUUUCAAAAUUACGAGAACAAUACGCGUUUCAAUUCAAUAUAAGGGCAAAAGUCAUAAAAGUAUUUAAAAUAGGCGGAAUAUUCGAUUUCAAAUACAAUGCAAAGUCAUUUUCGUAAAAUUAUUCAAAAUACGUAUUCGAAUGUUUACUGACCGAUUAUUUGGAUAUUAGUAAUUAAACACCUUUGCGAAAAUCAUCUUACCAGACCGUUAACGGGCAGUUAUUUUGUCUGUGUACCGCGUAUUUUGACGAUAGGCGUGUAGGGCUUUUUAGUGAACGGGAGCAUUUUAAAAUGCCGUUUUAUGUUUGGUUUCGUAACCGAGCGAGUCCAAGGGGUUUUCUUUCCCAGAUUUGUUUUGUCAUAACCGCGCAAAACGCGUAUGCGCUAAAACUAAGCGGGUACUUGAACACUCGCACGGGAUUUUUAUGUCCACGGUUUUAUGGGAGUACCUAAACGUUAAUUUUACACGAAAGCGUAUUAUAUGCGAAAUGGCCAGCUAGGGAACCGCUAUAGAGAAACCCGAUAAAUAUAAUAUUCAUUUAGUUUCUCCGCAGGGGACGCGAUACAGAUUUCCCGCAGCGGUAUUAACACCGUCGACACCGCGGCCAUCACGACGAAACGGACAACUGUUACCGCAGCGUUACCCGUACGGCGAUUCGGCUGGGUAAUUAACGACAAAGUAGUAUAAGUACACCGAACAAUAUAGGUGCGGCCGCAGCGGUCGCCGGUCGACAUUGUCAUUGCGUCACAUUUAUAUUUCCGGCAAACGAAAAACCGUCGGUUUUCAUUGAAUAGCGACGAAACGGAAAGAAAAAAAAAAUCCGACUACCCGACUUACGGAACUUACAAACUGUAAAUAACCAUCUAAAACACGCCCGCGAGCGAUCCGUUCGCGGGCGAGUCGAAUUUCCCGACAUCUGGUAUUUUCAAUCGCGGACAAUAACGUUCGCGGUUAACGAGACUAUCGAAUGACACGACCAACGUCCGGUAUCGUUUUUGUUUUUUCCGAUGAGCAAAAUUAAAAACCGAUUCGGAAAACUGUUCGGAUCGCGGUAACCUUCGCGGUCGCGUCGGGUCGGUAAUGAAUUACCGCUCGCACGACGAUACGACGCUCGACUGUUACCGCACCGGGUUCUCAAAACGAAAACCGCCGGCGGGUGGUGCGGUCCGAGAGCGCGAAAUCGCCGAGUGGCAGUUUUCUCGGCGCGAGCGUAAUCGACCGCCGGUUUCGGGAGACAUUCGAGAAAUAACGGCGGACGUAAUCAUUUUUUUCGGAGUUCGGGUUACGAUCGGUCGGUUACGGUUUGACGCGCAACACGACGGUUUCGCGUCCGCGAUAACCGAACGCGCGUCGAUACACGUCGCGCAAUCGAUAAAACGGCGUUGUCACAAACAGCGGCUAAUCGACGGGAGCCGUCCGUCCGCGUCGUUUUUCCUACAACCCGUGCGCGUCCCGACGUCCACGCGCGUAUUGCGUUCGUUUUUCAGCCGGCCGCCGGCGAAACACGCGUGAAACGCCGUAAACCGUAACCGGUUUUCAGCGACCGCGGCCCGGCAUUGGCAUUUCGUUCGUUCGGACCGUCGCCGUCAACCUCGCGAGAACGCGCUCGGCGCUCGACGCUCGUCGACUCGUCGGCACCGCCGCGCGCUCCCCGGUCCCCGCGACGAUCGCCGUCCACGGACCCGCGUCUCGAGCGUUUCUCACGCCACUACGUGUAUUUGCACGUGAAUGUCGUUGUGCGUCGUGAACCGUUCGCGUACGUCAACGAAACUCACGGAAUUCCGGGUCUCCCCGACAAACAAACUAAUAAACGAACAAACGUAUUUCCCCCCCCCCCCCGUUAAAAACCGCGAGCUCCCUCGCACCGCCGGGAACCCGAAACUCGCGUUUUCGUUCGCGCGGCGGAACUCCCGCCGACCGGCCGCAAUCCGGUUCCGGCGGAACCGAACGCGCCGGGCCGCGUUGUCCCGCGCGUAAAUUCCGCGACACCGGACCAACGUUACCGCGUACUUACGUACGGCGCACAACGUACGACACGGGCGCCCGCCCGGCGUUCGGGCUUUACCGCGUUUUUCGGCGCCGCUCGACGUUGUCGUCCGCGGGCGCCGUCCGGGAGCGGAUUGGACGCGAGCGGGAAAAACGAUUGACAAAAUAAAAAAACGACAAAAAAACGCUGCCGCGCAUUUCGGAUCUCGGGUGGCCCGGCGUCGCGGGCGAUCGUCCGGCCGAACGUCGCACGUGCAGGCCGCCCGGAACCGCAUUCGUCGCGAGCGGAAAACGAUCCCGGGCGACGGCCACCGAACGGUCGAGAAUUUCCGGAUCGUACGCGCGGCGAACGUAUUUUCUCGGGGAUUUUCCGGAAGACCGGUUCGUCAAAACGUUCGCCGCGUCUUCGCAUUACACCGCGCCGUCCGCGGGUCGUCGACGCGUCGGUCGGGCGGCCGUUACUCGCCCGCGGUUCGCCGCCGGACCUCGAAUCGCCUCGGCUAUUCGUUUGCGACUUUUCGUUUUGAUAUUUCAAAGUACUCGGACGUUGCUGACCGCGCGCUAUUCGGUACGCGAUCGAAAGUUCCGGCGGGUGCUGGGCGUAAUUAUUUCGAAACUAUGCACGUAAAACAGACGGUAAUCAUAUGACUGCGUGUUACGUAACAGAACGUUUGUUUUGUCGUUCGAUUAAUUUUUCUACGAAACAAAUUACUCACGGUUUCGAGUUCUUUUCGCAGUGUGGCGAUUAAAGUCGUUUUGGUCGAAAUUGCGCGAACAGACUUGUUUAUAAAAAAAAAAUAUGUACACAUCAUAAUUCAAUAUCAAUACGUGUCUCGUAUUAAUCGGAGUUUAAAAACUGUAACGAAAACGAACCAGAGUGAAAAGCGACUGUGUACCAGUGUCUUUUUAUGCGGAUUUUUUACAGAAAUGUGUAAAACAAUUAUAAAAAUGCGGAAUUUCUAUAUUCUAUGAAAAAGUAUUUUUUUAAAUCGGAUAAAGCAAUAUAAUGAAAAAUUCAAUUACAUCCCAGAUAAAAACCAUAUUUUAGUUUUUUUUUUUUUGUCCGCGGUUUUAUCAAGUAUACCUACUACUGUGACGGAAUCUCUCGAAAUAUCAAGUGUCGCAUACAACCGUAGCAUGACCUGUCGCCCCGAGAGUUUUUAAGAAAAUAUACAACAGUUGUAUUAUCAUGUUUACCUUGUUAUAUAAUAUACCUACGGAGCAAACCGAGGGCAUAAUUGUAUUUCACAUUUUUUCCCCGGGACGGUAAAUCAUAUAAAUUACUGCCGACAACGAGCAUGCCUGUAUAAUCGUUAUGUAAUAUUUGUGUACAAGUUUUAAAAAAAAAAAAAAAAAAAAAAACGUGACCGAAAACCCAAAAGGAAAACCGUAUCAAGGUCUUUAUCGCAGCGUUAUUAUCGAUUUCAAAAGGAUUUUUCGAUGAUACAUCUUGAGAGGCUAACGAAGGAACGAUAAAUUGUAUCGAAUAACCCGACUAUCAGAUUAUGUUUGUUAGACCAUUUGUUAUUUUUAUUAGACAGUUUAUCUGUUUUCUUUUGCUUAUUGAGAUUAACGGCCACUAGGACCGUCCCAUCAUACAUCCAAUCUUUCAUUUCCUUUUGUUAGUCACCCUUAAUUUCCAGUCUAACCUUUCAUUUGGAAAAUUCUGCGUCUCGCCGUAUCCUCCCGUCUUAAACUGGAUCGUUCAUGAGGUGUCUUACUUUUUGGAUUACUUUCCGGUUUUAUUUUUUAUACCACGCAUAAAAGUGGAUUUUGAAUUUCACCAACCGAAUCCAGCCCACGGCAAUCGUCUAUUGUCGAUUGUAUCUAAUUUUAUGGCGUUCCGUUUCUGGAAGAUUAUAUCGAGCUCGUUGAUUCGUAUUAUUAUUGUUCGUCCACUGGUCUAUUUCUCUUUCACGAUUUCAAUUUUUUUCCAAUGGCGUUUUCCUUUCCGAAACAGUUAUGAAAAUUCGAAUGAAUGAUAGCUCAUUAACGCCGAUUCGGAAAAUCGAUUCAAACGCAAGAUUCUAUAAAACGUCUACUUCUACAAGUCUACAAGUAUUUGAUAUCGAGUCCGAUAGUGCGAUAGCCAAUACAAUCGAUAUGAUUUUUUUUUUUAUUGCUCGCUCAAUUGACCUGUCGCGGUAUCGACGUGGAAACGGCCUUACUAAAUCAGUUUGAGAGCAAAAGCGUAACAAAAAAAAAAAAAAAUUACUUCCCGAAUUCCUUCGAAGAGUUUGUAUAAUAUUAUAUUAUAUUCACGGUACGUACAUUUGUAUACGAUCGAUGACGAUAAUAAUAAUAAUAAUAAUAAUACGGGAGCGUACGGAUGAACGUUAUCGUUUUAAGUACCUGUUGCGGUCGCAGCCCCUACCGCCGUAGGUAGUGCCGCACAGAUUUCAAUAAUGUGAAACUAUUCCCGUAAUCGACCUGUUCACCGGAUGAUGCGUAUCGCCGAUCAAGAUCUCUUAUAUAUAUAUAUAUUUCCACUAAUCGUAAUGUACGGUUCGUUACUGAAUAAUAGACAUUAAGUAUUUCCCCUCGUCCUCCACGUUCGAAAAUCUCAUUCGCCGCAACCGCCCUCUUAUCCUUAAAAUCGAGUAUUUCCAUAAUAACAGUUCGGGGAUGAGAGCGGCGGAAUUUUCUUGAGAAAUCUUGAUAAUAUUUUAUCGCGUGUUAUUAAAAAAUAAUUUCACAGGUGUAUUUCGUAUGACGAUACAUUUAAAAAAAAAAACCAAUACACGACUAACUUUUAGGUCCGAAACUCAACGAAAGAGUUUGUGGGCGUUUUUAAAUUAAAACAAUAUUUCUAUUAUAAAUUUUAGUUUGCAAAAGUUUAAAACAAUGAAAUCGGUAACGCCGCGGCGCGCCACGUAAAUAUUUUCCGUUUUACCUAUUAUAAUAUUGUUUUGGGUUUUUCUCAAUUACUUUUAAACCUCCUUGUAAAAUAAAAAAAUAUUACCUAUUCAAUGCACCGAAUAGAUAAGUUUUCUUUCGGAAAAGGUGCUACACUUGGUACACCGAGACAAGUUUUCUUUUCGUAAAGUUGUUUACUGACUGAAAAGAAUACACAGAUCAUAGGAAAACCAAUGAUCCUUCGCUCCGAUCCGAAAUUUAAAAAAAAAAAAAAAAAAGCCUCAAUACACUCUUACUUUGGUAGUUUGGUGUACACAAUACAGAUAAAUCUACGGUGUCUUGUUAAACGGGCGCGCAGGACUUUUUUCUGGAAUCGAAAAAAACCGUUUUGCAAAGAACAGCAAAAAAGUUUUUAAUGAUAUUUUUCGUUGGAAACGAUAAAAUUACUCGCACACAUAAGAGUAAAUUGUACACGAAGUAAAAAACCUAACCUAAAUGCGAUAUGAAUGUGGUAUACGCCCUUUUAACAAAUGAGUAUUGAUAUGAUUAGAUUUUAAAAGAGUGCUUGGAUAUCCUUUUACAACAUUACCAACUUAAUUUUCUGCGUUUAAAUACGCCCUUUUAGCAGUUUAGGGUUAUAAUUUUUCCAAUUAUGUUGACACCAAAAACGAAUUUUUCUAUGUUCAGUGGUUUACGCCCUUUAAACAAAACACUAUCGACGUAAUAUACUAUAUAGAUCAAAUUUGACGAAAAUUAAAACAAAUUCUUUGGCUUGGUGCAAGAAAAGCCAAUAUCAAAAAAAAAAAUAAUAACAAUAAUAACAAUAAACAUUGAAAAUCGGAAGUCGAAAAAAAAUUGUUUAUGCCGUCCGAGAAUUUGCCGUAAACUCCGUAGUUCGUGCAACGGGUACAUUUUAUUUUUUUGGGUUUUAUUUUUUUUUUGGACAUUGGUCCUUCCUGCACCGAUCCGUAAAUGUCCGAUAAAGUAUAAUAAUAUCCUCUCUACGAACAAAAAUAACGUGAAACCAUAGUAAUAGUAACAUAACUGAAUGUUUCACGUUGCACAAUAACGUUAUAGUUUGCACGCGUAAAAAACAUUUUGAAAUGUGCGCUCGUGGCGUAUAAUUACGCGUAAUUCUCAUCCGCGCAGUAAUCUGCUUAUUGUCAGUCUGUGAACAGUUAUUUCGGAACGCACGGGACGGCGAAAAUUCUGUUAUUAUUGUAACGUAGGGGCGGUUGACCGUUUCGGGAAAUUAUCGCGAAACAAGCAUUCACUUGUUGUUGUUUCAGAUUCUUUAUGUAUUUGCGCUUUACCCGCUCGUGUUGUUUUGCGAAACGCGAAAUGCGAAAAAAAAAAAUGCGAAUUAUUACGACGUACGGCUUUUGCGAGUGACGGAACGCGCGCGGGGAUAAAUUUAUUCGCAGUAUUAUAAUUAUAUUGCAAUAGCGCGCUGUUAAUCGGCUUGACGGCGACGGGGUGUCCGGUUUAAUCGCGAACAACCGAACAGCUUCCACCGCUCUUAGGUCUUCAACGUGGACCCGGGGUUUUCAGACAUUCGCGUUUCGUAUGACACGAUAUGAUAUUCGUGUCUUCUAAACUCUACGGCGAAUAAAAUAAUCGCACAUUGUCGAUAAUAAGCCGGACGAUAGACAAAAUGUAUACUAUUACAAAGUCUACGCCGUGAGCACCGCGCGUUGUAAUUGCCGGUGGGGGGGGGUGGGGGUGGGAGGGAAAUCUCGACAGUUCAAACAAUUGGUUGAAAUAUACGUGAAGCCUGUUGGACUCCAUUGCCUAAUCAACGUCCCCUUUCCCCCGCGGUAUAAUUGAAAAAUAAAACGGAAAACCCUCGUACGGAAAUUUCAAUUUGAAAAUCCGGCGUCGAAAUUCGUUUUAAGCCUUAUGUUAUUUUAUCUGUCGGCAUUUCAAAUUUUCGUGUACCGUAAUGAUUCGGUCCAAUGCCCGCGUUCAAAAGCUUCGCGUACCGUCGUUGUUUUUUGUUUUGUAUUCAGAACGCAGCGAUCGAUUGAUUUUACUAUGAUGCGUGUUUUAGAAUAUGUUUUUCUUUUUUGUGUUUGCGAGCAACUUUUCUAUCAGAAAUCUUAAUCCAAUUUUUUCGGAAACAUAGUUUUAUCUAGUCAGCGCACUGAGCAUGUUGUUGUUUAAUUUUUUAAGGAGUCUACGUGAUAAUUGAGAAAAACCGGAAAAUGACGUAAAAUACUAAGAUUUCAAUAUUUUAAACAUUCAUGCUUUAUUUUUCCUACCAGAAAUAAAUAGAAAAACAACAAUAUACCUUUAUUGUUGCGUUUUUAAUCUAUUUGAGGAAAAAGUCGAUGUUGAUUUUCUCUGUAGUUUUUUUUUUUUUUUGAUAAUUGAACAAAACUGAAAAAUAAAACGCAAAGUUUACGGUCAAAUUAAAAUUUCACGAUAAUAAAGCUUUUAUUAUUUUCAAUUUGACUUAUAUUUGUUUUUUCUAGAUGUAACCAAAUUUCAAAAAAAUUUAAGCCAUUUUCGAGCUAUUUAUAGCCAUUUUAAUUUUGCUAGUUUUUUUUAUUUAGUUUUUAUUUGGUAGAUAUAAUUGUUAGACUAAAUAGGAAUGCUUAAAAAUUUGACAAGGGGUUCACAAUAAGCCGUACUCAGAGGUCGAAAAAAGAAUUGAGUGCAAUGUAGUAUUUUUUUAUUAUACGUAGGUAUUUUAAAAUCAAAUUUUGACGAAAAUCGUAAAUAUUACGACUUUUCAAAAUAUGUACGUAUAAUCAAACUUCACUUCGAAUGGAAUUUUCGUCGACAAUGGUUUAUCGUUACUUAUAGGUAUGCGUUAAAUAACUUUAUACAUCCUAUCUUCCCACUUUCAACGGUGACGUACUCGUACUUUCUUUUGAAUUCGGGGUUCUAGAAAAUCGGUUCGUAUGUUAUAGUACCUCCGCGCUAUACGGAAAUCGUGAAAUACGCAUUAUUUGAACCGGUAAAUGUUUCGGUGUGUCUGCACCAACAGAAAAAAAGCGUUCUAAGAAAGACUUUUUGUCUUUCUAAGAAUGCUUUUUAACACGAUAAACACAAUUGUAAAACCGAAAGUAAGUGAUAUUUGAAUAGCACACGGCGCAGGUAAAAAAAAUGACCGUUUUUCUCGAAAGAGAAUCCAAUUCGAUGUUCUGCAAUAAUAUGUUUACGGGCCUCGAAACGACGCGUUAUUUCUCUCGCCCCGAAAUACGUAUUAUGCAUUGUAAAAAAAAUAAAAAAAAAUCACACGACUUUCCCGUCCAUUGGCGUAUUAUAACAUUCAUGUACAUUAUCAUAAUACAAGGAGUUCAUAUGAAAUAUGUGUACGGAUAUUAUUAUUCAUCAUAACGCGCAAUAUUGUUUGCGACAUACCUGUAUAAUAGACGUUAACGCUAGCGCCAAACUAUCGCCAUAACGUCGCGCGUUUUUACCUAUUACGAAUUCAGUUUGUGUAAACCGUCUGGGUUUAUCGCUUCUUUUUCGUCUCGGAUACACGCACACCGGUAUUGCUAUUAUUAGCCAAACCGAAUAAUAUUUUGUGAAAAACACGGUUUGCCCACGUGCGCGUUCGUGCGCACGCAUUCCCUGCAAACGGCGACGAGCCGUGUGUUUUCUUCCACGGCGGUGUUGUACUCUACAUACCGCAGCGGUUCCCAAACUGCGGCCACCGUGGUUUCAUUCGGUAUUAUCUAUAGACGUGUGUAUGGAAACUAUAACAGUGUACGAAACUCGAGCGAAAUUCAUCUAGACGACAUUUUACAUGCGAAAUGGUCACACCCGGGAGGAAAAAAAAUGAAUAUUUCUUGUUAAACUAGUAAAAAACUAUGUAAAACAAAUAAACGUUUCUCCUAUCUGAACAUUUUUUCUGGCUUCGGUACGGUCUCGUUAUAAUUUUACCUAUACCUAGACAUCCAGUUAUGUUCUCAAAACCUAUAUAUUUUUAUUUACAAUCCGACGGUUUCCCUGUAACCUAUGAUUCUUUUUAGUUCACUGUACGUUACUAUACCGGGAUCAUUCAUCACUUGCUUCUUGAAAGGUGUUCUGGGCCUUUUUUCCCUGGUUUUCAUUUAAUUUUUCCCUUUAUAAUUGUAGUCAACCGAAAAACUAUUUCUUAUUAAGUAUCCGAUCCAUGAUUUUCUCCUCAAUCGCAAUGUAUUCCAUAUUUAUUUUCGAGUAUUAGUUCUUCUAAAAAACCUCGAUAUUUCACACUUUUUCUGCCCAUGCAAUUUUCAACAUUAUUUUAUCAUAUCAUACUUCAAAAGUCUCUAUUUUCGCUUUCUCGCCUUUGAAUAUAGUCAAAGUCUCUGUUCCAUACAGGACUACGCUCUACACGCAAUUUUUAUUGGCGAUUUCCUGGUGUUCAUACUUAUUGUGUUUGAAGUAAAAAUAUUUUUCUUUCUAUAGAACCUACUAUAGUAUACUUGUUUGGCCAGCGCUAUCUAACAUGCUGUGUUUGUGUGGUUUUUUACUUCGCUUGUAAUUUUACUACCAUUUGUGUUCCAGUCACUCACAACUAUCAAAUUAUCAUUAUCCUUAAAUAAAUUUAUAACUUUGUCGAUUUAUCCAUACAUUUUCUCAAUGUCCCUAACAAUAAAUAAUGAAAUGCAUAUAAUAAAUCGUUAAUGUUAUGUAUUUUAAUUUAGUAUUCGUUACGUGUAUUAUUUUCCCUUGGUUUCAAAACACGAUACUAAUUGACCAAAUGCUAUCAUGAUAGUUUCUAUGCCCCAUCCGUUGAAUAAGUCCUUAUCAAUGUACUAAUCUUUGAAAGAACACCACAACAUGGUAUUUACAUAAUCCAUUGCCUUUACAAGGCCCAUCACCUGCGUCACCCUAUAGAAUUAUUACAUUUAAAAUGCUAAAACUUCUUAAACAUCGAACCUUUAUAUUAUCUUGCAAGUAUCAAAUGAAUGGCAUACAUUUGAAGAACAUUUACAUGGUAGAUAAACAACUAGGUCCAUAAUGAUUUGGUGAACAACAUACAUUCAAUUUGUCAAGGCCUUGAAACGUUCAAAACUAUCUAAUGUGUUAUAUAUAUAUAUAAAUAUACAUACAGUUAAUACAUAAAACAAUUAUUUUAAUUUGUUUCACCUUUUUAAACAAAGAAAAUAAUAGUUUAAAACUUUUGCAUGAAACUUUCUUGUAAUUAUUAAAUAUCUUUUGAACAAAAGUAGAGUCAUUGAACGGACUAUUCGAAAUACCUGCCGACUUCGUCCGACAACUCGAGUGCAACGGCGAUAGCGUGGCCCUCUUCGCCCUCUUCCACAAUAGAUUAUUUUUUAAUCUCUUUUCUGAACUGAACUGAACUGACUGUACUUAUUGGCUAUUGUAUGCAAUUAUUUAAAUGUUGAUCACCAAUUAUUUUACCUUAAAUUUCCUUUUAGGAAAUCAUCAACGGACGACGUGAGCAAAAGAUUUUUUUUUUUUUUUUAGGCGGGUUCUAAUAAAAUAAAAGUAUACAUCUAAUUUAUUCGGAACGUGUAUGUACUCACAUACACUUUGUUCACUUUCUAUCUUUCCCUCUCUCUGGCCUCUUUCUAUAACUUCGUUCGACGUAGACCCCAAAUACGACAUGUCAAUGGACGACGGAGGUUACAAUAGUUGCUGCACAACGUAUAGUAUACAUACAUACGAGUAUACGAGUUAUAUACUCACAAUCCUUACAUUUAUAUUCACAUGCGUAUAAUACAUAAUAUAUUAUCGUAUAAUAUUUUACCUGUUCGACAUACCUAUGUUACAUUUCUUCCGGAUCGUUCGUAUUCAGUGUAGGAGGUUGGGUCGACACUUUUUCGAACAUACCUAUUUAUUGUAAUAGUAUAAUGUUGGAACUCUGAAAUAUUGCAUCAUGUGUACAUAGAGUUGGGCAUUUAUUUGGUUAAACAGGUCAUUGGUUUUUUUUUUUUUUUUUUUCAAAACGUAUAUUAUGUUUGCGUAUAGCGACAGAAGCAUAUAUUCUGAUCCGUAAAAAAAAAAAAUAUUGUGACCUUUUUCUACCCGUUCCCUUGUAGUCUCGUAUCCUGUCAUCCAAAUGUUAAACGUAUAUUUAUAUCAAUCGAUACGGCAUCGUAAUGUUAUAAUACGGAGGGUCUGAUAUUGGAACGGUUCUCAGUGGUAGUCAAAUGAUUUUGAGAUAGAGUGGAGGAGGGGAUAAAGAUAAUUUGUAGGAUCUUUUAUUAUUUACAUAAUAUUUAAUACGUAGUAUUAUAAAUAUUUAAGAAAAAAGAGAUUACAAUGGGAUAAUGUACUCCAUCGUCCUUCUGUCUGACCACCGUUGCUUGUGCUCAUAAUAUAAUAACACAGUGCGUGUUGUUAAAAUUAGAAUAUUUUAUUUUCAAAAUGUAUCUGAAAAUUUACGAAAUUCAAAAAUUAUUGUCAUCUUGAUAUAAAUAAACAUCGAAAUGGAUUCGUACGUUUCACAAUAGUUCGGGGAGAAAACUUGGUGCGAAACAGAAAUUCAAACAUGAUUAUUGUAGGCAGGUACAAAAUAUAUUUGUACAUAUAAGCUAUUAGUAAACAGAUUAAAUCGGGCCCAAAGUACAACAAAUAAUAAACGGUAUGUAGCGCCGUAAUAAAGAGUUUAAUUUAUGGCACACAUAUAAAUAUCACGAGAAAUGAAUGUGCCUCAAAUGAAAAAAAACCUGCGAAUAUUAAUAAUAAUGACAAAAAAAAAAAAAUGCAUUUAUUAACACUGGCUUAUCCCAAAUAGUUGAGAUGAUGAAGGUGAAGAAGAAGUAGAAUAAUUAUAGAAAUACGAUUUAUUUUAACAUUAAUAUUGUUCUGUUAUUAUAGAUUACUAGUAUUGUUUUUAUUUGUUAUCCGUAUUGAAAAAUCGUCUCGAGCGAUGUAAUUUAAUCGGAAUAAAUUAUUAAAUUAAUAUUGUCAAAUAAUUGGAUGAUAGUUUUAUUUUACGUUAAAUACAUAAGACAAAAAAAAACGUUUAUAAUAUUAAAUACUUUUUUAAUUUUUCGACAGUGUACACGAAACGGAUGGUUCGUUUUUCGAAAAAUACAGUGGACUACAGUGGAAACUGGAUCAAAGGCGAUUGCAAAUGAUCAAAGACAGUCGGCAAGAGGAGAGUCCUCCGCCCGAAAUAAGCGUCGGAGUGAAACCGCCACACGUGUCCAGCAUACAACCCAAAGAGGUAGGUGUUUUGAAUUACUCCGCGUUAUGGACAGAUACCACCCAAACUACCCGUUAUAUUUAUGACUGCGAAUAAAAAUAUUUAAAAAGAGUUCACUGGAUAAACUAAACGAAAAAUAACAUGCUUAGAGGGAUGUAGCAGUUGUGUUUUAGUAAUAACGAAGCAGAAAUCAGAUACGUCAACGCGUAUUCUAAAAGUGUUACGAUUACGGUAAAUAGGCGAUGGCAGUCAAUAUUUAUACGAAUACACACGAAGACGUGUUUGAGGAAGAGUAAUGAAAUUGAUUUCGGUCGGGUCGACAUUUUCAUUAAUUUCCCCUAAACGGUGUUGUGUUUCCUCUAAAAUGUAUAAUUUUUUGAUUACAUAUCAUAUAUUUUACCCAAAUGAAAAAAAAUAUAGCAUAUAUAGAUAAAUGUUAUUUAUAUUAUUCAUGGUCGUAGCGAGGAGUGUAAUGGUUUCACUAUGAAGUGUACUUUUUUCAUUUGUGUGUAUGUAUAACUUGUUUUUACCAGAAACAUUACUCUAGUUAAAACUCGACUAGAGGACUUUUUUUUAUAUAAUAUUUACAAUUCGUGUUCUGAGAAGGUAAUUUUUUUGAUUUUCGGAGUAGUUUUAAAACCUAUUUGAUAAAACUUGAAAUAAUGUGUAAGAUAAACGGAUAAAUUUAGGGUUAAUACGAGUUCUAAAGGCGAUACUAAUAACAUAUCCAUUUUAUGAUUUUAAAUUCGUAACUUAAUUAUUUAUAAGGUAUUAUUUUGUAAUUUAUCGUUUUCUAUAACCUACGGAUCAAUAAUGCUUCUUUUAACUACGGAAAAAUCGUUUUCGACUCAAAUGCUUUUAAACUUUUAGGCUUAACAAUAAUUAACUAUAUUUGUUAAUUUGCAUAAAAAAAAAAAAAGAGAAUAAAUUAAAGUAUCGUAAAUUAAUGUGUUUAAAGAAAAAUAGCUAUUCAACACGCUCUCGAUUUUUCAAUCCCGAGUAAAAAUGUUUGUUUCUUAACCGAUUCACCUGUUUAGUUUUAACAAGAAAAAGCACUUUGGUGGGCUCAUAUUUGACAUGCGCGGAAACGUAUUUGACAAGCAUAAAUGAAUUAAAACAUCAAUAUAGUUCGGUGUCGGAAGAACAUGGAAUUUCACAAAAUCAAGACUAUUGUACCCAAGUCUCAUUCUGUCUAAUAUAAGAGAGUUUCUCAUUUAGGAGGGAAGUGUACGGCCGUAUUUUAUGGAAGAAUAUGCAUUCCCGGAAAAAGGAACAACUAUAUAAUAUUGUCAAAAUAACAUUAGUGUAUAGUUUAUUUUUUUAACUGGUAAACAACAUUGCUCUGCAGUCCACAAUGAUAUUCGAUUUUUAAUUGGAUUUCAAAUAAUAUGAACAAGUCGAAAAAAAAAGUGCUUAAAAUCGAUUUUUUUUUAUUUUGGAAGACAUAUAAUUUAAAAGUUUAAGAUUAAAAAGUUAAAAGCUGAGUUAAGUUUUAGCUGCCAUUAGCUUUUGAACAAUAAAAUAAUCGUCAAAAUGGUAUCGUUCUGCGAGAAGGGGGUUUUCAAGUCAACAAAAUAAUAUAAUAUUGAUUACUAUGGGCGUGAUAUUCUCGUAUAAAAUAAGUAAAUUUGUAAUAUUAUCGUGAUUUUUUGUUUGUUAAUUAUUUUUUAGAUGGAACAUUUGUACAUGGACGUUUUGUACACGAUAAAACACAAAGUGGGAAACGAUACAGAACUGAGCGCACAUCGAGAUCAACUGUACAUAUACGCGCAAAAAGCGUUCGACAUUACGCCAGAACAACACAGACGUUUCAUGGCCAUUGUACACGAGGAAAAAGUAAGUUUUGAUUUUCGGGCGAUGUUUGAUCGUAUUAUGUAACGUACGGCGAUAAUUUUCCGAGCGAUCGGAAGAAAUGCCGUCUUAACUGGACCACGUUUUAUGAUUUCGCAAUCGGGGUGCAAACGGGCGCACGAAAAACGCAUAGCUUAAAAACGGGUUUUCAGGCUUACUUAUUGUGCGUUUUGAUUAUAUGACAAACGUACACGGGCGGGGCGGCCGGCGAGAAAUAAACGCGUUUUACUUUACUAUACUCGCGCGUAAAAAUAUAUAAAAUGUUAUGACGGGUAGAGUUAAAAUAAUUUCGGAUUCUGAAAACGUAGCAAGGAGCGUAGCAUCACUUGACCGUGAUGCGUUCUUUUACUCUUUCGCCGGGCAUCUCGCAUCGGCCUUGGAAUGUGGCUGUAUUUUCCUAAAGCAGUUUUUGUCUACGCUAUGGGUCGAGGAGUUAUGACUCUGUCCAUACAGUUUGUUUAAUAACUGGGAAACAACAACGGCCAGCCGGGAAGAUGUACGAAACAUAGAGUAUUGAUUUUAGUCCUGUCCACGCACAGUAAAAUGUUCAAAACAUUCCGACGAUUUUCGAACUAUUUACAGCUAGUAAUAUUUUAUUUUUUACGGGUUUUUUUGGUUUUGUGCGGAUCAAAUUAAUUUUGGACCAGCAAAAAAAUGCUCGCAUGUUUAAGCCAAUUACUAUUCUAAUAAUUUAAAAACAGGUGCUGUAUAUUUUUAUUAAAUUUGCAUAGCAAAAAUUGAAAUAUAAUAUUGUAUAAACUUUUCUCGUUGGCGGGAACGUGUAAUUGAAAACGUUGUGUUCACUCUGCCUCACGGGUAUUCUACUAUUUCGCCGCACGUUCCAUAUUAUUAUUAUUAUUUCAUAUGUGUGAAUUUAACGAGACAACGUCAAUAAUUUACCGAGAUCCGGAGAUGCCGCUGCAGGAUACAUACGUAAAAUUAUAUAUUUUCUUGGGUAUUCUUCGGGAGACAUCCCACACACACACAUAUAUCUAUCUCAUUAUCGACUUUCUAGAACUUUAAGACCUAUCUAUAUCACCCUACUUGACUAACCAUAUAGUUACCGCCCGGAGAAAUCCUUUUUCUCCGUUACCGUCAUUAUCACACACGUAUAUGUGCGUUAGACAUACAAUUAUAAUACAAGUGUUGUAUACAGUUUACCGCAGUGACGCCCCGCCAUUAUUAUUAUUAAUUUUGUUUUUUAACGCUAUUUUUUUUUUUUUUUUACCCGUGAUUUUCAGCCUCCAAUCGUGGUACUUCACGUGACGGUAGUCGAAGCGGAGGGUUUGGAAGCCAAAGACGCGAACGGUAAGUGAGGAAAUAUAAAAACUCGUAUUGUUGUCUAUUCUAUAGGUAAAAAACGGUUGUCUCGUUUCGCACCGAUCGAAUUCCGGAAGUGUAUUGUUGAUGGAACACGAAUAAAAUAUAACACCUACCUGUGACGUGACGUUUAAAAUGUGCACUUGAUGAGUUUGACGUCAUCACUGUGCGUUGUUAUUACGCGUGAAACGAGAUUAAAAAAAAAAAAAAAAAAUUCAGUCGUAAAAGAAAAGAAAUUAAAUAUGUUAUCAAGCUUUUUAAAAUAAUUAUAAAAUGUUAAUUUACAAUGUUCAUUUUUUUUUUUUUUUUUUUUUUCCAUCCAUUAUUUUAGAUUUACAUAGAUAGUUGUUUUUUACACCCCACCCACCAUCAAGUAAUACAUCGUUAUCGGGUUUAUGACACGGCGUACAGGAUAGGCAAUAUCGCUACAGUCAUGCAUUUUCGUCCGAAAACUACUCAACGGAAACAUUAACACUAUCAUAUAUUCAAUCUAAGCGAGAAUAAUAUUAUUUUAAUAAAAAAAAUUAUUUAAUAAAAUAUAAAUUUUAUAAUAUAAUGAUGUACCGGUAUAUAAUAUUCGAAUAAGGGCGAUGUACACAAAUAAAAUAAUAAAACAGUCACAAACAUACUACGUGCACUCCUAUGCCUACUGAAAUGUUAUCACAUUCAAUAUGGUUAAACGAAUACAAUUUGAUAUGUUUCAAUAUUUUUUUUUUUUUUUUCGAAGUGGGUCUUACGUUUUCGACACUGAAGUUUUGACUUAGGAUUUAUCAAACUUUUCGAUUAACGGACGUGUUCGCCGGAAAACUCAAUUUACAAUCUAAUGUAAAUUAUGUAUAAAGACAUGUUUAAAGUUAAAAACUUCGAAUAUACAAUAAAACAUGUAUUUCCUAUCGAAAUUCAACACUGCAUAGGUAUUCACUACGAUUCUGUCAAAAAUAUUUAUAUUUUAAUUACAUCUGAUGUUUAAAUUAUUUUCAAACAACGUUUACUUUUAAUGAUUUUUUAAAUAUAAUUUAAUUUAUGCAUAGAAAAAGAAAACAUUUAUGAAAUUUAUAGGUAAGGUGGUUAGGUGUGCCCUUUUCAUUGUUCGUCGUGAACUAAAAUGCACCAUUAUUGUAAUUUUUUUUAAAUAUUUAUUUAGAAAAUCUAGCCAAGUGUCCCCGACUUAUAUAUCCGGGCGUUUUAUAACUGUAUAAAGCUGAAAAUACUCCCGAAAAAAAAACUGUGACAUUCAUAUUGUUAUGAAAACCACUUCUUAUCACUUCAAACUGCCCAUAAACAAACUCUUAUUCCAACGUUCCAGCCCGUUUGGUCCAGAAGUGUUUAAACGUAUCGGUAAAAUGGGCAUUGGUGUGUUUUCGGUUGAUUUUAGUUUCUCACGACACACACUGCCGUGGUAAUGAUAUGCGACUACUAUACAUUUUUCACUUUAUACAGAAUAAUAAUGUGAAACUGCGCCAUUAAUCGCGGGAAAUUUAACGUAACGAAAACGAUGCUAUAGUAAACGCGAUAAUUGGAAUGAUAACGAACCGCAGGGUACACCCACAAUUUUCAAGGUUCUUCGAAUCAAAUGUCAAUGUAGUAUAUUUUUUAUCAUAUCCGGAAUAACGAGUACAAGUUUCUUUUACGUUAUUUUAUCGAAAAUAGGAAACAUUUUGAUUUCCUUUGCGUUCCCGCGGAACAUUAACGGACACUAUGGGUAAUCUACGUUUCCGGUGUAAACCGGAUGGUUCUAAUAUUAUUACGGACGACUCCGGAAACCGGGCUCUUACCUGAUUAAAUUCUCCCAAUUACAACAAACAACGGUUUGCCUCCGCGACCGACUCUUUAUUUAUACAUAAACAUGUAUAAUAUAAUAUACGUUCCUUUUGUACAGCUCGGUACAUAUAUUGUUAUAAUAUUAUGCUAGAGAGGCAUUUGUUAUACAGGGCGUCGCACGAAUACAUACACACUGUAAUAUAUCUCCGGAGAUAGUAAAAAUAAUCAAAUUAUUUUUUUAAUUUUUUUUUUUUUUUACAUAUAUAUUACCCACGGGGAUAAGGACUAUAAAUACUUUUAUAUUUCAAUUAAUUUUUUUAUGUUUUCUUUAAAAAUUUCAAAAAUAGGUUCAUUUUGUUACGUUUUGAAAAAUGUAAAGACGGUCAUCUUAUAGAGUUACUUCUUCUAAACAUAUUUACGUUUCAACAUUUAUUUUCAUAAAUUUCGAGAUUAGAUAUAACAUUUUAAUGUUCAUAGAAAGUAUCUAUUGUAUAAAGCUUGCUAUGAUCGCAUUCAUUAUUUGAUUAUUAUUAUUAUUGCUAAUUAGCACUACAAUUUUGUUCUCAUAACUUUAAAAAAUAUUAAAAAUUUGAAAUUAAAUGGAAACGUACGAACGUCAAAAUUGUCAAAAGAAAAACUUUAUUAAAUUGCUUGGUAUUAUAGAUUUUUAUGAAAAUAACAAAAUAAAGCCUUUUUUGUAGUAUUUCUACAAAACUAUAACAAUUUAAUUUAAAAAUGAAUAUUUUGAAUCCUUAUAACUGCGAAUAAUGUAUAAAACAAAAACAGAAUUUGAUUAUUUUUACUAUCUCAGGAGAAAUUGCGAUGGGUAUACCUUCGUGGGACAUUCAUGUAUACUCGAAACAAAAUCGUGUCCUGAUAAAUUAUUUUGUCAUUAAAAUUUCGGAAAAAAAAAAAAAAAGGUUUACUAAAUUUUAGAUUUCAAAUGAACCGUCGACGAUUUGUUAAAUGUUUUUUCAAGGCGUAAUGACUGUAGGAAAAAAUAAAACAGACAAUAACCCUUUUUUUGAUGACACUGAUACCUGUAUAUGUUAUUUUUCUGUUUCAAAUUAGAACUGGAUAGUGAUCAACUUCUUAUUAUCAAAAUCGAAAAACGGUUUUUCGGCCCGGUCCGUUGAAUUUGGCAUAUUCUUUACGAUUUUUUCCAUUAACGUUAUUGGCACAAUUACUUUCGGACGAUGCAAUUUUCGGAAAACCCCGAGACCGUUUCCAUUUUAAACGUUUAUAAUAAAAUUUAACCCUUCUAUAACACUUGCUUUAAUGUUUAACAGACGAAAAAGUAAUUGUCCGCGUUUAUCGUCUCGAAAUUUCGUUUAAAUUUUAACCGGCUAAUAACACGGACAUAAUUUUUAAACCGAUUGCUCCCCGCGGAUUCCGGUCGGUCUUGUUCGGCAAUUUAUUUCUCAUAUAGUUUAUUUUUGUGUCAGAAAAGAUGACAGAGUACAUAUAAAUAUAUAUUAUGUAAAAAAAAGGAAACAUUUAAUAAUAGUAUAAAAUAUAAAAAAAUAGGCGUUACGUAAAAUGUCGCUUUAUAGUUUACGUCAUAAUAUUAUCGUAGGUAAAGUGGUAAAGUGCGCGCACGUAUGCCAUACCGUUUGUUCUUAGGUAGAUACCCAUAUACCCGGCAGUGUACCCACAUUGCAUAAAUGAAUAAUUUAUAAUAUUGCACAAAGUGUAACAUCGAUGUACCGUUUCAGUACCGUUACGCACACAGGCAACUGAGAAAUACUAUUUUUUUGUUACAUUUUUGUUCUGUUUAAUAUUUUAAUACAAUACACUUGGAUAAUUAUGUUUCGUUUGGGAAUCGUUAGCUACACGGGACCUCGGGGUGUUUGUUUAGGAUCGUUUUUGUACUAUAAUAAUGCACAGAUAUUAAAAAUCAUAAACAUUGUACGCUUAAAAUACGAUUAGACAAACUUAUCCGUAGAUUUCACCCACCUGAUAAUUUGUAUUUUACUAAAUCGAUAUUAUAACAAUACAAUUUGUUUUAUUUCCAAAAGACGAUGAUUCAAUGCAUUUAUACUCAAAAAAAAAAAAAGCGCUUUAAACGAAAAAAAAUAUCCUAAAAGUUAUUUAAAAAGACUAAAAUGGUAAAUGGGUUAAAACGUCUCCAUUUAAUGAAUCUACCUUUUAUUUAUUACAAUUUGUUAACGCUGAAAAAUUGAUGAACACGAAAUAAUUUUUUUACAAUGCGUAUAAUUUCAUUUUUCAAUAAUUUCUUUGUAUUAGAAAAUUGUAAUAAAACAUUUAGGGGAGGGAUUUAUAAAUACAUCUUUCAUUUUUGUUUUUUAAAUACAUUUUUUAGAACAUUUUGUGAUUUUACGUGCAAUUGUAAGUCCCGAGGCGUACUUAUGGCAAGUGCAUUAUAUAUCAAACCAAUUUCGACUACCGUAACCCAAACAUUUUUCCAAGACAUCUCUUAGAGGUCGUUGUUCAAGACCCAUAGACUUUAUAAUAAUCAAUAACGUAACGAAAUAAAAUAAAAAUAAAACUGUCUGAAACGUUUAAUGAAAUAUUUAUAGACGUAUAUAGUUAUCAAUUUUUGAAGCUUUUCAACUUUACAUUUUGACAUGUCUAUCCGUUUAAUAAACAUGUAUUUCUCUUUCGAAAAGGUUGUGAUGCGAUGCGAGUUUAAAGCCUCGUUCACACGAUGAUAUAGUUGAUAACGUGAUACCAUUAUAAACCGAUUUUCGGUCGGAGCUUAUCCCCGUAUCAUUUCCUCCAAAUUACAGUUUUAGGAAUUAUCAGUGUCGUAUUUACUUGGGGUUUCUAACGUUUUCACUUUCUCCAGAGACUCCUUCUUUUAGACCUGUAUGAUAACUAAACCUGAAUACAUCCCCAUCGCAUACCUGUAGGUACAACCAAAUCCAUAGCUAUAAUAACAAUCACAGAGUAUAUUCAGUAAAAUAACCGUGGCUUUUUUUAACAGCGUUUUAUUUGUACACGCAAUAUGGACAGUCGCUCUUUCGCUAUACCGUCUAUAGCUUCAUACUACACAAACUCUGAACUUGCUGAUAAGCUUGGUGUGAUAUAAGUCAAGUUAAUCAAAAAUGGUGUUAUCGUCCACGUCAUUAAAGAUGUUACUCAAAUUUUCUAUGAUUUGUAUGUUCUACAACACAUUUGUGUUUGCAAGGUUUAUCGAGUCAACCCAUUACAUAUUUCGCACGUGGGUGCAGCCACUGUUGUAAGUAGGAAUUUGGAAAGGUAGGACACAGACGGGAAUUAAAUGUAUAUUUGUAAGCAACAAUAAACUAUUGCUAACGAAAAAACGAUUCUGAGCAGAGUUCAAUUGAUAGUGUUUCUUUGUCAACAAUAUAUAUAUAUAUGUUAUUUUAUAGGAAAAUAAUUUAAUAGGAUUUAUAUAUUUUCUUUAAUAAUAUUUGGGUAAUUCUAUACGAUUAUUCUCAGUUUUCAUACAUUUUUUUUCCGAUUUUCCCACGUUUUCCCCGGGUUUUUCACAUUUGCUGGGAAAAAUCUUGGGAAAAUCGAAAAAUGACCUCCUUACUGUACCUCCUCGCACCGAUUUCCUUUCAGAAAACGUGCUGUACUUAGAAAUCCGAGCGAGUUUUGUGGUAGAAAAGUUGAAAAAAAAAGUAAACGCCUUUGUAAAACCAUAAGCUUUUUCAAUCCACUCAGAAACUAAAACAGCUCCUUUAAAUCUCAAGGUGAGCUGUUCAAAGUGAAUUAUAUCGAAAUAAACUCGAAUAGUAAUAUGUACCUUAACUGUCAAAAGACCGAGCUAUUAAGGAUUAAGGUGUACUUGGCGUUCAAAAAAUGUGUUAAUGCACCGUUGCACCACCCAAAUCCUUUCCACCGAAAAAACUGUAUCGUAAGUAUGUAACUGGGAAUAAUGAAUAAUAUUUCCUGUUCGGUCGCCGGAAGCAAAAUUCCUGAAAAUCGGUCAGUCCGGUUAUUUUGGCCCCGUGAUGCGUAUACGAUAGUUUACGAUGUACUUAACCGUUCCGGUCGAAGGCGUGAUUGAUUGACCCCAAUGUCACACGGCAUUGGUGCGGAAAGUCACUUUGGCAUGAUGUUUACGUAUAAAUAAAGAACACGGUAAAUGCGUUUCGCUGUCAAAUUUUAUUUGUUCACGAUCACAAGGUUUCCGCGAAAAUUCUAUAAAACGUGCCGGCCGACGACCGCGAUUGGCUUUGUAUUCCGAACAUAUUCCGUUAAGGUCAACGUGCGAAGGGUUGUUUUUUCUGGACAUUUUAUAAACAAUAAUAAUCUAACCGCACGCCCUUUGAUAAUAAUUUCUCUCUGGGGCUAUUAAAACGCGGUUUCUACGGACUACAACAUCAUUAUUAUUGCGUUCAGUAGCGUGAUUAUAGAAUUUAGUCACAGAAGGAGAAAUCGAAUUUUUCAUAAUUUAAAAUAUGUAGGUAAAAAAUACUAAAACCAAAAAAAUGAAAAUAAUGCCUUAAUAUUUGUUUACUAAUACCUACACUCCGUACAUUUUUCCGUUAUUCCUCAGUUUCUUCCUGGUUUUUGACAUUGUCGGGGAAAACUCUUUAGAAAAUCGAAUAAUGGCCUAUUAAAAAUACCUACCCAGUCCGAUUUCCUUUUAGAAAAAGUGCGCUCAUUGAAAAUCCCGGCAAAUUUACCUAUUGGAAAUACCCAAAUGAAUCCAAAAGUUAUCCACAGAAAAAAAAAAAUAAUAAAAAUAAUCAUUAUAAAAACAAAAGGUUUAAUUUUUUUUAUAUUCGUUUAAUUUUUUAUUUCAUUUGUCCUGAAACUAACAUUGAAAUAGAAUAACUAAGUACGAGAGUAAUUAUUAUUAUUACUUUAUUUACUGUUUAGAUACUAAUAUUACUUCCAUCAUAUAUAGGUGAGAAAAUAUAUAAGUUUCGGUUUAGAUUCGGAGCGUAGUGGAUAACUUUCUUACCAUGAAACUGUUUAGCACUUUUUCCGAGAUGAGAAUUUAUCUGCUUUGUAAUUUAAGAAAGUAUUUUUUAAUUUCCUAAGCAAUAGUUGGGAUAAAUCAGGAAAAAAAUAGUGAAAACGAAAAAUUUACAAAAUACAAAUAUUUUGUAAAUUUUUAUUUACCCGUUAUUAUAUUUAUUUAGUCAUUAUUAAACAUUUAUAGGCAUUUUAUAUUUUGGGAGUUUUGUACGUAAUUUAUAUUCUCAAGGUACUCUAUGGAUAAAAUUGUUAGACUAAACAGAAAUUCUUGAAAAUUUAUAAAAAAGUGAUAAAAAGGAAAUUUGUUUUAAUGUAGUAAUUUUUAUUUAUACGAAGUUGAAUAUAAAAUUUUUACGAAAAUCGUAAAUAUAACGGCCUUUUAAAACAUGUACAACCGAACUUUUUCCGAAUCAUUUUGCGUUGACAAUGAAUUAUUUUUACGUACAAGUAUAAACUGAACUCCCUUCAUCGUGUGAAGUACGCCUGUCUUUUUUAAUAAUAUACUUUAUUAACUAGGUUUAAAUUUAAAUAAAAUGGUUGCUAUAUAAAUGAAAGAUAAUUAAAAAGUUCAAGGGGGAAUUUAUUCUAAUUUAUAUAUGCCACUGAUCACCAUAAUCCUAUCGAUAAUUCUAACAAUAAUCUUCUAAACGAAUUAUCAAAUUUAUUUCUCUGUAUAAACCCAUUACGAUUGCUGUUUAUAAAACCACCCAAGUUUCGAAUGUUUAUUAAUGUAUACGUGCUUUUUAUCCUUAUUAUUUGUAUUGAUUUUUAUUUUUUUACUUAUAUUUGAGCGGUAGAUUCGGAGAGAAAAAAAAUAUGUUGACUUUAUUUUUCAAUUCACUUAAUCCACACAAAUGUCCAUAAAAUAAUAAUUUUUUUUUUCAACUUUUAUCCUCAAGGGGAAUUGUUUGAAUAAAAAAAAACUCCAUGAAUGGUAGAGCCCGACUGGUCGAAUUUCUCCCUUCCCCAGCCGUCUCGUUGAAUAACUGGAAUAUUCUGUAAAUCUGUUUGAUACCCGUUAUUUAAUUAAACGUGCGAUUCCGGCAUAAAAAUGGUGACGGGGAAUUAGGGGUCGGAGGUCAUUACUGAGAGUCAUAACUGCUUCGUUGAAACUCAACCCAGUUUUAGAUCCUGGACAAAGCGAUGAAUUUAUUGGUUUUACAAUGGUAUUUAUUUUGUUAUAUUUUUUCUACGUGAGGUGGUGACCUUUUAGAAAAAUUAUUUUUUCGAUUUUCCCGGCUGUUUUCGUUAUAAAUGUGAAAAACUGUGAAAAAACGGAAGAAAGACUGGAAAAUGUACUAAUUGUAUUAUUUUCAAAUCAUAAAUAUUUUCGCAUACUUUCAAAAUAUGUGUAACUGAACUCCGUUCAGAAUCGUUUUCGUCGGCGAUGAUUAAUCUUUUCAUACAGAUAUUCAUAAAAUUUCCUCUCUACCAUCACAACUUUUCACCUAUAAUAGUGGCCUGCCCAUCGUGCGAAAUAUGACCGUUUAUUUAUUUUUUUUUUUACCACUCCCAUUCGCCAUGUAAAACAACUCUAAAUUCCGGGUUUGUGGUCGUUUGGUCCUGAGAGUGCCAAUGUGCUCUUCCUGGCGGACACAGUGCGGUUCAAUAGUCUCUAUUUUCACGGGAAAUUCGCCAAAAAAAAAAAAAAAACAUAAUUUUGUAAAUAUAGGCGUUUAGAUACGAAACGAGACAACAUUUACUUAGUACUCGAAAAUAAAAUUUGAAUAACGGCAGGCAGGUAGGUCGCGCCGUUGCCGGUACGGCGGAAACGUCGAGCAUUUCUGUGCACUGAUUUUUUACCCGUGUAUAAUAUUAGGUACGCGGGACAUUAUUGUUCCGCGAAAUAUUGUUAUCAGUCGAUGUUAUUUUCGUAAACCCUCCGAAACAUUAUUACGUUAAUCGCCCGGGGAAAUGCUCGGCGCACCAAUUUUUUUCGCGUGCCCCAUAACGUUGCGUUCGUCGGCAUCUGAACAAAUCGGACGGGACGUUUUCCCGAACCCGAAAUAUCCGGCUACCUACGGCCGGUCGAUAUUUCGCAUACGUGUUGUAUACAUAUUUUAAAAUGUAGAAUAUUUUUGUUUUCACGUUUACCUUUUCAGAGCGUAUUGCGCUAUAAUAAUAAUGUAUGUUUUAAACAUGCCGCGUGACUGUGUUCCAUUACGGUCCGGUGGAAAAGACGAUUCGGUUUUCCACCGUAUACGGACAAUGCAUUAAAAAAAAAAAACGAACCGCGGAGAAAACAUCAUUCAUUUUGUUAUCCGUGCGUUCGACCGCACACGCUGCACACAACGCGGAGCUCGCCUACGCGUUUUCGGCAACGCGCCCGUGUCGGUUAUAAAAAACGAACCGGUGUAUUAUUUUUUUUUCGCUACGGAAAGACGACGUUUUUCAAAUUGUUUCACAUACACAAAUUAUAGAUAUUAUACCGCCGGUUGACGAUAGUUUUACAAAUACGGCGGCUCUUUGUAAAAAAAACAAAUUAUCUAUAUAUAUAUAGUGUAUUUAAUACGUAAUAUAUAUUUUCAUGCGAUGUCGUCACAAUGCUGUAAGCCCGUACCCAUGACUCAUCGUCGAAUCGGUUUCCCGUGACACGGGCCGGCCCAAACGCGUCCAAAAACUGGCCCAGAACGUUCAUUAGGCUGUUACGGCGAAUUGAACCUAACCUAGGGCCGCGCUCCCGGUGACACUGUACGAUAUCCGUUUUCGCCAUGGAUAACACCCGCCCCUUCCUUCCCGUACGAAUGCGUUUUAACGAAUUAUCCAAUAAAACCUCACAUUGUAUGACCGUUGACUAUAAAUAAAUAAUUAUUAACUUAAAAAAACCGUGUAAACACGAUGUCGUCAGCGUGAUAAAUACACACCCUGGGAUGUUUUUACCUUCUUAUGCGGUACUCCCGUUUUGAUAUUAUACAACAUCGUCCGAUAAAAGUACACUAGGAUAUUCUUACCGGGGGUUGUAAAAUACACUGUCCGCGUUUAAUUAUAAAGAGGUGUGAAAAUAUCGCCGGCGAUCGUUACCAAGAGUAUAUUCUAGUGCGCAUCCGAAGUGUAUUUACGACUUCCUACACGCCUAGCCUAUAGUAAAAGCACAUCCGGUGUAACUGAACCGUAGAGUUGGAAAUUCCGUAUUUUUUUUUUUUGACAAAUACGUGUAACCUGUUUAUUAACAAACGCGAUGCGCAUUAAUAAUAUUUGUAAUUUUAAUAAUAAUUUCGUUAUUCCGGUGAUCAUGUUGAUAACGAUGAUGAUGAACGUUGACCCGUGUUGGUUGUUGUCGUCAGGUUAUAGCGAUCCGUAUUGCCAACUGGGAGUGAUCCGGAAGACCGACGAGACCGCCGCCCGGUUGGCCGAGGGGUCGGCUGAAGACUGUUCCACCGUACUGUCGCCGGUCGCUCUCAUGGCUGGCAUUAUCGGUGACGUACGAUUUUUCUACGCGUCGAGCGCCGCCGUCCGCCGCCGCUCUUCGACGCCCCUCUCCGCCCCUCCCCCUCCCCCCACCCGUGCGUUUUCCGUCCAACGGUCCGUUUUUCGAGUCCCGCGGCUUAGCCAUUUACAGCCCCGGUUCACGCGCCCCUCGCCCCACAUCCGCCCCCCCGCCCGUACUGCCGUCACCGCCGGCCGCCGGGUCUCAUCCCCCGUGGAAGACAACGCGACCCGACGUGACUUGCCGACACGACGACACAACAUAAAACGUACUUGGCGUCGUGGCGUUGCGCUUGAUUUUACCGUCAGACGUUAUUUCCGUUCGCAGAUUUCACUUUUGCUUUUUAUUCUGUUUCGCGUUACGCGCGCGCGCUGCGAGAACGACGUUGCGUUUUUCCUGUCGGUCCGGGUCGAUUCCGGAAAGUUUACAAAAGGUCGAGGAACCAACGCGCUGCGUUCAGCUUCACUGCAGACGUGCAGAAACGUUCGCACUCGAGGGUUUCCGCGAAUCCACGUCGUCAUCGCCGCGGCAGUUUUUUUUUUUUUUUUUUAUGCGGGACACGAAAAUGAUUUUAACGAGCUCUGCAACGAGUGUAACUCAAAUCCGAAAUAUCAAUUAUGCGCGAAACUCGUUCCCGUGCAUUAUGCAUAGGUACGCGGUCAAUUAAAAAAAAAAGGCGAGGUUAUAAAACGUCGAACCGGCGCGCGUACUGUUCCGAGGGUCGCUUUUCGGAGUUCGGUUUACUGUUCGUUUCGACACGCGGCGAACUCGGACCGAUAAAUUUGAAUGGUUUCCACUGGCGGUUUAAAAACCGCGUUUCAUAAGUUCUGUAUCGAAUAAUACACAUUUCGGCAAACAAAUAAAACACGCACACACACACACCCACAAAAAAAAAAAAAAAAAUUACUAAUUAACGGUUUGGUUAGGUAUAGUAUUAUUUUAACAUUAGACGUUCACAUUAUACUUAAUAAAAAUAUCUUAAAAGAAAAAAAAAAGUUUUAAGAUAAAAAUUCACUUAAAAUCCGCUCGUUAUAUAAAUAAUGCAUAAAUCUCUGUUUUUUUUUUUUUUUUAUUCUUACGAUAAAUUACAUUAUUAAUUAUUUUUCUUACUUUGAAAAAUAUAAUUUUAGUUUAUAUAGCUGUUUGGAUGUUUUUAUUUUAUUCUCGGGGGUUUUAAAUUUUUAAUUAAUUUUUAAAGUUAUUGCAGUAAUCGAAAUGCGCUAUUCGUUUUGCCAAUGUUACCUCAUCGGUCGGUCAAAGAUUAAAUUCGUGUAAAUUAUAAAACUUAAAAAAAUAUCUCUAUCCGCUGAACGCACGUAAUAAAAUGUUUACUAAGACUGUUGGAACGGUAAUAACUAUAUUAUCGAAACGAAUAUCCAAUUGAACAAUGCGUUGUCAGUAAUUUUGUUUUUUACAAUGUACGUAAAAAUAAAUCGAAACUGGAUUAUUUGGAUUAUUAAAACGUUUUUUUUUUCCAUUAUACACAAAUGAAAAGUUAAUUUAUUAGAUUCUGCGAAGUCGGCCGGAUCUGCUCUAGGAUAAUUUUGACAAUAGAACUCCGACAAUUCCAACUUUGGUGAUUCGAAAAACUUUAUAAAUCAGACUGAAUCCCCUGAGGAAAUCUCUAUUAUUCGAAAGAAAAUACAGUAAAACAUGUCUUUAACAGACACUUACGGAAUCAUAAAAAAAUCUGUUUCGUACUGCACGUGUCCGUUAAAUUAGGUUCAGGUUGCAUUGUAAUAUGCAUUUUUGUCCGCUCCGCAAAUCGAAAUGAGAGAUUUUAUAGAUUAGCAGAAUAUAAUAAAACGACCGGUAUGGUUUUCAACUAUAACAGAUGAGUCUUCAGCAUUUUGGACAUGACUUUCGAUCGGAUGGUAUCCAUGACUGUGAUUAUCCUAAGAGUGGAAUUUAAUAAUUUUUUAUUUUAAAAAAAUCUUAACUUUUUAAACAAUAAAAUCAUUAUUUCGAAUUUAUUUUGUUUGCUUUUUUGAUAAUUCAAAUUUCUUGGUCAUCGUAUAGAUAAAAUUGUUGAGAGUCACCGAACACAUCGAAAUAAUUAACAUUAAUUGUUGUGUGUUACGAAAAUGUAAUAUUUAUCUAUUGAAAAAUGUCUCAUUUUCUAACGAUAACAAUAUAAUUAUCAAUUACGUAUGCACGUAUUCUUGUCAGGACGAGUAUAACAAUACUAUACAGGGUGUACCAUUGUUAUCUUCAGAUAAUGGAGAUUGCCAAAUUGUGUUUUUUAUAUUACUCUCAGGGGUAAGAACUACAUAUAUGCAUACUUUAAUUACAUUUUUUGGUGAAAAACUAACUUUUAAUUUUAUUAUUUUUGAGAAGUUUCAAGAUAUCCAUCUUAUAGCAUUUAUUCUUCUUAAAAUGUUUACAUUUAAAUUCUUUAUUUUCAUUAAAUUUGUGAUUUUUUAACAAUUUUACAAAGUCACGAGAAAAAAAUAUUCGGACAUAUAGUUUUGAUAGUACUAAUACUCUAUUAGCGAAUGCGAUUACAACCAAUUAUGCAAUUCGUUUUCUCUCUACUUUAAAAAUUACGAAUUUAUUGAAAAUGAAAAGUCGAUACGUCAAAAUGUUCAAAAGAAUAAAUUCUACAAAACGUCUAUCAUCAAAUUUCGCAAAAACAACAAAAUGAAAAGUUUUUUCUAAAAAAUUAAUUUAAAUAUAAAUAUGCGCAGUUCUCAUCCGUGCGAGUAAUAUAAAAAUACAGGAUUUGAUUAUCUUUAUUAUCCCCGGAGAUAUUACGAUGCGUGACCAACUCUAUACGUGUACCUUACAAAUUAUCUUGCAUUAGGUCGCACGCGUACAUAUUUUCCUGUUUUUUUAUUUUUUUUUUUUUUCUAGUAAAUACGUCAACGAUUGUUAUUAUUGUUAUUGAUAGUUGCGUAAUGUCGCUUCAGGUAUCGUUCAUCAAUCAUCCGUCGAAGACUAGGAGUGCAUCAUUAUCAUCAUCGAUACAGAGAUUAUUUUAAAUUCAUUUGUAUGCCACGACGAACGUGCACAGUGGUGAUGGUGAUUUAUCGAAAUUAUCUGUUGAAAAGUAUAUAUAUUUUCGAGAUCGGAAUGUCAUGGAUGUUAACGGUCGGUCGCGUUCGCGGGUAAAAAAAACCUGACGUAACAUCCUAUACGGGGUGGACGUCUACAGUAACCCUUAGAGGAAUCCUCGCAAAACGGCCGGCUAUUAAGUAUCGUUUCAAGAUAAUCUCACGGGAUAACAUCGCGGACCGACAUUUGUUGUUCGGCCCAUCAGUGGGCACGGUUAGAAACGCUGGAGUGGACUGAACGGCCGGACGAGAAACACAAUCUUCUUCAUCUUCAUACUCUCGCCUCUCCGAACAUUUAUUUUACGUCGGCCACCUUGGUCCUAAAUCUCCCCUUGACUUUGUCACUCGCGCCGUCAACACACAUUCAAGCAGUCUUCAUAUCGCCCAUAAUCGCGAUUCACCGUCUCCCAUUCGGCCAUCACCCUCCCUUUCUUCCGUCGACAAUCGCUCGUCAAAUUACAUUUUUACAACCCCGUCUCUUUUCUACGCAUAAAGACCCAUCCAACUAAGCGUUUUCAUCGUAAUUGAAUGUUGUUCUGCUAACCGUUUCUACAGACCGGUCAAUAUUCUGUACCAUGCGCCGUCUCCGCCGGUCUCACCAGAAUAUUUCCAAAUUUACUUUUUGACCUGAACAACAGAACGUGCACAAUUUUUAACGCACCGUUUAUCGUCGACGGGACCGCGGAGGUGCCGGCUUAGCGCACGAUUUCACUUGACCGCGGGUCGUGACAAUACUAAUUUAUAUUGUUGACGCGUUAACGGUGGGAUCUCAAUAAACGCUCGUGUAUUAUUGUCUGACAUCUUUCCAACGUCAUCCAAAGUGAUUUCGAUCUACGAAAUCGUCCGCAUGCCGCGUAAAACGUUAGCAAGGGGAUUGGCUAAAAACGAAAAUCGUAUUUCGGUACGUAUUCGUUUCGCCGCUGUUGCAGUGGCCGACCACCAAAAAAAAAAUCCUACUCGUAUCGCCCGUAGUAUUUUUCUACUACUGCGGCUUUAUUAGCCGUCCGGCCGUCUAUCGCGACAUAACGUAAAUGCAGGUGCUCGAAAACGCGCGCGCCGUUCGCGCAACACGGGAAUCCGCGCGGCUCGGAAAACUUUCGGUCGUAACGCGGGGACUGUUGUGUUGUAACGCGGACGACGGCGUUCCGCAGCGCCGAACUACGGGCGCGCGCGACCGCUACUCCGCCGCAAGACUACGAUUGUUGCGGAUCGAAUUCCACGCGACGUAAACUUUCCGGAACGUCCGACUGUCGACGGACCGUGACGCGUAACGUGACAGCGUUCGACGAACGUCCCCCCCCCGCCCGUAUUUCGAGCGCUCGUCGCGUGCUGGCCGCCGCCGCGGCAGCCGUCGCCCUCGGACGGUAAUUUACCGCCGUUAUUACUCUGCGUUCGCGGCGGACGCGUCGGGCGUCUCCCAUCACACCCCCGAAAACCCCCCCGCCGGUUUUCGCCCUGCCGAACGAAAAUUAUCGAUUCCGGUACGGGGGGGGGGGGGGGGAGAGAUUGACCGCUCUCCCCGUGAUUGUAGUGUAAUGUAUGCGCACACACGCCGUAUCCGGUACUGAUGCGCCGCGUCGUCGGUGUACGGAAAAUAUCGUCGAAAUACCGCGGAAAACGAUAUCACUCCCCCCCCCCACUCAUCCCCCACCCGCCGUGCCGCCGGUCAACGCUUUUCCGAUUUAACACGCGUGGGAAAAAAAAAAAAAUUAUACUAUAUUUGUCUUAUAAAAAAAAAAAAAAAAUGUAAUCAAUUAAAUUGUGUAUAUUGAAAUAACGGAAGAAGAGCGGUUUUGGACGGAGGUAAGCAAAACAAAAAUAAUAAAAAUUGCAUCCCGUGGUUGUAAUUUUGUGGACUGUUGCAACUUCUCUACCGUUUUUUUUUUUUUUUUUUUUUUUUUUUAUAUAUAAUAUUUUCUAUCUCUUUCUCUACUUUUAAAAAAAAAAAUAUAUAUAUAUAUACAUACAUUUUGUUAUUUGGCGUUGUAUACCUGCAGCUAUCAUAUUAUUAUAAUAUUUUCUUCUUAAUCGUCAUUGUUGCUGUUGUUGUUGUUUUUUUUUUUUUUUUUUUUUAAUUCCUUCUCUUUUUUCUCUUACUACUUUUAUAUUUAGAGCACUUUCAACCAUACUAUUAUACGUAUUGUACCUACCUUUUCAAUGAUUGAAAAAAAAAAAAAAAACAUUUCUUCAGAUUUACUUCUUAUUUACUAUGUUUACUAUAUACACACGUCUUGUUUUUGUGGUUUUUCUCUUCUUUUUGUUUACAUUAUUUUAUUAAUAUAUUUGUUUAUUUAUUAAUUAUUAUUGUUAUCAUUUUUUAUUUUUUUUUUUUUUUUUAUUCUAGAUAAACAUUUGUUUGUACAUACUAAUAAUGUUCUUCGUUAUGUUUUUAUCAUAUUAUUAUCAUUAUACGUAGGUACCUAAAAGGUUUUAUUAUAUUAAUAAAUUGUAAUACUGUGCGCGUGUGCGUCUCUUUCCGUAUUCCUAAAUCAUAUACGUACACGCACUGAUUACUAACACAAUAUUUUAAAACCUCGCUUUGUAGCACGGCUCAUAAAAAAAAAAAUUAUAUACGAGUAAAUAUAUAUUAUGUAUCCAAAACACAUAUACGCGACUGACACGAGUUAAAUACUUUGUUUUAACGUGCUUACGGACGUUAAAGCUUUUACUCGUGAUUUUUUUUUUUCGUAUGGAUACUCCCCGCCGACAUCAAUUUAAACGUCAGGUGCUCGAAAACCCGACUAGUUAUUAACUUUGGUUUUUUUUUGUUGCUUGUUUUUUUUUUUUUUUUUUUUUUUUUUUAUGAUAAAUGAGUUUUUUCUCAAAUUUGCUUUUCAUUUUUUUCUUUAUUAUCGUUAUUUAUUUAUACUGUCGAGAUGAUUAAUUUAUGUAUACAUAAAAAAAAAAAAAAAAACCUGAGUCUUUUGAUAUCAAAGUUAGUACAUGGCAAAUAAAGUGAUUCUGCGGUUAAUUAUUAUGUAGGUAUUAUGUACUAAAAAUUCACCGUAACCGCGAUUGCGUUUUAUUUAAUAUCAUAGAAAGUUCAAACGUUGAAAGUGGUGGGUAGGGUUGCGAAAUAUGAUUAUAAUUCAACGGGUGUAUUUAGAAAAAUGAAAUAAGAUUCUAUUUUUUCGACGCAUUUCUUCGAGUCCCCAAAAACAAAAUAAAUAUAUAUUAAAAGACAAAUAUCGGAAACGGGUAUUAAAUCAAACACAAUAUGGAUGCGGCGGUAUUGAACAGAAAUUUGUAUGGAAGCACGGCCGAUAGUAUUUUGUUCGCUAACGCCGCCGUUGCGUGUGACUUGCACACUAUCACGCCCAAUCAUCGCUUUUUCGUCAAACCGAAUGCUCGUUCAAGAGCGAAACGUCGUUUCUCCCUCCGCCAUCAAAAUAUACGUAUGUGCACUAUUGGGAUCGUAGUGAUAACGUGAUCCGGUCGUAAGGUCAAAACCGCGCACUGUUUGUUUGCAACGGGUGUUCCGCAAUUAAGAAUGAUAGCUGGUGCGUCGUUCUCGGGAAGAUUACACUGUCGCGCGCAACACUGUAAUUAUAUACGGCCCGGAAAUCACAGCACGAGUCCUCUCAUUUCGAUACGGUGAAACGCCACCGGAAUUCGGCACCUUCGGAACAUUCAGAUCUCGACAGAAAAACCGAAUCCGUGUGUGUGAUAUCUACGACGAAAAUGCAAAAUUAUCAAUUGGAUCCGAUCGGUUGUGAACGACUUGAUACGCGUGUCAAACAACUUGAAAUACCUAAUGUGUUGCCGUAAACUAUGGGUUCUAUUCUGGUCGGUGAAAAACAAUCGAACAGAUUUCUAUUUUUCGUCACACGCCCUCGUCUUCGGUGUACCCGCUGAAAAACCGUUAAACCCAUCGCGUAGCGUUAUUACUAUGUUUGUUUAAUUUUAUUAUUGUUUGUUUUUUUUACUAAUCAUGUUUCUCUGCUGCGGUAACUAUCAUAAUAGCACCAUAUGCAAAUGCUUUCACCGUAUACUUUUUAUCAUUACUAGAUGCCUCGCUUCGCACGACAUCUAGCUGGAUUACAAUAAUAAUAUCAUAGUAUAUUAUUGCGAUAGGUAUCACACGCGUGUGACAUAGAAUAUAUAUAUUUUACCGUUAUUACUAUUAUUAUUAGCAUUUUUUUUUUUUUUUUUUUUUUUUUUUCACAAAGAGGUUGCAAUCGUUGAUGACAAAAUGUCCACAUUUCGAUAAGCGGCCGCCGACGGUCGGGGUGAAAGAACUCAACGGUUCUAUGGGGGUGAUUUUACAGUGAGCCUCCAGGCCGUAACCAUAAUAGUUUUCAAAUAGACUCAAAAACACACGGUCAAUAAAAAAAAAAUGGUUGAUGUCGAUAAAUUGAAUUUCGGCCCUCAAAAUUAUUCAGAAACAAUAAUACUUCCCCGUUUAACUUGUUUACCCGACCCCGUUAUAUUAUGCUGUACACCUACUUACGUAAUGCAUUUUUCAGCGUAUAUUUUAUAUUUACGUUUUCAUUUCCGUGUCCUACAGAUAUUUUUUUUUAUAAUAUUUGUUUUUUUAUUUAUCUAUUAUACAAAGUGUAUCUCAAGGAUUUGCCAAUUUCCCAUAUGCAAGGUCGUAGUAAAAUAUUUUUUUUUAGACAGAGAAUUCAAUUUAAUCGUUCGUUAUUAUUGUUAUUAUUAUUAUUAUUAUUUUUUUUUUUACAAACAGAAUUAGCAUUUAAAAAUAAUGAAUAACACUUUUGAAAAAUUGUGACGAGGAUUUCAACCGCCAAAAGCCCUCUCAGACAUGGGAUUGCCUACAGUGUUCAUUAUAUAGGAAAUAAUAAAAUCACGUGGAUGCAUCGUUUAUAUUUAUCGAACUAUAUUUUGUAUGGUUUUCUUUUUCUUUUUUUUUUUUUUUUAAAGUGUAAUAUCGAUAUUUUAAUUAUCAUUAUAAUUGUUAACGUUUUCUUUGGUGAUUAUUUAUCAGGCCAUACCGUUUUCGUUAUUUUGUUUUAAAUAUUUAAGACGUGAUUUAAUUCUCUAGCCUAGUGUCGAGAUUAUCAGGAUAAAAUCACAUUAAACGUAAUCUAAAAGCUGCAUACUUUGUUUUAUUUUAUUUUUUAGUUUUUUAACAUAAUACCGUAUAUAUUAUAUCUAAUUUAAUGUUAUUAUAUUAUCAUAGCAUAAUGUUUCGUUGGUACUUAAAAAACUGGUAAAAAUAAAAAAGUUUUACACAGUCUCGCUAUAGCAACUGCAACCAACAUUAUAUAUUAUACGUUAUUUUUACAACUGCGUCGCUAAAUAGAUAACAUGUUACCCAUUUAUUGUUUAGUUAUUUAUUUGAUUUACCUACUUGUCUUCUUCAAAUGUUAUUUCGACGAACAAAAGGCAUCGUAUUAUUUUCUUUGUACGGUAUCCAGAUUACUUAAAAUUAUCAUCUAUCUUUAUCUUAUACUCAUAUUUUAGUCAUUAUCGGUCUUGUUUUAUCUAGAUGAAAAUCGGUUAUUUUUUACAACGCCUAUAAAUAGUAUUUGUUUUAAAUAACGAGACCUUAAUUUGUGAUGAGAUAUCGCGUAGGUAUUAUACGCGAUACGAACGAUCCUAAUAUAUUAUAUAAUAUAAUGACGCGAUUUUUCGAUAACGAAAAAAAAAAAAAAAAAAAUGAUUAUACAAUCAUAAAUAUUGCACGUUAUUAAUUUGACGAAUCCGAGAAGAAAAAUGUUCCACGAAUUGUUCGAAUUCCGUAUGCGGACGUUGCAGAUUACUCGAAAUUAUAUUAUUAUUAUUAACAAAAGGUUAACGGCAUUCCGUUCGUGGGAAUGCUCGGGUUUUGUUUUCCCGAAAUGACCUUUUACUCGCUGGUAUUAUUGAGAAGAUCUAUUAUUAUGAUUAUUUUUGCUCUCGACUUCUUUCCCGCCGCCUUUAAUAUCCCAUCUAUAGUUGACCACUUUGAUCUUAAAUUUCCAUUUGACUCGUGGUCUCCCGUAUCAUUUAUAUCCCAUCAUCAUACCACUGCCAAUCGUUUUUAACGACCAUCUUUAUUUUAAAACUACUCUGACAGUUUCUGAAUCAUAUCUUCUCCUCGCAUGUCUAAACCACCUCGAUAGUUCCCUCUCGUCUUAUCAACACUACUGAAAAAACGCUUAUGUGACACACCGCAUAAACUCGUUUAUUAUUCUGUUCCUUCUCGAGAGAGAGAGAGACUCCGCUGGUUCAUCGAACGCUAAGAUUCUCAUUUUCUGUUCCAUCUUUUUUGUCUGAUGCCGUACAUUUCAUAUCGUACGACGUCCCCACAGAUGUAUACCAUUUACCUUUUGGUAUUUUUUUAGAUUCUGAGCGAAGCGAUGAAUGUGUUGGUUUUAAAACGAUAUACAUAUAUUUUUAUUAGAAUUUUAAUAUCAAAUUUUGACAAAAACCAAAAAAUAUUACGGUCUUUUAAUACAUUUACAACCGAACUCCGCUCGAAAUCGUUUUUUGUUAGCAAUAGUUAAUCGUUGCAUAUAGAUAUGCAUUAAUUUCCACUCUAUAUUCUCCAUUCCCAUCUUUUCACCGACAAUAUUGGCCCACCCGUCGUGCGAAGUAUGUCCGUCUUUUUAUGUUUGUUUUUUUUUUUUUUGAGAUUUUAUCGGUGUAUUGUAAAGUCGACGACGGCUAAUCGGUGUCCUCUUCCCGAGUGUACGACUUAAAUUGGAUUACGUAUUCUAAACGUAUAAGAAAAUAAACCGACGAAUCGUAAACUAAUGUAAUAUAAAGUCUCAUUUAGAGUCAUUCGCGUAAAAAACUGCAUAGGGCACAGAAUUCGUACAAUGAUAAGCACGGGAGGCGGAUAGGUAGUAUACCGGUAAAUGCCUCGUUGUUUUUUUUUUAUUUUCGACAAAUUUUGAAAUUUCCACCGUUACACGCCGAUUACCUAUUUGCAAUUAGUAUGUGCGCGCGUGACGUACUAAUAUAACCGUUAAAAUCGUAUUAAAAUGUUUAGCUGAUACCGUUCGCGACAAAACUGCUAUUAUAUUAUUAUAUUUUUAUUGCGAUGUAUAAAAAAAAAAAAAAAAAAUUAAAAAAACAACAUUAUACCUAACCGUGUUUUUAUGCACUCGUUUAUGAUAACAAAUAACCGUAAAUAUUCGAUUAUUUAAUUAAAGUUUUCUCAAUUAAAUAUAGUGCAAUAUAGUGUAGUGUAAUGAUGAUAGUGUGUAGGUUUAUGACCACCGCCCAAAAUAAUAAAUAUAUACGACGCGCGACUGCAGUGCGGACGAGAGAUAUUCGGGUAUUAUGGGGACGGCCGUCGCGUGAAAUGUAAUUUUGUAUAUAAGUUUUCGUCUCGUAAACGUCACGGGCAUCGACCCCGCGCCACGCUCUCGCUCGCACGCAGACGCCUAUCGAACAAUAAUAAUAAUCAUAAUAAUAUUGAAGAGAUUUUGUAGACCGUCGCCCCACUUGCUUUUAAAAUGUUCACAUCGACCCCGAUUGAAAUAUUCGCGACUUUUGGGAAUUUCGUGUGCUAUAUUUCGACGACCAGGAUUCGACGAGGUUAAAACGUCGAUUGUUCAAGUGGAUUUCCGGUCGCGAGACUGCGACUACACCCUCCCCCCCUCACCCUUUAAAAAAGAACCGGUCGACGACCACGUGUCGAAAAAUUGUACGAUUCGUUACAAUGUGCGCCAAACAUGACCAAUCUCGGACCAAACUGGAGAACAAUACUUAGUUGCGUUGAACACCGGGAAAAAACUUGUUCUUCGAAUUGUUUUCUGUUUGCUUUUAAACACAUUUUUAAUGUCGGCGCGCAUAGAAAAAUAUUUAAAUUAUCGCUUGAAAAUUCGCAAAACGACCAAACAGCUAAUAAACUAGAUAAACAAAUACCGAAAUAAAAUAAUCAACGUUAAAGACGUUCGAAUGGACAUUUUGCAAAUCCUUCUAAACCAUAUCAUAAUAAAUGCCGAACGAAACAGAAAAUUCAUAACGUGGCGGUAAGCUUGACAUUACUCGAUAUGCUUUUGAGAAAAGUUCGUUCACACCGCGGACCGUUGUAUAACUCUCGUUCACUAUUUGCUCAAGCACCUAUCUAUUUCUUAACAGUGUUACGUGAAAAACCCGAAGAAAAAAAUGUAUAAAACUUUGGGCCAGUUUAAAAUGAUAACUAUUUGUAUACGUUUCGAUUUGUUUGAUUUUUUUAUCGAAAAAUCGGGAGAAGCGAAUUCCGUCUUCCAUUCCCCCUCAGAUGUUUAUGAAUCGGAUACUUUUACUUUUACUAAAAAAUUACCGUGCGCAUUGUAUUAUGUCGAAAAAUAUAUCUUUUGAAACCUUCUAAAAUCGACCGUGUUGUUUUUUUUUGCCCGUUAAAAUACAAGCGCUUUUUAGUUUUCGUCUUGCACCGUGUACCUACGAUACGCGUUUCGACAGUGUUAAUUAAUUUAUCGUCGUUUUUUUUUUUUUUUUUCGUUUUAUUUACUUUUACGUAGCAUCGUUGUCGGAUACCAUGCGCCUCCUUUAUUACGCCGUGGUUCUUCGGGUUAAUGAUGUCCAAAGUUGUUUUUUUUUUUUUUUGCACAUUGUACGUUAGAUAAUUUCGUCCCCCUCUCUCGAAAAAAAAAAAAAAAACCGUAUACAAUUUUUACCAACUCAUUUUAUCGGUAUAUUUUUACCCUCCCGUUUAUACACGUGUAUUGUAUGUACGGUACACGUGCAUAAAGAGAGUAAAAUUUCAAUUACUGCUAUGCUUAUAAUAAUUCUGAAUUAAUUAAUUAAAUUAAUAACGUUACGAUGCUAAUGCCGCCGAAAUCCCAGUGUCUUAAUUAUUUUCGACGGUGGCGUCGGCGGUACACUCGAGUAUUAUAUAACAACGCCGUAUCCGAAAUUCGCGAACGCAGAUUGUCGGACCUCCGGCGCGCCGCUCGUGUAAUUUUCGAACGUUGCGAUGUAAAGUAAUAAGAUCGCGUAACGGACACGAAGCGCAAAUGACGACGGCGAUAACGGUGCCGCGCGACUUUAAAAACUUCUCCGCGGCCGUUUCGACGCGACGCACCGCCGCCGCUCGUUAUUAUAAUAUUAUUAUUAUUAUUAAUUUCGUGACGGCCGCGUUAUUCCGUUAAGUAUUAACGCGACUAAUAACGCGGGGUAAUUUAAUUAACGUUUCGUUUAUAAAUUACAAUAUUAUACAAUUUAAAUAAACUGCGACGACGGUGCGUUUCGGUUAAUCGACGUGACGUUUGCGCAAAUUUUACAGGGUGGUUUUUUUUUUUUUUCGAUUUUUUCAACGCUAUCUAGCGAUCAAUAAACCUACGAAGUUUACGUGACAAAAAGGAUUUUCGUGUUUUCUUUUUUUCAUAGUAUUAUUUUCAAAUUAUUUCCCGUGUUCUUUAUGACACCGUAAACACGCAACCGUCACGUGAAAAAUACCGAAGUAAAAUUUUAAGUUUGUCGGUAAACUACACGGUUUAAUAUCCUCAAUAACGCCCCGGAAAAUCCUACAGACUUAAACGAAACAGAAUGGCGUAUAAAAUCCACGAAUUACAAUGUAAAAUCUAAUCUAAACUUACACGAGGAAUUCACCACUGAUAUGGCACAUAAUUAAUGGUCACAAUUAGCCUUAUAUUAUCGUCAACUCAAAUUUCGUAUUAAAAUACUCGUGACUGGGUGAUAAAACGUAACUGUGACGUUUAAAAUAAAAAAAAAAAAUACGUUAUACGUGUACAAAUGUAUACAAAUAGCGUGAAAUUAACUAAAAGGGAAAAUAUGCCCUAAAUGGUAAAAACCAACAUAAACAAUUCAAAAUCAAUGUUUCAAAAUUAAAUUCGUUAUUACACGGUUCGAAUAUUUGGUAAAGAAAAAAGUACGUUUUACAAACAGCAAAACAAAUAAAUGAGGUAGGUAUAGUUGACAUUUCGACAGCAUUGUAGAAUCUGAACGGACGAUGAAUCUAUUGGUUUUAAAAUGAUGGUAAUUUUUUUUUUUUUUUCCUGUGAACAACUUUUCUCCAGAAAUUUAUUCCGAUUUUCAAGUGUAGCACAUAUUCUGACUGGGGUGGCACUUUGAGCAAGUAAUUUUUUGAUUUUCCCGGGAAUUUUUAUAAUAAAUGGCAAAAACGGGAAUAUGUACGAAAUGUAUUAUUCGUAAAUCAUAAAUAUUACGCCCUUUCAAAACAUGUAUAACCGAACUCCGCUCUUAAUUGUCUUUCGUUAGCAUUGACUUAUCGUUGGUUACGACGUAUAAAUAAAAACAAAUUUAUGUACCCUGUUUUCCCAACUGUUCACCUGCAAUAAUGGCCACCACAUCGUGCGAAAUAUUUCCGUUAUUUUUUUUUUAUUAUGAAGUCUCAGGAUUACAAGCGAUUAAACGUUGAACCUUUUCGGAAAUAAUCGUUAAAUUUUAUCUGUUCUAUAAAGGUAAUUUUGAACAUUAUAUUACUUUAAUAAAAAUACCAAAUUGCGAUAUAUUGUGAGGUACUCCCGUAAACGAUGGCGGUCGAUAGGCGUUGCACACAAACGUGUCACUACUAAUAGUCAUUAUAAACAUUUAUAAUGUAAGAAUUUAUUAGCAUAAUAAUAUAGAAACCGUAUGCAAAAUUAAUACCUAGGUAUAUAUUUAUUUAUUUAUAUUAUUAUGUUUUUUUUUUUUUGCAAGGAGGAUUAUCUGACUACCAGGAACAUCUAUCUCAUAGUAGAACCUCCGACCAUCUCUAUCCAAUUCCUGGUCCCAAUUCCAAAUCCUUAUGCUUUCACGUUCCAUCUAUCAACACUAUGUUCCCAAGUCAUUUUUAUUCUUUCCAAGGGUCUUCUUCCUAUCGGAUUCUGUUCCAUCACUGCUUUUAAAUGCGAGUUUUAACUUAUCAUUGCACGUGUUCUUUUUUUCAUCAUUUCUACAACGUUUUUUUCAUUAUAUAUUCAUUAUAUAUUAUUAUAUUCAUUAUAUAUUAUUAUAUAUUCAUUAUAUUGCUUCUAAUUCUCUAUUUUUUUCUUUGUCUUCAUUCUCCUGGUAAUUUAUCUUUUAUUAGCUUCAAAAGUCUGGAAUUCGAAUUGGGUAGAUGAACCGAAACGAAUAGAAUAUACCGAAAACAAAAAUCUCAAGAGGAGUAAGGUCAAUUCAGUUGAUGUAUCAAAGGACCAGUGACCGCUGAAAAAAAAAACUAAUCCGAUGGUUGGCAUUUGACUAAACGGGAUUUCCGAGUCGUAUACAUUUCCGGUACUUUUGAAUAGUUUUGAUCAGUUUGUCGGAACAGUUUUUUCGACCUUUUAGUGUAUUAAUAUUUAGUUCAUCGGUCCUGAAAUUGUAUUCGUAUAAUAAGUAAAGUACUGUUUGAACUCGAUCGUUGGACAUUUCGUCUGUCUAUUAAUGAGUUUGUUUGUUAUACAAUCGUGAUUUCAAGUGAUUUAAUGUGCGAUUUUCUAUGAAUUUUGAAACACGAACUACCGAAGUCGAUAUUACGGGGCAUUUCUUGAAUUCCGGCAUUUUUUUUACACCGUGAGGUCUGCUGUUUCCAAUAAGAAAACAAAUAUAUUCAUAUUUCUUCGAAUUAUAUUCGGUCCGAAUAAAAUACAACGAAAACUUCAAACUAUUCAAAAUGUCAAGAAAAAACUGGAUGUAUAGCGUCAUUUAAUAAAUAUGUAUCACAUCAUUUUUGGAUGAUCCGUGGUUCCGUGGUGUUUUCCUUCAGCGCUCCGCUUUAUUAUCAAUUUCAACGGACUUUCAUGUUCGGGCCCGUUUAUAAUAAUGACCACUCCGCUGGUUUUAUCUUCUCGUCGAACUUUUUUAUAAGUGUUUUUCUUUGUGAUAAUUAAUAUUUUAGCACUUUUUCAUUUCUUAAUUUUUUUGAUCUGCUUAUAAUAUUAUUUUCAGAGAUAUUUGACUAAAUUAAAACCAUAAUUAUAAGCGGUGAAAGAAACAACAAAGGUAAACACUUCGAGAGAUGGAUGGACCACUGUUGUAGAUGAGAAGUUAGGAUAGUAGAAUGGAAAACGCCAAUGUAUUGCCAACGAAAAACGGUUCUAAAUGGAUUUCAUUUCAAUGUGUUUUAAAAGGCCGUAAUAUUUAUGAUUUGAAAAUAAUACUUUCCUAAAUUUUCCAAUUUUUCCCGAGUUUUCUCAUUUAGUAGAAAUACUGCUAGAAAAAUCAAAAAAUUACCUCCCUAAAGUUGGCCAACCCGGUCAUAUUCCCAUCAGAAAAAAUACACUUAAAAUUCGGAUCAAAAUUUUUGGUGGAAAAGUUGUGCACAAAAAAAAAAAAAAUAAACAUCAUGUUAUAACCAAUAUAUUCCUCGCUCUGCUUGGAAUCUAAAAUUGACAUUGAACCCCUAAAAUAUCAUAAUAAUAAUUACGGUUUGGAUGUUUAUGCUUUCACGUGUUUUUUGUUUUAUUUUUUAUCAUAUUGAAUGAAUUCUUUCGUGAAUUCUGCACUAUAAAACAUUUAACUUUUAUUUUGCAUAAUACUAUAAUGAGUAUUUGCAUAUUCUUUGUUUUUUGUUUAUAUAACGUAUAUAUUUUGGCUUUGUCUUCUGUUUUCAAACACAUACUUGACGGCUUUCGGUACCGAAUAUAAAAACGUAAACCUCGUAUGUAUGUCAUAUUAACUGUAUCUGAAUCUGAGUAGAAUUAUCCGUUCAUUUUGUAUUAAUAUGGAUUAUAGGUAUACAAGUUAUUGCGUAUGCACUGUCAAGGAUCUCCGAUAGAACGAGACGAUAACUGCCAUUCGAACCAUUCGAUAUUUUUACGAACGGUUUAUUUUCGGGUUUUGGAUUUGGGUUACCGUCUAGUCUGAAACGCGUAGUUUUUUAUGUUUUCUAUUUUGAGACUGUACAAUGUAUCCCCCAAUGUUUGAUCGAUUUUUCUAGCGCUGUUAAUAUUAAAUUUGUUUCAUAAAACAAUAAAUGCUCAACGGAAUAACACGUUACACAAUAAGGAAUCAUAACCAUCACGGUAAUGUUUCAUAUCUUCUGACGGACAUUUAUUGCGGUUUUCACGCCUACUUUCUGUACAUUAAAUGCUGCUAUAACUGAGAAACUAUUGAUCGAGCGUGUAAGUCGCACGCAUGUAUACCGUUGUACCCGCACAUUGAAACGUUUAGCGUAAUAUAUUUUACAGAUCGGCUGUUUCGAAAAUGUCGAACGAAUAAAAAAACCGCGCCCCCAGCCCCAAGCCCGUAUUUUCGCCGAAAACAAUUAGGCCGAAAACACGAAUUACGCACCGCCGUCGACUGAUGCGAACAGAAUACGAGACGAAUGUAUUUUUCCUAAAAACGCAGUGUUGUACAUAGCCGACGGUUACGGAGAGAUGUAGCGACGGCGGCGGAGGUUCCGAGGCGAUGUCGGUGAUCACGAUUGUUAAUAUUUUCGCUUUUGCUCGAAUCGAUAUUUUUAGAUUAAAAAAAAAUAAUCAUAAAUUAAUUAAUUAAUGAAAAAACUCGAGUCUGAAAAUAGACGUUCGUUUACGGCCCAUAGGUUUUUUUUUUUUUUAUAUUAAACCGGGUUGUCCCAUGUGUGAUAUUUACCAAAACGCAGUAAGUGCUUCAGACCGCCAUCUCCCCCCCCCCUUUGGUUGUCGUUCCUAACCGCAGCAGCGGUCAUUGAAUAAAUAAAAUACAAUUCAGUACGAUAAUUGUUUAGGUUUUCUCACUCCCACUCAUCCACUGAUGCGUUUUUCGGGUUUCGCCGCUGUGUAGUCGUCCCGGUAGACCGACCCGCCGUUUCGCAGUUUACCCGGACGAAUUAUUGCUGGUCACUGUCCGACCGACCGACGCGCGUAUUUGCAGAUCCAUUUAAUACAAUUUCACUAUACAUAUACGUCGUAAGUACGCGUUCUGUUCGGAAAUAUAAUACAGAAAUAUUAUAAAUUAAACAAAUACCCAUUACCAUCAAAAGGAAUAUUUUCAUAAUAAUAAAAAAAAAAAAAAAUUAUAUUAAACAUUUAAGGUUUUUUUUUUUUUUUUUUAGAAAGCUUACAAAAAAGUUCCCUGGAAAUGUCAUUAAUAUUUGCCUCACACAGAGCCACCUGCCAGGAAGGUUAUAGGAAUACCUUUUACGACUCAUCAGCCAUCAUAGGAAGUCCCAAUUUCGGUCAUCGACCGUCCAGAAGUUACGAAAUUCGGGGUUAACCGAGUUCGUCCCGAAAUGACCUUUUUUUUUUUUUAAUGUCCAGAGUGCGUCCGGAAUAAAGUAUUACCCGAGUGCGUCCCAAGACAAAAUACCAUAUUCUCGACCUAGCCCCAAUGCGCGCCAUUUCAUUAAUAUAUGCCUAAAAGUUGCACCGCGGGGACUCACCUGACUUACGCCCCAAUAAUAUUUGGAUAUUUUAUUAUCUAUUAUUGACAUGCAUUUUUUUUUUUUUUUUUUAAUAUAUAGGUAAAAUGUUUAAAAUGUUGUCUAAAAUUACAUUAAAGGCUGGUAUUUAAAUGCGAUUAUUUUCACAAAUGCAUUUUUUUUUUUGUCCUCUCUACAGAAUUAUGAAAUUGUCAGUAACAACGAUAUUUAGUUCUCUAGCUAUUUUAGUAUUUUCUACCUUCUUUUGGAUAUUUUCCUAAAAAUGUGGCAGUACGCAGCAGUCAGAAACGUUAUUAGCGUUCAUAACGUAUUAUUGUUUACUACUAUUGUUUAUUAUCUUGAACUAUAUUGAUUUCAGUUUCACGAUAAAAAUUAAAAAGAAUAUCAAACUAUGUUUUACAUGUUUCGUCUGAGAGCACAGAUAUAUGCUGAUGAGAUCUACGGUGCAAAGAGAACUGAUUAUAAAGAUUUUUAAUUUAUCUAUAAAAUAAUAUGAUGCGCGACGUCGUUUAAUUCAAAAAAUCCAAAAACUACACAUAAUUGAAGCUUAUUAAAAUAUGUCUGAGUGGCUGUAUAUCACACGUAAUAAUUUAUAAUUUUAAUUAUAUUUUUUCCACCAUACCGAAGAAAACAAAAAAUAAUAAAGUAUCAAAAAUUAUGAGAUUUUUUUUUAAAUAAUAUUAUCCAACCAACUGCGAAGAGAAUACAAUUCCAUUGUACCUACGUCGUUUUUGUAUUUUUCAUUUUUGUUUUUUUAAUAUCAAAUAUUCCGCAAUACAAUGAAAACUCGUAAUACCUUAGUUAAAAACUAUCUAAAAGAUUCAUAUUGUUUCACCGGAUGAUUCGAAAAGAGUUUUGCACGGUUAUAUUUAUACACCUACUAAGAAGUUAUGAAAGUGUUGGGGAAAACAGCUGUGAUGUCACUUUAGGUAUAAUAUAAUAUUAAUAACUUUUUAAAUAUUAUAAAAUUCAAAAUACAAUGUCUGAAACGGCGGAAGAGGGUGGAAAAACCCUUACUUCACUAAACGGGUCCUCAAAGAAAUUCUGUCCAAUCUUAAAGUUUUGUAAUAACAAUAGUGGUUAAUAAACGGACGAAAUCUGACGUUUGAAAACCAAAUAAAAAUAACAUAAAUUUAAAAUAUAACAGUACAAUACAGAAAAUAUAUUUUUCAAAUUUGUAAGGUCCCCGAUCCGUUUGAGGAAUAGAUUGCCUUGAAAUUGAUGACCCGAUCGAAAUGCUCAAAAUGUUACGACGGCCGAUGUGUAUCAAGAAUCUCGAUAGAAAGUAGUGAUAUUCUAUCAUUUUACGGUGUAGUCCGCUGCAGUCACGAAUCGUAUUAAAAAGUUUCGAUCUUAAAACAGCGAUUCUAUUUCAAACCCGAGUUAUUCAAAGGACCCACAUAGUGAUAGUGGCGGGUUUUGACCGUUUAGAAUGUCAUACCAAGCCAAAAUCACGAUCUUCAAAUUUUAUUUCUCCCAGUUGCUAUUCGCGAGGAGUAUAGAGGUUCUGACGUACAAAGUUUUUGUCAAAGAAAUUUCGAACAUAACCGGGUUUUCGAACAUAAUAUACGAGGUUCGGGGCUCGGGGAUAUACGAGUAGGAGGUUGUCAUUAUACGUUUUGUUUUUUUAUUUUUUGCAAGUCUAUUAUUUGACGGUAAAUAUUGUGUACCGUUAUAUAUUAGUUACGUUAUGCUCGGCAUACUCGGAUCAAAACAUUAUUCGUCAAAACCAACUAUCUCGUCCUUUAAAACAAUUAUUAUACCUAUGACAACGUCGGCGGGAGAGGUGGUCCACGAUAAAAAAAAAAAAAAAAGUCGUAUUGCCCGGUGUAAUAUUAUCGUAAUAGUAUCAAGCUAUUUUUACAAUGACUCCUCCACGAAAUCCCUAAAUAUUCAUCCUAACGGAUCGUCAAAAACUGCGAUCAUCGGCCGCAAAAUUGUUUUCUGCCUUCUUCGUUCCUUACGCUUUCAUCUCACGUUCCACCCUUCCCGUCUCCUUCGAAAUUUCUCGAUCUUCUCAACACGCCCACAUAUCUCACUAUAACAACCUAUCUAAACAUAUUCCGCGGCCUAUAAUAUAGAUCAUAUAGAUGUAGGCCUUAUAUCUCUUUCUCUACUUUUGACGAAUCCAUUUACGCUUUACUACUCACGUGUGUUCUUGCACUCCCUCUUUGUUUCUUCUUCUUAUGACACAAUGCCCACAUCCCGUUCUAAUUACUCGUAUUUUUCCUGCAAAAUCAGUUACCACUUUUAUAUUCUUCUUUAAUCCUAUUAAAACUGAUCUCACCACAUAUUAUUAUGUUUCUUCUUCUUUUUUUUCCUUUUCUUCUUCUUAUUAUUUGGAUUUAUUAUAACUGUCAUAGACACUAUUCUGUAACUGUCCAAUUUAUCUUCCCGAAUCAUUACUUCUAAGAUUUCUAAAUUUGCACUUUUUCAUCUACUCAUUACUUCAUUGAUUUUCGUUUAGGACUUAACCGUCGGUUUAUAUUUGAUUAACUAUACACUCACACGAGUCUUUGGUUUAUUUCUGCAACUUCCAUUUUUAUUUCAUUUCUUUUAUUUACCAACUACGUCUAUAUAUAUAAACGUCUAUAUCUAUAUAUACUGUAUAGAUAUAAUGAUAUCAUCACAACCGUUUUCUAUUAAUUUCUUUUUUAUCCUUCACAAAUUCGUUUUCUCGAACAGCUCUCCUGUGCGUUUCUUUCCAUAUUAUACAGUCUGUUAUUGUUUUACUAUUUCUGCACCUUUUACAAUUCCUCGGAUCUCUUUCACCGCUUAAUCCCCGAGAACUUGAACUUGUCGAUUCCGUAUUUCGUGGAUUGAUCUACGUACUCUUUCCGAGAAACACAUUAUAAAAAUAAUAAUAAUAAUAAUAUUCGUAUUAUGCUACAAAGUGUAAAUAUUAUGUCAUUAUUUUCCAUUUUCACUGUGAUGAUAUAACAUAUUGACGAUCAAUUGUUUUGUUUUUGGGUUCCGUGUGCCAUCCACAGGGUUCAGUGAUCCAUACUGCAUGCUCGGUAUCCAGCCGGGCACAGUGUCUCCUCAAGCCGCUGCCUGUCUUCCGCCGUCUCCGGCCAACAGCCCGUCACCGUACCAGCCACCACUGUCGCCAAGACCAGUGCACGCCAACGCUCGCACUCUGUCCGAGGGCGGCAUCGAGUUGCCACCGGAUGGCCGGCAUGAGCAUCAUGACAAGCUUCGCAAACAUCACAGGUAUGUGCGACAACGUCCCCUCGGGUUUGAUUGGGUUAACCAUCGAGGGGACCAUAUUAAUAAAUUCGAGUUCUAUAGAUUUCUAAAGAUUUCUACAUAAGUCUGUAAACAUAUUAUCGUUGUUUUUUUUUUUUUUUUUUUUUUUUCGUAUAGGACGUAGGUAUUAAAUAUUUUCUUUCAUGAAAAUAACAAUAUUAUUUGAACAACGUAAUUAAAAUGAGGUCUGGCUUCCUAAUAACAGGAUAAAAAGCGUUCCGUUUAAAGUGGUUCAUGAUACCGAGACACGGUGCACAAUUCCAUUUUGAACGAGACGUGCAUUAACCCUAGUAAAGGUUAAUUGCUUUUAGUCUGCAUACUAUAACUUGGAUCAUGACAAAAAGUUGUUUGAUACGCCCAUCUCUUUCAACAAAUAAUACGUCUUCAAUUCGCCUACAUCAUAGACCGUAGUUCUCCACUCCUCAUUGACUACAAUUUUCAUUUCCGUUAUUCCCAGUGCGGCACAAUUCAGCGGAUCAAAAGUGGAAAACUACGACAUGUAAACCGGGUUUAGAGAAGAUAAAUUACCUAACGAUAUCGCGACGCGCUGUAGUAGUGACACUCAUAGUACUCAUCCAUUUUUUUUUUUUUUAUAGUUUGGAUUAUUACCUAUUUUGGUCACCCGGUGAAUAUCCCCUUACCACUAAGUAUACCACUUUCAAUACCACUGGCUAUUAUUUAAUAACCGGUUUAUUGCCUAUUGUAUCCGUUAGAACUGAUUGUUAUUGUCAAUACUUCUGUAAUAUUACUAUUACGUAAUUAGGUUUAAAUUUGUUAGACGUAUAAUAUUAUAAUCAUAAAAAAAAAGUAAAUACUAUAAUAAUACGUGUAUUAAUGUAUAAAACAAACUUAUCUAUUUAUAAAUGUGUUUGUUAAUAUUUUAUGAAACAUAUAAUAAAACGUAUGAAAACGCGUACCAACGCGACCCGCGUAUGUAGUGAUCAGACGUGUAUGAUACACUCGCACAAAAUCUUUUGUAGGAAAAUAUACUGCGUUUAUUGUGUUUUUGAAUCGAUCGAUGGAUGAAUAAUGGUUUACAUUUUUAACGAUGAUAUAAAUAAAUAUUUUUACGUCUCGAAUUUCUCAACGCUGGCCGCGGUAAUUAUUUUAGUAGUAUACUCCCCGCAGAGAUCGGAGCACGUUUAGAUUUUAUUAGCCGCUAGGGGGGCAUAUCACUGCAGGCUACCAAAUUGAAAAUAAUUUAGUGGCUAAAUUAAAAAAAAAAAAAAAAAUUAAUUUAAUUUAUACCAUAUUUUUUUACCAGCGUACACAAAAAGAAUAUUUACAACGUUGUUUGCAAAUAACUUUGCAAUUUAGUGGUUAAAUUUAAUGCUGUUUUAUAUAGACACUGAUUUUUAUAGGUCCCAUACUAAAUAGUAAAUAAUUAUAAAUAAAUUACAGUUUUAUUUAUGAAUUUCUUAAAUAAGUAUUUCCCAUCAACGGCUACCGAAUAUUUAUCAUACACGUGCCGCGUAUCCAUACUAUUUGAACAAAUAAAUUUUACAGGUUUAAAAGUUCAUAUGAGUUAUUUACCAUUUUAAAGGUUUUUUUUUUUUUUUUUGAUUAAAUAUGCGGUUAAUAUAUGUUUAAAACAUUUUAAAAAUUGCGGAAUUUCAAAACACGUUUAAUAAAACUUCACUCAGAAUCGCUAUUCGUUUGCAUUUAUUUAUGGUUCCACACAGAUAAGAACUCAAUACAUCAUAUUUUUUUUUCUGGAUUUUUUAAGUUGUGUAUGAAUUAUAUUAUAAAGACAUACAUAUCCGGUUCGGUUUAUUUUCGCACAAUCGUACGAAGUCGUAAACUAUCAAUAUCUGUACCUAUAAUACGAUAUCGUUAUACAAUUUUGAAAAUUAAUGCAAAUUUCACACACAAAUACUGUCAAAAUAAAAGGUGUUUGUUUUGUGUCACAAAUAAGUCUGAUUAUAUACUUGCGUAUAUGGAACACAGGGGCGUCUCCAGACCUUCUCAUGGAGGGGGGCAAAAUAAUUAAAUUUAAUAUAAAUAAAUGAUAAGAAAAAAUGACGAACAAACUCUGUACGAUGGGAGGACAUUUGUUAAAGAUGAGAAUUUAGGAAGGUAGAUUUUUGAGGGAAAUUUAAUGUAUAUCUGUACCUAAGCAAAUGUAAGCAUUACCAACAAAAACGGUUCUAAGCGGAGCUCGGUUAAUAGUAUUGCUCAGAGGCGUAUUCGUAUCAAUUCAAUUGGGGGGGGGGUUGAACAAUUUUUACUCUUGAAUACCGCCGCUUUGGUCAACAAAAUUUUAAAACUUUUAUGUCUGAUGCCAUUUCAACUUAAAUUAGCUUAGAAGAGAGCAGAUAUAUUGUACAAAUGCAGUGAAACAGUAUAAUUUAAAAGUUAAAAUUAUCUUUUUUUCACAAUGUAAUAAUAAUAAUUAAAAUAAUCGUAACAUGAAUAACAAAAAUAAUAAGAAUAAUAAUUAACAAAAGUUAGAAACCAAGUCCAAAAUACUUUUAUUAUAGUAAUUUAUUAUUUAAAUAUAUAUAAAUUAUAUAAACUAUUUUGAAUCGUAUUUCCAUUUUUAUCGCCGUUUUCAAAUAGGGUAUAAAAAUGGUUUUCACCCCGCGUAGAUUUUCGGAAAAAUGUAGAAAAUUGUCUCACAAAACUUUUAUUCGUUUAUCUUUCACUGUAAACUAUUAUAAUUCUCCGUUGUUUUUCUUUUUAUUUAAUUUUAUUUAUUAGUUUUAUUUAUGUUCUCUAUGUUCCGGAAAUAGGCCAUUAAGGGAAAAGGUGGCGAGGGAAAUUUGAUUAAGGAAAAAUAAUGGGGAUCGAUUUUUAGAUGAUAAUAAUAAUAACAAUCAUCAACAUCGUAAAUACACGAUAGACACGGUUUUAGAGUUAUUGUUUAUUUACGAAAAACAGAUAAUAUAUUCUCUAAUAUUUAUGAAGAAGAUAAAAAUAGGAACUGAAAAUAGAAAAUUAAAAAUUUAUUUACGAAAACAUCUUCCGGUUUACAGAAUAAUUUGUGUCAUAAUGACAGUAAAUUGUACAAAUUAGAGAAAUAAUACAAAAUAUGUAUAAUGUAGCAUAGUAUAGGUACAGUAGAACGGCACGUAAUGUAUGUAUAGAGAAAAAAAAAAAUAAAAAAUAUUACAGUUAUAGCAUAUGGAAGGUGAAACAAAAGAUAUGAGAAUACAAAUCACAGUUUGUGAAUUUACCAAGAAGAAUUGAAGACACAAAUAUUAUUUUUUCGUUUUACUACAAUUACAGUAUGACAUACAUAGUAUAAUAUUAUAUCAUGGUAAAAAUGACACCAGUGAUUUAUAGGUAUGCAAUUAUAAUUAUAAUCUGUAAUUAAAAAGAAGAAAACAAAAUUCAAUAUUUUAUGUUGGUCGAAGUCACGUAAAAAAAUUACCAUGGAAAUUAAUUUAGAGUUAAGUUGAAAAAUCGACAUUGCUAGUGUAAUACUGAAUUGGUAAUGUCAUGUAGUGCACUUCAACUAGAAUAAAAAUUAUCACGCGAUUUUAUUCUGUUUAUUUAAAGUUAAUGUAUUCUAGUACUUUAGGGCAGGCGAUUAAGUUACUUAAUAAUUUGAAUAGGAAUUUUAGUACAGUUUUAUUAAAUACUGUUUUUAGGUUUGGUUUAUUGAAAAUCCAACACCUGUACAUUCGAAAUGUGGUAUUCUUUUGACACGGCAUUUGAAUGAAAAACACCCAAGGAAAUCAUUUUAAAAUUCUAAUAACUGUUGCGAUUGACAUGAAGAGUUCCAUAUUAGAAAACCGUAUUCCAACUGUGAACAAACCGAUGAGAAAUGUAAUAAUUUUAUUACAGGCACGCUUAAAUUAAGACUGUUUUUUAACUGGUAUCUAAACACCAGUUUAUUUCGUUUCUAAUUAAAAGGUUAUAGGUUUCAAAAAAAAAAAAAUAUAUAAAUAAGAUUAUUUGAUGUACAAUACGAAACGGCGUGGCGGAUAAUACGUUUUCCAACAGAUGUGUAAAAAUAAUAAUUAUGAGAUUAUACAAAUUCACGUUAGACAAUAUAGAUAAUCGAUUACUGAAAUGUUCUGAAAAUCUGAAGUGAUCCAUCGAUUCAGACCCGGUCGACAAAGCUAUGGACAACGAGUUUAUUGGUUGUAGGAGAAGAAACCGACAGAGAAUUCUAUAAUUUACAUUGAAUAAUUUAUUAUUAUUAUUUCAUUAGUUACUUAUGUUUUCGCUAUUUCGUUUUGUUUCAUUAGUUCGGUAGACAUACACAAUCUUCUAAAGUGGUGAACUCCCUGUCGUACCUAUUUGUUUGGGUCUUCGUUAAGGUGUACAGAGUGAUUGUGAUAUAACCGCACGAUGGUUUACUUCCCGCAUAUGUUUCGAACACCCACAUUAAUAAAGUAUAAUAUAUUAGGAACACGACUGUAGAACUAAACUUCAUUUUCAUUAUUUUCACGUUAAAUAAAACGAUGACAUUGCGUUGGUGGUUUGAAUUUUAAUCAGUUUCGAACGGAGAUCUAGACUUUGAACGAUUUCGACUCUCUUUUUUUUUUUUUUCUGUGGUUCUAAAAUGAUAGAUAUUUGCUGACACGACUUUCUGAUACAAUAAAAUAUCACUAGUUUUAUAUAUUAUUGUUUUCACGCAUAUUUUGACUUAAAUAACCAUAAUCUAUGGACCUUAAAUCAUUAUGAUUUAUUUAUGGUGCGUACAAAUAAAUAUGUUUGAUAAAGAAUUGGCUCGUUAGUCAAAUAUAUGCGUAUAAUGAAACCAAUGCUUUCUCCGCUUCGCUUAGAAUCUAAAAGCAUUAUAACUAAAGUUCAAUUAAUCCAUCAAUCUCGUCUGGUUUUCUUUAUCGUUUACACUAUGCAAAUUACUUUUUGUUUAUAAACUGCAAUCGAGUGAAGCCGAGUAAUUGGGUCAGUAAUAUAUUAUGAAAUUAAAUUGAAUUCUUCAAAAAUAUUAAGUUUUUAUGAUCAUGUUUAACCAUAUUACAAACAAAACAAAAAACUAAAUCGAUAAUAAUGAAACUUUAAUUUCGGGUAAACUUGUCUAUUCGUCCAUUUAUUAUAAAAAAAAAUUAUACUUAAAAAAUAAUAUUGAUCUCGUCUAUACGAAAAUUGGAUCCCAAAUACAACAAAAAAGAUUUCUCUUGCAUUUUUUUCGAUUGGAGCAAAAUAUCCGAUGGACAAGUUGUUGACGGGAAGAAAAAUAAAUGUUCUGAUACUGGAGAAGUUCUCCUGUUGUGGUUUUUAGGUAACACAUAAAACGUUAUUUUUUUAAUCAUUUCUCCGAAAACAAUUUUAAUCAAUGUUUGGCCACACGCGUCUAGAAAUUCCGUUAUAUUUUUAUGAUUCACAAAAAUUAAAAAUGAUCAAAUUGUUUCUUAAGAAUUGUUAAGAUGAUGAUAAAUUGCUAUUAUUAACCGUUAAUAAUUUGUUAACGACUACGAGAAGGGCUAUUAAAUUAAGACGGUUUUAAAUGUGAGUUGUACGGUUUCCCAAAUAAAUGAAUAGUCACGGAAAUCGAUUACGAUAAACCGGAUUAUUCAAAAACGUGGAACAUUACGGAUUAACAAUAAUUCGACCGUCGAUUGUUUUCGGUUCGGUUCGGCAAUUGACCGUGUAUUUCCGUCGGGCCCCGACGGGCCUUACCGAGCGUCCGGCAUUCGUGCCCAUACGGCAUUUUCGCACGGCGCGAAAACGGACAAGUAUUUUACGUGAUGUACCGUAAAUUCGCUUGUAAAACUGCAGUGCGCACCGCGUUUAGAAGACAUAUACGGCCGCACGUGCAUUCGAAAACGGUUAAACCGCAAUGAUCUCGCGGGACCGAUAACCAGAAUCGCAUGCGUGACGAGCGUUGCGUUCGCCGCGCACAAAGGCUGUCCGUAGUGUAAACGAAUACGCAUUCUAGUAUUUACGCUAUGCCUAUUUGAAAUUUGUAUCACCGUCGGGAUAACUCGUACGCCGCUGCGAAAUAUGAACGAACGCAAUCGAACGAAAUCUAUAACAUUCGUGCGGGUGUAUAUCACGAUCGCAUCAUGUAACCGACGGGGAGAUUCGAUUUAAUGUGCGUUCCCGUUUCCAUCUCCGCGUCUAUCGCAGUCAACCGUUCUUGUACUCCACUUGGCCGCGUAAACUCAAUUAACAAACAACCGUUUCCACCCCCACCCCCCUCUGUCCGUGUCACCGCAGUUCACCAACACGUACAAUACGAGAAAUAAGAUUUCCGUCCGACCGAAAAAAAAAAAUAAAAAUAAAACGCCCGCGCGACGCGAACUUUAGCGGCCGAAUUCCGGAAAUCCGGCGGAAAGGCGCGCGCGGGUCCGCCGAUCCGGUGAACCGAUCGUACACGCACAAACGCUUCCUGUUUUUUUUUUUUUUGUAAAAACCGUGCGUUUUCCGCGUCCGCGCGGUACGGAGAAAAUAACGCACCCGCGACGGGCACGUCGCGCGGAGUAUUCUCGGCGGGCGUAUUGAAAUUAUUGCCGAUUCCGACCGGAAACCGGUACGCGGACGACGUCCGUGUCUACGGCGUAACGAUUUCGGUCGGCCGCGGUCGCCGUCGACGGUUCGGCCGAGUAUUCGUUUAACGUCGGCGCGACGGCGAUUUACGACGCCCGGAUAAACGGCCCGAUAUAAUAACCGCGACGCCCCGAAAACGUCGCGCGAAUAUGAUCGAGACGGACCGUGUUUUAUUUACGGGCACACGUUUUCGCGUGUUGUCUAAUCGAUCAACAGUCCGACAACAUUACGUAUUAUACGUGAGUGGGCGACGAAUAACGAAUACGCUGCAAGGGCAUUACAGCGGCCAUACGUUUAAAAGUCGAGUGGUAUUAGGUACAUUUUUUUACACUCUGUGCAGAACGAAGAACGCGUUGUUUUUACAACGGUGUUAUUUUGUUUUCCGUGCACAGCUUUUCUACCGGACAUUUUUCUCGGAUUUUCAACCGUAGCACUUUUUCUAAAGGUAAAUUCGACCGAGGUGAUACGUUAAGGUAGUAGUUUUUUUUUUUUUUUGAUUUUCCCUGGAGAUUCUCCGACAAAUCGGAAAAACCAUUCAAACCAUCAAAAAUUUAAUAAAAACAGCAAAAUAGGUAUACUAUUAAACAAAUAUUAUUAAAGAAAAUGUUUAAUGCAUAUGUAAUUAUUUUACUAUAAUAUGACAUAUAUAUUGUUGACAAAGCAAAAUUAUUAAAUUCGAAUUCCGCUCAGAAUCGUUUUUCGUUAGCAAUGGUUAACAGUUAAGUACAGAUAUGCAUUAAAUUUCCCCUCCGCCUUCCCGACUUCUCAUCUAAAACAGUGGCCCCAAACACGUACAAUGUUUGUCCGUCUUUUUUUUGUUAGGCGAUUAAUAAACAUAACGUAUUUUGUGUAAAAUCUUUUAAAAUCGCGCUUUAUUAUUCUGUGAUGAUCGUUUUUGUCUUUUUUCUUUUUUUUAAUAGCAAGUAUUUCGUAUUUUAACAAAAAAUUGUUACAUUUAAAUUAUUCGGUGGAUUUAUAUCGAAUAAUUUAUAAAUGACACGAUAUAUCUAGACGUAAACACUCGUAUCAAUUGCGUGAGUUUUUUCCAAGUUAAUACGAAUAUUGUCUAUAAUUUGAGAAUAGAUAUUUUCGAUUUAUUAUUUCCUUAUAGACCCGCACACGUUUUCAAAAUAGUUGACAUUUGCGAUUCGCGUAAACCGCGUAAUAUGUUUGAUAUUAUUCAAAUGGCCUAAAAAAAAAAAAUAAACCGACUUGACGAAAACCCGUUAUCUAAAUCUAUCUUGAGAUAACAUUCUAUGUGCGCGUCACCUAAAGACUAAAAUUGUAGUUUUACUUGAGUUUUCACUACUCUUCGCGACCACGUCGAUAUCGAAAGUUUUACGAUCCGAUAAAAAAAAGAAAACUAAAUUAUACUAAAACGGGGAUUUAUUUAUUUUUCGUCAAAGCCAUGGCACCGACACCGUUGAACAUUCGUGAAUUUUCGCCGCGAUCGAUAUUUUAUAAAACUCGGUUUAUUACUCGUUUUAUAUUAUAAUUAUAGUUGUAUAGGACGAAGAAAAUAUUAGGAGCAAAUAAAAAAAGAGCUGAUACUGCUGAUGAGUGUAAAUAGGGUAGGUACAUUCAAUUUAAAAUGGAAGCAAUUUAUUUAUCUACCUUUUCUGCUUUUUUCUCUUUUCUUUUAGCUCCUUUUCGAUAGCAUGAGCUAAAAUAAUGACAUCCACACGAACUAUUUCCGUCGAUAUUUUUCAGACACUGAAACUAUAAACGCCAACGAGUAGCGAGUAAAAUAGCCGAGCUUUUAACUUUACUCGCAGAUGAUUUACAAUCUGCUAAUUGGCUAAGGAACACGAUAAUGAAUUUUUCAACUGGCAGCUUGUAAACUCAAUCAAUGUAAUCGAAGCUGUAGUUACCAUAUCCGUCCGACUUAUUCCAUGCAUUCUUCUAUAACGCCACAUCUGAAAAUCUUCUAGUCUUCUCUGUUCUUUGAAAAUCGUCCACGUUUCGCUUUCAUAGAGCAAUAUGUACUCCAUACGUAAAGGUUAUAAGUCAAAAGGUUUUUUCCUGGUGUGCAUGUUGAUAUUUCUUGAAGUUAAAAGUCAUUUUCACGUUUUUCUAACUAACUAGAUUAAAAAUCCAACAACAUAAGUAAUUUUUGAUUCAAGCGAGAUUUCCGAUAGAAUGAGAAAAAACCACACAGCAUAGUAAAACCAAUGCAUUCCAGGUUCCGCUCAGAAUCUAAUAUUUACAUAAUACCUACAUAAUAUUCUAUAGUAUCGGUAAAAGCGCAAAUUCAAAAAUAAAAAAUAAUACAUCAUAUGGAUUACCGGAAAAUGUUAUAUUUUCGUAUCCGGUGUGAUUUUUUUCACAAAAGGCGGGUACUGCAAUUUCGUGUUUUAUUCGUUAUAGAAAGUAAAAAAAUAAAAAAAAAAUACUUCUAUAAAACGCACACGGUUGCUUGUUAAUGAAUAAUACAACUUACCGUAUCGCACUAACUACACGCACUAUCAAUCAAAAUGAAAACAGUGUAGUUACAAUGAGACCUUUAAAAUAACUGUGGACGUACGCACGUUUUCGUACGUCUAUAAUGGAAAAUUCGUGUUACGUUAUUAAAAUUUAUGCUGCGCUUCGUACAUCACGGAAUAGAAAAAUCGUUUUUAGUUGAUAAUUUUCCGACCAAAGAACAAUGAUAUUAUUUAAUGAUAAUAUUGUUCUUCCAUUAAUUUUGUUAACCCUCGUCGAAUUUAUUUACCAUUUUCUAUUCUGUCUACGCAACCUAACCAUUAUUGCGAUUUUAAGCCAUAAUUGAUGCGUCGAAUGCAUUUUAGUUUUACCAUACGAUGUGUGAUUUUCGGUGUAUGCGCGCGUGCGCGUGUGUCGACUUGAGAACUACGAGGCUGGAAAAAAAGACCGAAUAAACGGUAAACGUGAUUAACGGUAUUGCUAAUGUCGCUGCAUAAUUAACGCUAAAAACGAAAUAUACACGGGGAAAAUUCACCAUUCAGAAAUGGUGCCGCGCGCACAUGUUCGAGCGAUAUUUCUGGUGGACAUUCCGUACACGGUAUAAAACGAAAAAAAAAAACCAUACACAUCUUAGUAAAAUCGAUACAUUUUUGGCUACGCCCUGAAUCUAAAAACACAGAUCAUAGAAAAAUCAAAAAAAAAAAAAAAAGGAACAUGCUUGACUACUGUAAUAGAAUAAAUGAUUACAACCGAUUAUUUCGUGUCUACUCGUUAUGGCUAUAAUAAUAACAGUUUAUUCGAAAUUCAAUAGAAUUGAUAUUAUACAAUUUUUAACUUUCCAGGGAUUUGCAUGUAAAUCAAACGACACUCGUCUCGCCACUGUUCGUUUGUCGAAUUGUUUGUUGAAAAAAUUUCGCCGAUGUAAUAACGAAAUAAUAUCAUUAUUCUAUUAUAUUAGAUAAUUAUUUUAGGUAUUAAAAGUUUUACGAUAAGUUUCGUCGGAUUACAACGCAUUCGAAAACUUGGUUUUUAAUUGUUUACCUCGUAAUUUUCUAUAUUGUAUGUAUAAUAAUAAUAUAUUUACACCGUUGUAUAAACUUCGAAACGUUCGAGUUUUGCACGUCCCGGUGUAGGUACGCUGCCGUUCGUUUUAUAACGGAGUUUUUGAAAAAAAAAAAAAAAACUAAUAAAAAGCUACUUAAUAAAAUAACGUUAAGUUUUAUUAUUAUCUAACAGUGUUUAUUAUAUAGGUGUAUCUUAUCUUUCUCGCUACGGAAUAUUAAAUAAUUUCUCACAACAGACGCGUAGACACGGCUCGGUGUCGGCGAUCGAGACUAACGAGACGUGCGAGACGCACGAGUCGAGUUUCAGACUUUAUACACCUGUCGGACCGCCUCGUUGCCUUCCGUAAGAUAGCUUCGAAGUUUUUAAACUUCCGGUGUCUAAAAAUAUACGCCCACGGACUUAUAGUUAGCGCAAGUAAUUACAUUAUAUGUUUAAUAUACAUCCGCUUCUCGCGUCAGCAACUUGCAUAAAACGCCGGAGUUCGUAUACCAUGGUUAUAAAUCAUUUCUGGGUAUCGUCUCUGUAUAUUAUUCUAUAAUAUCCAUUGGAAAUAAUAGUUAUACGUCAAUAUCGAUUCAAUGCUAGACAUUAACGCGGUUCGGAAAGUCAACUGUUACGUUAACAGUAGGGUUUAAAACAGAUAAUCGUAUUUAUCGUUGAAAAGUCAGGAGUGGUCACCGAAAUAAUUAGGCAAGUGUUAACUGAUAAACUUAUUUUUUAACUAACGCCCGUUUUCAAUUGUGAAAGAAUGUGUUUUUUUUUUUGUCUCCUGCGUAAAUUGAAAGACACUAAACAUAACAUUAUCGUUUUAUUUAAUUGUCAGGAUUUAUUAGUAUUUCCGUGACGUUUUCCUAGGUUGUCGACAUAGUAUGAUAAUGAAAAAGAGAGAUUUCUUAUAAAUAUAUUUAAUAAGAAAUCCGAAUAUUUUUGAGUAGAUCAAAUACAAUUUUUCCGAAAAUAUCGAAACGUUGGCUAUUUACAACUUCUUAAAUACGGAGAGUAUAAGCAUGUCCACUAAAUAAUUACAUUAUAAAUAUCUCAUUAGAAUUUAAAAAUAUUUAAAUACAAUUUCAAAUUCGAAUUUGAGAACCAAUAAUCCUAAAGUACUUUAAAAAAUUUAAAAAAAAUUUUUUUUAUUCAUUUCGCGUUUAAAUCUAUAUCCGAGGGAGAAUGAAAAAAAAAAAAUGUUAAAAAAGUUAAUUAUAAAAUAUAGAAAUAAUCGAUUUGCGUGUCAUUAUGUAGGUACACGUCAGUAACUUUAGUUAUUUUUAUUUUUUAGGGUACUGUAUAAUUACAUUUUUUUUUUUUUUUUUUAUACAUAUAAUAAGUGUCAUUUAUAAAAAUUGCAUCAGUGUAUAAUACACCGUCAUAAUAUAAUACAUAAUAAAAUAAUAUACUGUGAAGUGGUAAAAACUUUAUAAAAUAUAUUAUAAUAAUAUAUUGUUCGUACAUUUUCACCGUGGAAGUUAACGUGAAAUAUUAUCCGUGUAUUUUCUUGACGUGUGACCCGACGAGGAGGGGGAGGAGGAAAACAAAUGUUAUAACAUUAUAUUUUCACGAUAUCAAUUAUUAACGGUGUCGUAUUCCGUCGUAGGUUGGUACACGCGAAACGAGUUCGAUUUAGUCGUCUUGUUAAAACGAUAUUAUUAAAAUAUUAUAAUAAUACUAACGAUAUCCACGUACCUAAUUUGUGAAAACAGAACACAGAUACUCACGUAACAUUUUAAUAUUGUUUUAAUGUUAAUCUAAUAAUCUUCAAUAUGGAUCCAUUAUUUAAUUACCGUUGUUUCUAUAGCUACGUUAAAAUAACUUUAAACAUUGAAAUGUCAUUUUUUGAUAAUAACAAUUAAUCUUUACCAACGUAAUAAUGUAAUUUAUUUUAAAUACUUCAAAUUAUAAAAUAAUCGAAUUAUUAAUAAAAUUCAAAUUAUUUUCUAAACGUUUAAAAAUUAAUUAAAAUUUAAAGUUAAUUUAAUGUUUAACAUUGUUUUUUUUUAGAUUUUUGUCCUAAUAACCGUGCACGGUUUCGAGACUCCCGUUUUUCUUACAGAUUUUCACUGCCUUAAAAAUCGUAUAUCAAAGGAUACGGUACUACAGCCUACAUGUUUUGAAAUUUUCAUUUUGAAUUAUUAAAAACCAAAGCGAUAACGGGUUUUAUAUUUUGGAAUCAUGCUUUGAGAAAAAACAUAUUCUCAUAGAAACAGGUACCGUUAUUGUAAUACGGAAAAAUGUAAAAAGUAAUUUUUAAAUGAAGAACCAUAAAUUGUUCGUGAAAAUAACCAUCGCUCAAGCAGUGCAUUAUCUUAUGAAAACUAAUUUUCGCCAUUUUUCGCAACGUGGUUUUUUUAUUUUUUUAUAUAUAUAUCUUACACUUUGUUCUAAAAAUAAGAAAAUAAACUGUAACACGUAACACAGUUGCCACCCUGAUAUGAAGUGCCACAAUAUAACGGAUUGGUGCCUGCAUAUUGGGUCUCGAACACUGAUUAUGACGGUGUAACAGUUUAAUUAAGAUGAGGAUUUUACUGGGUGCGUUGAACGGAACCCGACGACGCGUCCGUUCGUUAUAUGAUAGAAUUCGUUUUCAAUUCACGAAGUUCAGGUUGUUUUUAGUGUUAUGCAAUUACUGACUAUGAGUUAAUGAGGAAAGCGCGAAUACAACCGGUGAUAACAAAAAUAGUCCUCCUCGUAAACCGUGUGCAUAGGUUAUACCGGCUGUUUUACUCGUAGUCCGGUAGUCUUUAACGUUCAGACGAAACACUCUGUAUACUGCAAUGCGAUUUUUUUCAGACUGAACGAAUGUGAUUUACGCGGUUAUAACGUAAUACCGCCGGGGGCACGUCUGCUAACGGCGCCCGUAUUAUUCAAAUGCAAAACAAUAAGACGUUUCCGUUAACAAGAUUAUUGUGCAUCCACGAGUAUGUACAGGUGUUUGCGGUAGCACAUUAUCCGCGUGUAUAUUGUCUCGUCGAACACAAUGAAAAAUGUCCAAUAAUAAUUUGUCCGUGUCUAUAAUGUGUAACGAACCACUAAGCGAACAAACGCCGGGCCCUUUUCGGUGCCUGUAUGCUAUACUCAGAGUGCUCGUUCAAAAUGUCAUGCGAACGAUACGAUAAUACAUGUUUACACUGUACACACGUGCAACACGCUCCUCUGUUGCGAAAAUUCGAUUUAGCCGCGCGCAGAGUUCCGGGCCAGCGGCAGCGAGCAUUAUUACUGGCCGGCAGGGCCUUUUUUUAAAACACAUAACUAUAAUACUGUCGUGCCUAUAGGCACAGCAAUAUACCGAAGAUCUCGGUUGAAAACGCGAGUUAACAAGUGCGUGAAAGCAUAGCCCGUGUAAAUGCAGUUGAAAUAAUUAUGCGCUUACGCGUACUAAAACGCGUAAAUUUACUAUGCACGUCCCCGCGUGUUAAAGUGUUAUUCACCCGAAUACGUAGUGAAAAUACGCGUGUAUACAGGAUCAUUCGCUAAGCGUGCUCAACCCAUUUUUUUUUUUUUUUUUGGUUAAAUUUUACAUGUAUUCAAAUUCAUUGAUUUUUUGAAUUUUUAAAUGUGGUUGAAGCCGAUAUUUUUGAAUACUUUGAUUUUUCACAACAUUUAAAGAGUGUCCUGUGUCGCGGGCGUCGUCUCACUUUCUGUUAGUGUAUAAUAAUAUUAUAUGGCAUAAGGUGCGGGCAUGCUGUGCAAUAGUACGCAGUAGCACAACGUGUGGGCGUAAAGCGCAAUAAUAGACAAUUUACACAUCAGGUCAAGUUAAGCAAGCGAUAGUCAUCCGGGACCAAACCUAAACUCACCGGACGGAAACGGAACGGGUAUUAAAUCUGCCUCAGCCGCGGCCGAAUCUCGGCUAUAACAAAUAGUCUUUGCAAUACUCUACCAGAGUCCGCGCCGCAAUGCGAACUGCCGUGGUAUGAAUUAUAUUGAUAAAAUAGAUAAAUCGUUUUGAUGAAUCUACGUAAUACAAAUACUUAGGCGCGCAUCCUCUAAAGACCCCGGAUGCAAGGGUCAACAAGUGGGUUAUCGCCAAAGUUUUCGGAGUAUGUACAUAUAUCUGGGGUGGGGGGGGGCAGGUUACAUAUUAUAUCGGCCGCCGAUAACGCCUUUUCAGACAAGUUUCGAUCUAUCAAAUUAGAGCACCUACGCGCCAGAUUAAUUUCUAUAAUUAAAUUAAAAAGUGUUUGAUUAUUUUUCAACUAACAAAUAUACUUGUAAAACUACUGUUUAUAAUAUUUCUGACUUCGGUCAUAAGCAUCUGAACCCGAGAGUGAAAAGACACUCGUAACACCUGUGGUAAUACAAACAUUGGUUUUUCAAAUAAAAAUCCAUAUUACGAAUUCCAUACUUAGAUCAAAUUUUUGAUUUCCAUCAACCUGUUAACGAGAUAUUUAACUUUUAAGCAUAGGUAAGGGGAGAGUAGUGGAGCACUGAUAAAACGCCACGCACCAAGCCACCACAUAAAUGAUACAACACUACUUUCCCCCUACCUAAACUUAAAAAUCAAAUAUCUCGUCAAUGGGUUGACGGAAAUCGAAAACGAUGACACCGUAAUUUAUUUAAAGUAACACUCCAUAUAGUUCUUGAAUUGUUAAUACCUAUGCAUUUUAAUUUGAAAAACCUCAGUUGGUAUGUUCCUAAAAUGUCGUAAAAAUUAAAGAAUUCGAAAAUAUCAGCUUUAACUACACUUGAAAAUUUCGAACAAAUUUAACCAUAUUGUGAGCACGCAUAGUGAAUCACCCUACAAAAUACUUUUACAAUAGUAGUUUGGUUUUUACGUUACGCGUGUAAACUUGUGUAUAUUACAUUUUUUACGUAUAAAUCGUAUUAUCUAUUUAACCCCCUCUCCAAAAAAAAAAAAAAAUUAAAUCACAAGACAAAUUAACAUAUUAACAAACGUACUACAGUAUAUUGUGAUUUUUAUAUAAAAUUGUGUUAUACCUAAUACCUAUUAUAUGCAUGUACCUAUGAAUGGUUGUUAAAGUUUAAAAUUGAUUAUUAUUACUCUGCGAAAAUGACUUGUUUUAAUUUGUGUGACAAAAAAAAAAACGAUAAAAUUCCCUCAUACGCUGAUAAUGGUAUUGUUGACGCGGUAUUAUGAUACGAUUACGUGCCGCAACGGGCAGUGUUGACGACGGCCCGACAAAUGUUUCGCGCGGGUACUUUGACUUGAUAUCCGUUAUCAAAUUAAUGGUAUACGUCACGGCAAUGCGACGGUUAUGAUGUUACACUCACGCAGACUAAGAUAAUGCGCACAGUGAACGGAACCGACGGUUUUUGUGGUCGAAUUUCGACAACGGAUUUCCGCGGUAAACCGAACACAGGUUCUAAUGCGCGACGUUCGGGUGAAGAAUAACCAUUGUUAAGAUCGGCGUAAGACGUACAGCGCCGACGCUCGAGCGUCCGCGGUGCUCGUGCGCGCUCCGAACGAAAUCGCAUUCGCCCAGUCGGUUCAAAUAAAACUCCGCUAAAACCGUCGCGGGUCAUGUAUGAAACCCACCGAGAUUGUUUCCGUGUCCAAACUCGAUACCGCCCGUUUGCCGUGUCGCAGCCGGUCCCCGUGUUAAAUUUAUUGUCUUGGCCCGCGGUCCCGCCUCGUACCCGGGUGCCUACACUCGCGGAAAGCGGAACCGCUGGCCGCGUGUAGCGCACACGAGCGUAGUCAGGUGUAAAACGCUAUUAUGUACACGAGGGUCUCCCCCCCCCCGCAGUGUUGUACACGGAUUAAUUUCGAAAUAUCUUAAUUCCGGUACAACACGACAAUUACCCAGAUUAAAAUAUGUAAAUAACGGUUUUGAUUAUCCAUUUUUUAAUGGGGGUUUUUUUUUUUUUUUUUUUUUUUUUAAUUUUUUUAAUUUUUCCAAUUAAAUCUGUAUUAAUAAUAUAUAAUUUAAAACUCAAAGAGACGAUGUUAAAGAAUAAUUUCUCUUUACCGUUAUUUUAUAAUGACUGAAACAAAAAAAAAAAAAAAUGUUAUUAAAUGUGUGCGUUUAUUGAAAAGGUGGGUACCCUGCAAUUUAUUCGGAUGGGUAAUUGAUGUUUACGCGUUCGUCAAAACAAUACGCCGAAAAAGUCAGCGGACAUUUAUUUAUUUUUUUUUUUUUUUUUGUCACCCCAAAAGAACAAUAAUUAUUUUAAUCACGAAUGAAAAUAACGUUAACGUAAAGAUAUUGUAUAGUGACGUAUUUAUAUUAUUUAUUAUUUUCGCCUUCUUCUUUUUUUUUUUUCUUUUUUGUCACCCCAAAAGAACAAUAAUUAUUUUAAUCACGAAUGAAAAUAACGUUAACGUAAAGAUUAAAACAGGUAGAUACGUGAAUUAAUCACAGAUUUCUCCGAGCUAGUGGUUUGUUUUUUUUUUAUUUUUACGGAAAGAAUAAAUAUUGUAAUUUAUAAAAUGUAUUCGUGUGGUACAAAAAAAAAAAAAGAAAAAUGUAUAUAAUUAUAUAUAUUUUCCAUAAUAAAAAAAUAUAAAUGAGUAAAAGAAAAAGCGAAAAAAUAAAAACUCAGUUUGUUUCACGUAUACACAAUAACAUUGUGCAUACGUAUUCUUAGGUCGUAGGGUUUCAAAAAUAUUGUUUUUUUUUUUUUCAUUUUUUAAUCUUUUGAUAUUUUACUUAACCGAUUUUCGACAUGAAUAAUACGAAGAAAAAAAAAUAUAUAAAUAUGAAUUUAAUUUAUUUUCAUCAAAGCACAAAAACUAUAGCAGAGAUGAAUUGUAGUAUUAUAUUAUUAUAAUUAUAUAUAGUACGCCGGUCUUUUAUGUGCAGAACCCGAAAUUGUUUUUUUCCAUUCGAUUAUAAUAUUUUCUAAGACGACGUUAAAUUUUAAUUUAAUUUUUUUUUUCUUCCUAGCGUACAUGACACUGUGCGGAGACGCGAGAUAUGGAUGAGAGCUCAUCACUCGUCUCGGUUUUGUUCGACAAGCAGGGCGUGAUGUUUAAUUUAUUAUUGUUUAAAACUCGAAAACGGUGAUAAAUCGUGAUGGCGUUUAGAAAACGACUGCGUAUAUGUACAAUACGUAUACAGUCGCUAUCUAUAAGUGGUGCUCGAUUCGCUAAAAUAUAUUUGAUCGUUUUUUUUUUUUUAAAUUUAAAACGAUUCAGAUAUUUAUCUGCAGACACAUUAACGUCACAUUAGGGGUACUUUAUAAUUUAUUAUUUUAUAUAGGUAUCUCUCGGGUUAUAUAUAUAUUUUUUUUUAUUGCUGCGCAGAUGAUUAAAAAAAAAAAAAGCGCUGCAAACAUAGGCAUAGUUAAGAAGUAGGGCUUAUUCCCUGAUACGGAUCAUGGCGCCCCUUUUUAGAUUCUCAGACACAUUAAAAAGGUAUAAGUAUUGAGUGAGUGAGUUUUUUUAAAUGUAUGACGAUAGUGUUUAAAAUUGAACUUUAAUAAUAUGUUUCGGGUACCUUACGUCAAAUACACGACAAAUAUGCCAAAUAUACGGUAACAAAAAGCUGCCAAAUUGCUCUUGUUCGAUCCGUGUUUCGUAAUAAUUUUAUGUUAAUCAGAUUGAUUUUUUUUUUUCAGUUUUCGUUUGAGUUUCAAGAGGAAAGAUAGAGGCGGCGGAUCGGGUAGCAGCAGUUACGGGGGCCGGGAACACAGGGACAGUAUUUCGGCUGUUCCUGCUCGUUUCAUCCAAGCAACCAGCGUGCACAGAGAGACACUCAAUCCAAAAUGGGGUGAAAAUUUCAUGUUGUGAGUACACGAAUUAGUUAUUAAAAUUAAGGAAAAAGAUUUACUGAGAAAAAAAAAUGUUGAUCCUUAGUUAAAUAAACUUUGAUUACCUAAUAAUUUUACAAUACUGUUGUUUUUUUUUUUUUUUGACAUAGUGAUAUUGAUGACGUAUCAAGUGAUAUCUUACACUUGGAUAUUUGGUAUGGAACAUAUUUAUUUUAUACGAAUUGUUAUAAUUGUUAUUUUUUAUGCAAUUAUUGUUGUUAUUCUAUUUUUAUUUGUACGCGCAGGGAUCAUGACGACGAGUCUUCGGUGUUGGACGCCGUCAGUAAACUUAACGAAGUGAGAGGCGUCAAGGGUCUGGGAAGAUUUUUUAAACAGAUCGCCCAGAGCGCCCGAUCUGGUAGCCAAGACGAUUUUUUGGGAUGCAUAAACAUACCUAUUCAAGUAUAUUAUAACGCAAUUGAAAACACUAUAAUAGGAACCAUAUUGUCGAUAAAAUAUACAAAUAAUUCCGUUACGUUUUACAAAGGACGUGCCCUCUACUGGCUUGGACAAGUGGUUUCAAUUGGAAGCCAGGUCGCAGAGAUCCAACAUCCAAGGAAGUAUACGGCUGAAGCUUUGGCUGUCCACUCGCGAUGAUCACGGCCAAGCGUUGUCACAAAAUCAGUUCGACAACUGGACCGACGUACGCCGUCACGAAAGAUUGCUAACCAUAUUCAAUAAUUAUGAAAUGUCGCAAAAGAAAAAUGUGAGUAACAGAAUAAGUUUUUAGAAGCAAAUCGAUUUUUACAGUAAACGAAAGUUAGAUUUUCUGUUCCCUAAAUUUCUCCGUCGGUUUCCUCGAACGCAUUAUGUUUUUCAGCUAGUGAUAGAUAAUAUAAUAAAUCGUUUCUUAGAUUCUGGGUGUAGUAAGGAAUGUAUUAGUUUGGUUAUGAAACUUGCUUUCUUCGGCAAAAGAUUUAAAUAAUUCAUACCAACAUCAGGUUUCUUUUAGGUGGCAAAUUUGAUCAAGAUGGUGCAUUGAGGUGGGCAUUUUUUUUAUGCCAAAAUAAUAAACGUCAGAACGGUUUUGGUUAAAGUCAAUUUUGUAAAUACUUUAUUGUAAUCUAUUUAAACUAUUGACAUUUUUAAUUAUUUUCUUUUCUUAGAUUUAUGUGAACAUAAUUUAUUAAAUACUUGAUAAAUGCUCGAAAAUUCGUUUUAAGGUUUCUCAAAAAAAACAUAAGUAAUAUGUUUUUAUUAAAUUUUUUUAUGUACCUAUAUUACAGUGUCUAUGGAGUGGUGAAUUGUGUCACGAAGCUACCAGUAUACUCCAUCAGCACGCCGUCCAGGGUGCAGUGUCUGAACUUCAAUUGGCUGUGAUACGGUGGCUUUCGUACAGUCACAUGACCAACAUAGACCCACAGUUCCUUUUAAAACAACUCUCACAGUUGGAAGCCGCCUGGGGCCAAUCGUUAACCGGCGAAGAGGUCAGUUGUUGUAUUGUAUUAUCAAUUAUAUAAAACAUUAUCCUGCCACAUUUUGGCAUCGCAGUCACGAAUAUUUUUUAUGGGUUCGUGCAAAAACAAACAACUCAAUUUUUUUUAAAAACAUUUCGAGAAAUAAAAAACCUUUUAAAAAUAUUAGAUUUAUAAUAAAACCACAUAAGAGAACCAUGAAAAAAAAAAAAGAUUCAAUUUUACUCGAAUUAAUUUUUACCUCGCGUUUCUCCGAGACGCAAGAGUUAUUUGUAACUAAAAAUCUUUAGGGAUAUAUCAAUUUUUUGACCAAAAUUGUUUAUAUCCGGAGCUAUCUGGUGCUUAACAAGGUAGUGCAGCUCCAAAUUAAUUAGCUAAUGGUUGUAAAAAUUAUUUUAAAUACGGGCGAUCGGGACUGUCUCGUUUGAACAAAUAUAUGGUAUUUACUUACGUCAUAUUUGUUAUUUUCAAUCAUAACCACCAACACCCAACUUAUGAUAAACGAUUGAGUUGUUUCGUUCACGCGGUUGUUCCGUUUCAUUACCAACGGUCAACGGUGUAAUUGUUUAUAGGAGGACUGGUUGGCUGACUCGUUCAACGUUUUCCUUGAUUAUUCCCUACAACUGAUCCGGAAAUACCGCAAGCUCUUUCCGCCGUAUCAUCACGAAUCGAUGAAUCGACUGGAGUAUAUUCUCAGGUAAACGAAUUGAAAUCCACCUCGUCAUUUGACGAAAAUAUGUGUAUACCCAUAUCGGACACGUUGAACAGGUGUUUGAGCCGGCUGUCGUUGUCGAAAGCUUACGGGAAAUGUUGCCCGUUCAAUAAGGACAUUCGUGGGGAAAUCGGCAACGCGCUCAGAGUGGGUACGCACGAGUGGUACGAGGAGAACCGGAAGUGCAUAGCAACCGGACAACACGAUCCGGAAACUAGACUCAAGGGGUUCGUGAAGCUGGUAACCGCCGUGUUGAUUGAUUUACAAAAAGGCAUCGAACACUACAACGUGUUAUUCGAAAAGUACCGCGAUUUUUCUACUGUCUUUAUUCGAUUUGAAAUAAUUUUUAACUUUUACUUUUGUUUUGUUCCCGCCAGCAUAAACGGUGUGUUUUAUUACGCGGCGAUCUACAAACAACACGAGAAAUUAGUAAGUACACCGUAUAUAAGCAUCCAGUAAACAGUAAAACACUACACUGUAUAAACGGUCCGAUAUUAUAUGAUAUUUUGUUUUUCUAUUAAAUCGACCGUCACAUACAAUUUUUGUAAUGAUUAUUUAUUAUUCGGUUAGCAGCAACAUUAUGACACUAUUAAUGUAUUUUCUCAGUUGGCAAAGGGAUUUUCAAAUCAUUUGGAGAUAAUCAUAGAGGUACAGAGUAUAUUCGAGUAUAAACGGCACGAUCCCGUAAACGGAUGUUAUAUUAUAAUAUUUAGAGUGCCUUAUAAUUCGCCAGUAGUAUUCGCAGAGUGGCUAUGAUAAUAUUAUAAUUAUUGUUAAUAUUAACGGAUCGGCGCCACUACCAAACACGCAAUAUUGUGUUUUGCUACACUAGGGUCGAAGAACGUAUAAUUUGAAUAGUUUCAAUCAUUAUUACUCGUAUAACAUAAUAUUAUUACCGGCAGUGGCGCCGAAAUCAUAAAAACGUUGUGUGGUUCGAAAUAUUUUUCACCGACUUAGUUUAGUCAUCCGCCCGAGAUAGCCAAGGGUCUAGACCCCGAAAUUGUUUUGAUUAGUAAAAAACCGGUAGAAAAUUGAACGAUAAAAAAAUAAGUUAUAAGAGUGGUUGUCAAAAAAAAAAAUUUGACUCCUCCCCCCCCUCCAGAUAUGCAAUAUCAGUUACCGCCUUGCAUCUAAUAGCGCUAACAUACCUCAUUUCCCUAAAAUAUGAGUUAUGAUUGGUGUUCAAACGUAAUUAUAAAAAUUAAUGUUAUAAUAUUACAAUUACAAUUAUUAUUCGAAUAUAUCACGCACGAUGUUCUAUUUACAACUAAGCCCAAAAGCAAACAAAACAACACUAGAAUUUUCUUUUUUUGAUAAAAUAUAUUAAAAAUUGACGAAAUAUAUAUAAAUUCUAUUGUAAUAUCAUACUCUAAAAAUAGUUUUUUUACAGAACUGGGAUUUCAAGACGGUUUGCAUUGGUUUUUUUAAGUUCGUUGUGUAAUACUCGAUUUUUUUUUUUUUUUACUGAUUCUUCUUUUCGUGUAGGUAUUUUUGAAUUUUUUGGAAUAAAGGCCUUUUUAGAAUAUUUUCGGUGUAUUUAAUGGGGCAUAUUACAUUCCCAGGCAUAUUUAUCAAUUAUUAGAAUCAUAUAAAAUGUAUAGUAAAAAAAUCACUUCGUGUGUUAGGCUCUUUUAAACGUCAUUCGUUUGAUUUUAAAGAUUUGAAUUCAUUUAAUUUGUUUUAUUGCGCUUUAGUUAAAUCGAUCCUAGAGUAUAGAUCUCCUAAUUGGAGUCUCUAUACUAUUUCCAAAAUUGAAAUUGUCGAAAAGGUUCAGAACCGAUUUCUAAUGUUCGCAGCAUAUGAAUUCAACUUAAUUAUUAACCAGUAUGAUUAUGCGUCAAUAAGAUCCCUUCUAAACCUCCCCUCUCUAUUCCACAGACGGGAUUUAGCUGAUAUUUUUUAUAUAAACUAAUCAAUAAUCAUAUCGAUAUCCCUUACCUAUUAUAACACAUUCCAUAAAAAAUUCCAGCCUAUAAUAAUCGAAGCACUCCCACGAUCUACUUACCGUCGCACAGCAGAAAUUAUUUAAAGAACUCUCCAAUUGUUAGAGCCAUGGCUUUGUGCAAUAAACUUGCACCUAAUGUUGAUUAUUUUUUUACUCCGUUAGUCUCAAUUCUUAAAAUAUACUUAACUAACCGUAUGUGAUAUUAUACUUUUACAAUCGUUUUAGUUUAUAUUCUACCCUAAACUUAUCAAGAUUUUAUGAUACUGUUUCUAUUUCCGUAUACAUGUAUUAUAAUAACUUAUCUAUUUACUUGUACUAUUGGAUAAUUUGCCCGUUUUAUUCGUUUGAAUAAACAAUCAUUGUAAUUAUUAUUAUUACACGGAUUAGAUAAAAUUAAUACAUUAUUCUGUACUUUAAAGUGCUUAAAACCGAUGUUCUUUACUAUUAUGUACAUGACAAUGAGAUACACGUCAUACGCAAUCAACAAUUAUCAAUUAACUUUAAGCCCACCCAUCUUCACUAUUAUAAUAUGAACUAAAGCGAUCGGUUUCGCGCCACUGUAAAUUAUGUUUGUUAUACAAGGGUUUUAACGCUUAUCAUUCGAUGAACAAUUUUUUUUUUUUUUUUUCUAUACCGCUCAAUAUGAUAGAGGAUUUUUAUUUUUUCUUUGUUUUUUUUUCUUUGUUUUUAGCUGAUUUAGUUGGUUUUAAAAAUAUAAUAUACAACAUAUUAUAGUUGUUUGUGAAUUGAUAUUAUUGAUAUAUAUCUGUGGUUCGGUGCAAAAAGUACCAAUGACAAAACAGAAAAAACUUUUUAAAAAUAAAAUAGAAAAUUGAAAAUUGUUGAAAAAAAAAUUGUUUUUUUUUUAAAAUAUCUAACGUUAAGUCCAUAUUUAUUGUUUUAUAGUUUUUUCUUUUUUUAACAUUGGCUCUUGUUGCGCCAAUCCACAAAUAUAUUAGACAAUAUAAUAUAGUUUCAUAUUUUAGUUGAGAAUGUAUAUCUACAUAUUAUAUUAAUUUUGUAUUUUGUGUUUUGUUUCGUUUGGUUUGUUUUUUUUUUUUUUUAAAUUAUUUAUUAAUUCAAUAUUUUUUUUUUUUAAUCAGAUUACUUUAUAAAAUGAUUUCAGUUGUCCAACGAUUUGAGCCAGGAAAUAGCUCCGAUCUGCAAAAAAGUGAAAGGAGCCGAUUUCGGCAUGGACACUCUGCUGUCGCCGACCAAUUCCGAAACCGGAGAGUCACUGUUUGAACUGUACCUGUCCGUUCAGGAAUUCAUCAGGUUUGUUUUCGUAUUUGUAUAACAACAUUAUUUAUAAGGUUACACUAUUAAUUACAUCACUUCAAUGUAGGUAUCGCGAACACCUCAACGCGUCCGAUUACAAAGGCUUGCCGGCCCAGUGUUAUUAUCAUUGGUUCGAACCGGCUUUGGAAAAAUGGAUGGAUCUGGCCAAAUUAAAAAUAGUUCAUCGCGUGCAAAAAUCAUUGGAAAUGAGUACGGUAUGUCAGAGCGAUGCGAUCGUUAAACACUCGACAUCCAGCAAUGACAUGGUCACGGCACUGUGUCACGUAAGUAUAAAAUAAAAAUACCCGACAACUUAAAUAAGUAUUAUUGUGUUUGAUCAUAUCUUGUUCACGCAGAUGAAAGAAUUUUGGAAACAUCUCGCCUGGCCGGAUUUAAUACAGUCGUACAAUUUCGUGUUGAAGUUACUAGAUGUAAUACAUAAUAAUCCGUUUCGUUUUAUACCGCGACAAAUUAAUGAAACUGUUUUCGUUUUUGUUGCAGGCUAUGUGCGAAGCUGUUAUUUUUUACGCUCAGUUGGUUCAUCAGAGGCUAAAAGAUUCCGGUUUUUACGAAGAUUCGUCGGCAUUUAAAACGUCCGAUGAGGUAAAAAUAUCUGGUCGCCGUCGACACGAAAACACACCUUAUGUAAUAGUGUCAAAUUUACGAUUUUUAGUUUUCGGUAAUCCUAGAAUUAGAAAACAAAUGUUAACAAUAUGUUGAAAUCUUCUUUGUGCUUUGUACUGAUUGUAGGAUGACCGGGAAAACAAAAACCUCUUAUGUGUUAUCUGCAUCAAGUUGAAAUUUAUAUUAACUAAUACUCCUUCUAUUUAUGGACUUUUUAGUAUAGGUUUCCUUUUAAAAAUCAAACGUAGGUAUUAUAAUGGGUUUACCACCAAAAAUAAAGGCGAAAAAAAUAGCAUUAACUGUAGCGUAAAAUUAUAGAGCAUCUUGAUUCUUAAAUGUUCUGGAAAACAAAAUCCGAAAAAAGUUAAUACUUCCCGAGAUAAUGAGUGGUACACUUAAAUGGAUCAUCUGGUAUAUAAUCACUGCCUCUGUUGAAUAUUUCUUGUACGUUCGGUGAAAAUAUAAUAUUGAGACGCAUCGCAACCGGGUUUUUUUUUACAAAAUACAACGUUCAUUAUUUCAAAAAAUGACAAGUUGUUCCGAAUGAUCGUUAACAAUUCAUUUGUUUUUUUUUUUUUUUACAUUGUUUCGUGUCUCCAUAAACAUCGGGCUGCUUUAGCAUAGUUUUUUUCGUGUCAACGACGAUUGAAGUCCCGAUUUGAUAACCUAAGACUAACAAAAUAUCUACCGAACGUUUUUACAGGUGUGUGUGGUUCUCAACGAUUUGGAAUAUGUGUGGCGGACCGUCGCUUCGAUGCCGGACGACUUGCAUUUGGAAACGGUCGUGUCCGCGGUCGAGGCCACCGGUGAGGCGACCGCGGAACAAUGUCGGGCUGACGUAAACUCGUUACUGGAUCCCGUGUUCAACCAGUACGAAACGUACUCGAUGCUCAUCGUCAGUCGAAUCGCGAUCAGGGUGAAUAUAAAAUUAAUAAUAAUGUUCGCUUGGUUUAUGCGCUCGAACGUUUUUACACGAGUGCACACCGACAAAUUUGUACAAUACGUUUUAAUCUCUUCCGAAAUCCAGUUGACAAAUUAAAUCUUACUCCGCGUAUAUUUCAAAGCAGUUCUGCAUAAAAUAUUAAUUACGAUAAUGGCUUCCGUAUCAACAUGUCUGUCCUUUACGUGCUCUUUUUGAUUCACGGUAUCUGCGUAAUAAUAUUCUACAUCCGUGUAAGAGGAGCAUUAGUUUUGCUUCCCGAAAACAAAUUCCAUCGUAGAGGGCGGUGAGAGAAAUAAAAAUAAAAUGUAUAGCGUUGUCGAAAAGUGUCAAUAACAGUUUAAUACACAUGGCCCGGACUUAUUUCGUUUUAAUCGUGUAAUAACAGAUGCAAGCGCCGCUGAAAAAAUGCAUCUUUCACUUGGCGUGGUCCCCGGACACGCUACCCACGACAGACGCCAUCGUUCCGCUCCAGGAAUACUUGGACAGCCAUCUCAUCUCGCUGAACGUUAACCUGAUACCGAAAAACUUCCACAAAGUGUUGAACGGCGUUUGGGAAGUUACGAUUUACGAGCUGGGUCAUCAAAUGGAUGGGGGCAGCGGAGACACGAAAAUGUCCGGUUUUUACGAACGGCUCUACGAAGCACUGGAACUGCUGGUGGAAUUCUUUCACGCCGAAGGCAACGGUCUUCCAUCGGAAAUUCUGACCGGAGGCGAGUAUAUCUGUACAGUUUGAAAUUCUGGAAAAAAUUGUUUUUUAAAAGAAUUUUUUUCAGAACUAUCUAAACCCAACCCCUCUGAAAAAUCGUUAGAAGUUAUAGAAAUACAAGGAAUUAUAUACAAUUUUACCUAACCAAACAUACAUGCCAUACGUAAAGGGAGAUAAAUGAUGUAUCUUGUCAAUAGUUUUUGUUCAUUUUAAAAGCGUUUUUCCCGUACAUAUUUUUUUCGAUUUUCUUUUUUUAAUUCUCUAAUUUUUUCAAAGUUCUAGGAAAAUAUCCGUUUUUUUCUACAACGACACGAUAUAAUAUAAUAUUCAAUUAUGUAAUACCGUCAUUAAAUUUAAACAAUUUAGUGUCUCAUUUAUUCAAUAGUAAUGAAUUUACUAUAACUGUUCUUGCGCUUUAUCACGAUGUCGCUAUAACGUCGCUUCGUUUCGUCACAGACGUUUACAGGGCCGUGAAGCAGAGACUAAAGUUACACAAAACCGAUACGGACACGUUGAUCGAGCUUUACUACGAGGACCGGCUGAUGGAACAGCAGCGGGUCAAAGAGGCCAACUACGGCGUGCUGUCCGUCCGGGCGUAUUACCAUCACGAUUCGUUGUGCGUGGAGGUGUUGAAAGCCCGUGACGUCAUACCUCUGGACCCAAACGGUAAGAGUCCGGAGUCACCUCACCUUAAAUGGUUUUCCAGAGUAUGAUACGAUUGAAACGCUGGAUUAAUUUUUUAUUUUAUUUGUUUGUUACAUUCCCAUAUUUAAUGAUUUUUAUCGGACGAUUGAGAAUGAUAAUUUUUCUAGUGUUCCAUACAAUUUUACAUAAUCAUAUUGCAUUAUUAGACAUUCGUUAAUACAAAUCAAAACAAUAUUUAUCACACACCGUGACAUGGAAUGGACAAGGGAAAUCCAAUUGUCGGAUUUUGUUAUAGAGAAUAAGUAAGAUGAAUUCUAUAUUAUUCAACUGAUAUAAUUGAUGAACGACAAAAUGGAAUAAUGAUAAAAAAAUAAUAGUAUAAAUAGAUAAAUCAUGAUUAGAGUUAGGGUUUUGUAGCUCUAAAAAAACUAUAAAAUAUUACGAAAAAUCAAAAAAAAAAACAUUAAAUUAUUUUCAAAAACCAGCAAAAAUUAAUUUUAAACGUGUUAGUGUUUUUUUUUAUUCUAAUUAUUUAAUAUAUGACUAUUAUACCUCUAACAGUGUACAGUUAGUUUAAUAUUAUAGAUUGUACUUACGUACAAAUAUAUAUAUAUUUAAAAAAAUACUUUUGGAAAAAAAAAUUUACAAAAUAUUUGAUGGUGACAAUCAAUUGACAGCUUGUGGACAGCUAUAUUAAUUUAGAAAAUAAUGAAAAAAAAACUUUAAUAACAACCCAAAAAUUCAAAAAAAUUAUUUGAAAUAAAUUUAAAAAAAAAAAAAUAUAAUAACUUACGUUCUAUUUUAAGUAUAAAUCGAAUUUACCGCCAACAUAGGUUUGUUUAAGAUCAAUAGAAAAAAAAAAAAAAAAAAAUCAAACACCUAUAAUAACUUUACAUACAAUACUCACGAUCACGAGAGGAAAAUGACGCAAAACACUCGCGCACAUGGCAUAAACAAAUUUAUUACCAUUUCAGAUCAUAAAAAUACUCACGUGGAUGUACGCUAUUCCUUAGACUUCAAUAAAUAAUUAAAAAUAUAUGUAGUCUAUUUAUCGUGACAUAGAAAUCGUAAUGUACACUUCUGUGUAUGAUCGCUCGGUAACGUAUCAUAGAGAGGAAGCUAUCGUUUUUACGCAUUAGGGUGUAAUUAUAAGUUAAUUAUUUAACAACGUACAUUAUUAUAAUUGUUCGUUUUAAAAAAAAAAUAAAUAAAAAAUUGUGAAUUAAACUGAAAGAAGGAUUGACUUAUUCUGACAGCAUCUAAGCCAACAACAAUCGUUUGAUCAAAAAACUACAACGUAAUGGAUCUUUCGAUGGUCAACAAUUGCAUGUUAAUUAGUUCUCGAUCGUAUUAGUUUUUUUGGGAUACCGAUGAGUUCUUCGUAAGUUUCCAUUGUUUUAAUCCGGUAAUAUUUUUCCUUACCUACGUUUCGGCGGGACCGGACCGGACCACACACAGACCGGGCUCAUUUCUUUUGCGAUGCGCUUUAUGUGACCGAAAAGCAUUUUUAAACUUUCGUGUUUUAUCACAGGUUUUAGUGACCCUUUCGUCAUCGUCGAGCUUUUGCCCAGAUCCAUGUUCCCGUACACUGCGGAACAGUACACUGAUGUAAAAAAGAAAACGCUUAAUCCGUUGUUCGACGAAUGUUUCGAAUUGUGAGUGAACACAAAAAUACGCGAAAAUCGUCGCUGAGUAACGAGUUUUUGACUUUGGGGUUUUUUUUUAAUUUUUUUUUUCUGUACAUUUAGCGCCGUAUCAAUGGACCAGUGUCGUUACGAGUCCGCCAUGAUCCUGUUUACCGUUAUGGACCACGACGUGAUAACGUCCAACGAUUUCGCUGGCGAAGCGUUCCUCUCGCUCAACUCCAUACCAGGUGUGCUGGAACCGUUACCGCACGACAUCAACGCCAUCGACAGAGUCGAUCUGAUACUGAUGCACCAACAGAAUAAAGGUAAACGUAAGAAAAAAUAAAAGUGUCCCGCGGGAAUAAAAUUAAAAAAAAAAAAAAUAAAAAUAUUCUUCGACCUCGAUGUUAUUCGCCAUAGUUCGUGAAGAGAUAAUAUUAUGCGUUUUGCUACGUGUGUACAAUUUUGCUUCACUAGUUUGCAAUCGCGAUUGACCGUGAAUACUACAAUAAUUACGGUUCGGUAUAACUGGGCCAACUCGGACAUAGAUGACCAAAUCGUUGUUCAUUCGGCUAUAACUUGUUUAGUACCGAUUAGAUUUUGUGUCCGACCAAGUGCCUAUAUAUAACCAUCUAAAUGUUUAUAGACUCGUAGUUUGGGCUAGUAAACUAAUAACGAUUAUUUGUGCAAUGCAAAUAUUCUGAAUCACCCCUAGUAAAAUAAAAAUAGAGUACACUGUAGUGCUGCACAAAUUAGGUAAUAACCAAUAAUUAAUGUUGAAAAAUUACUUCACUUUUAACCCUUGUCACGUGAAAAAAGUCUGGUGAAAAUGCAUAAAGUUUGUUUCUACAGAAAAUGGAAAAAUAUUUUUAGUAUAAUUUUUCAAUUUUUCGGGUUUUGAGCGGUUUUCACGAAAACAAAAUUAAUUAUACGGCGAAUGGAUACGGGCCAACCUUUUUAAAUAAUUAUCACACGAUAUACAAAUUCAAUUAAUUUAAUUUUUACCAAAAUAUAAACAAACAUGCGACGGCCGUGCGAAACUUUUUAACGCUAAUUGUGUUGUUUGAGCGAAAAAAUAACGUAUGUAUUAACCUAACUGCUGUAUUAAUAUUUAAACGCCAAAACAAAAGUUAUAUGGCUUGACGUGGUCAAAAAAAAAUGUUUGACGGUCCGCGGUAAUCUGCACUCUGCACAAUGUCCGAGUAUAAGGAUAAAAAUAAUAUUUCAUUUGUACGCACGCAUCAACGUAUAAAAGGGUCGAAAAAAAAAAUUCGACGGCACGCGGCAGCCUGUCGUCGUCGGGAAAAAAAAUAAUUUAUCAUGCACAAUCACUCGCAACGUCUUUUAUGUCGUUUUUUUUUUUUUUUUUUUUUUUUUUUAAAGCGUUCGAAUUCAAUGCCUAUUGGUACGUUGUAUGUAUUCAUGUACGAUUAUUUUACACACGCUCGUGCUGAAUAUUCUCCAGGGUUAUUGCUGAAAAAUAAUUUUUUUUUUCUCCCGUACUUUAUAUCCACUGAAAUACGCGACGACAUCAGCUGCAGUCUAAAUCUACGCAAUACGUGAGAAAAUCGACGAAAAUCACUUUUACGAUGAUAAUAAUUUAUAAUCUUCGAAACGAGGCGACAAACGCGUAUAGGUAUAUACGUGAACACCGUAUUUAAUUCACUGGAAUCGCAAGUGCGUACACUACCGCAGAAAAAUAAUAAUAUUUCAUAUUAUAAAUGUGAUAUAAUAUAUUAUGUUUACAAUGAUCCAUUUAUCACGAACCAGCGGUUUACCCGGUUGAUUUUACGGGGGUUGAAAGUGACGGGAGAAUGUAGUACGAGAAACGAGCACAUACGAGGUAGCAUAGACGUGGCUUCGACAGUAGGCAAAACGAAAGAAACCAAUAGACUGAUGCGGUUUGGGCGUGUGUCAUGAGGACAGAGCAAUCGGGUACAGUAAGAAUGGUAAUGCAAAUGAAUGUAGAAAGGAAUAAGAGGGAAACGGGAGACUGAACAGACGGUGAUCGGAUGCGAUUGAAAAUAUGACGACGGUGGGUGUAUGCAAGGACGAUUAAGCGGCAGUUUAGGACGAGGGUGGCCGCUUUCAAAUGAUUGGGAUGUAGGCAAAGGAGACGAUUUUAUGGGGGUUCAAAAGGUUUUUCAAAGCUUCAAAAAUUUGUAUUAAUUUUUCGAGAUAACUCUUUACUACGAAUCCACUGCCCGAUACCCACUUAAUGAGAAAGGGGAGAACAUACAAAUGUGACGUUUUAAACCAGAGGUUCCCGAAAUAGUUUUUCCCGUAUACCACGAAACGAUUUUUUUUUUUUUGGUUUUUUGUAGACCCCAAGAGUUACAUUUUUUCAAAGACACCAAUUUCAAAUGUAUUUUUGAUAGUUGGCACAGAACCACUCACUCGGAUAGGUUUUCGUGUAGUUUUACAAUUUUUAAUAGGCAUUUUAAGUAGACAAUAUUAUUACAUUUCAUUCGUACCUUUGUCAAUUAAAUUGUAAUUAUUUAUUUAAUUGGUCUACAUUGAUUAUAUAAUAUAGAUUAUUUAUUCAGAUUUCGUAGACCCCUAUUUGCAUCUCAAACAUUCACGAUUUUUGGUUGACCGACAUGGACUCCUUGCAAAUAAGAUUCGACCCCUGGGAAUCAAUAUAGACUACUUUGGAAACCUCUAUUAUACACGAAUAAGCAUAAUAAUAAAAUUCUCCCUCUACGGCUUGUUUGAAAACAUAUUUAAAUUCUUUGAUCUCUCGUCUGUUUUGUUGAAAAAUUAUGUUCGUAUUUUUUUUUUAUUUAGUUAAAUAAAAUAUGAUUUUACUAUUUAUAAAAAUGUUUGAAUAAACUCGUGUUUAAAGAGUGGUACAAGAAAAUUAAAUAAACAAAAAAGUUUCCACGAAAAAUAUAGAAAAGAGGUAUAAGAAAUCCAAUCACUUUUCAAAGCAUAAAUCUGACUACUCGAAAUACGUAUAUUUCAAUCCAGUCCGUUGAUCUAAAUUAAUGAAAAAACGAAUCAUUUUCAAGCGUUUUAAGUGAAUUUGAUUUCUGUUUUUUUUUUUUUUUUUUUUUUUUUUUUUUUAAUCAUAAUAAAAUUAUGCGUUAAGGUUUUAUUAUACAGUAGAAACACCUCAUCCUUUUUAAACAAAGGCUCGAAAAAAGAAUAUUCCUAUAAAAACGUCGACAUGUAUAAUACUAUAAUAUCGGAUUUACUUUUUAUGAGAUGUAACAGUUUUUAAAUUUUAGUCCAGAAUAGUAGAGAAGAGUUAUCGAUUUAUCAUAAGAAUAUGAAUAUCAAGAUUUUCUACUAAAAAAAAAAAAAAAAAACAGAUAUCAAAUUCAUUUAUAAUCCCCGAGAAAAUUACCUGGUAUAUACUAAAAUACGAAAUACGGUAAUACGAAAUUAAUACAUAUUAUAUAUAUACAUAUACACGUGUAUAUAAGUAUAAUACCCACUACAUUUUGUGUACCUAUAGACUAUACACAAUACUGGGCUUUUACUUUUAUGUAAUUUUUCAAUAUUAAAAACUUUUAAUCUUUGUAAGAUAUUAAAACGCAAACAAAUCGAGUAAAUACGAGUUUUUUUUUUUUUUUUAAUAAUUUCUAAGUUUUUUAAUAUUAUACAAAAUAAGUACCUACUAACAUUCGUAAUCGAACGUUUUUCAAAGCAAAAAAAAAAUUUGGGAAGAUAUGCUGAAAAAUUAAAAAAUGCAUACAUAUACGCAAUGUUAAUCAUUUUAACCGAAAAACGAUGCUAAGCGAAGUUCGAUUAAGCAUAUUUUGGUGAAAUUGAAUGAAAACUGUACUUAGUUAUACGUUAAUCGGAAAUAAAUAAGUGAAAUUUCAUUAUUUUUACGAUUCUCAUGAAAAUUUAAUCUUAAAGUCUCUAUUUUGACUGGACCAAAAAUAUCCAUAUAUAAACUAAAAAAACUCGUUAAUUUCAAAUCGCUGAAAAUGAUUUUUAAAAUCUUAAAUUUCUAUAAAUAUCUAAUAUAACUGUUCAGGAAAAAUUGCAGGUCUCUACGAUUAUUUCUAAUCGAAUCACAACAAAAUUAAAAUAAAAAUAACAAAAAUAUACUCUCGUCUUAUCUCUGUUUUUCCCAUUGUUUAAUCAUCUAUAGUGUAAAUCAUAAAAAUUACUUCCUCGAUGCACCAACUAGAAACGAUUUUCUACCAGAAACAAUCUAAUCGAACAGAAAUGUUUUAUACGGAGAGAAUUUUUUUUAAAAAAACGCACAUCAUAAUAAAACCAUUUCGUUCCCUCCUACGUUCAGAAUCUAAAUCUGUUUCGUGAAGAAUUUUCCAACAUUAUUUCGUAGAGGGUACAAAAUCAAUAUCAGCUUCGUGAGUGUACAAAACUGUGACGGUCCACUUUAUAAAAGUAAUGAUUUCGUUAAAUAGAUAAUACGUUGUCGUUAAAAUAACAUUUUCAGGAAACAAGUGGUUUUUAACUGCUAACGCUAUCGUUUCAUAUGAACGUUAUGAGAGAAACGAGAUUCUCAGAUAACGAUUCAGAACGUUUACGUUUGAACUGUCGAACCCACGGGGGAAAUUGAUUUUAUUUCCGAAAUUACAGGCCAAAAGGAAACGUCCCGGUCACGAUCAUUGAUUGUGGUUCAUGUGGCUACAGUUUCAAAACGGUUCCUAUUAUAAUGGACCUGAUAAACACUCACCGAAUUACAACAUUCUGUAUUAGGAACGUAACGAACAAAUACCCACAAUAUAUUGGCUUUUAUCGUUGAUUUUUGCACGAAUUUACUUUAUUAUAUUAUACUUAUGUACCCUAUGCGUUCCCAAUUGCACAGUGGUUUACUUACUAUCCGUAUCCCGUACGAGAGGUAAAGUCGCUAUGCACAAACACCCGAAAUAAGUUGUUUGUCGAUUUUUUUUUUUUUUUUUUACCGUUUUACCGUUGUACCCAACCUAACUUUAUCUACCGGUUUACAAUAAUAUUAUGAUUUUGUACAGGUCAUCCGAUAUUGCACACACUGGAAGCCAGGCAUGAGGACAAGGUGGCACUGGACUUUGUAAAAAAGCAGAGGGUCCGCACCUCCAACUCUUGAAGCCUGCAAUGCCACAGCAUGACGGCACUUACAGGGUGUUGCGUCACUGGACUCGACGAACCGACCGAGCCUUGACCGUGUCGACGACCACGCCAGCUUUCCUCGUCACUGAAUACUAUCAGAAAAAAAUAAAAUAAAUACAUUACAUUAUAUACAUUAUAAUUCAUAAC